GUUCCCGGCCUGGACGCCUCGGCUGGAGGGACUGCUGUCAGGAGGAAAAACAGAACUACACGGCGCUUGCCUGUAGUUUUGUUUUUUUCUGAGGGGUUCCCGUGCAACUCGGCUGGUCUCAUCUGGAUUUUCUGACUCGUUUUCUGGAUAAAGACUUUAGAUUUCCCGCAGACAGCCCGCCUCUGGGCUCCCCAGGCAUCCUUGUGCAUACAAGGUGCCGACCAUCAUGUCAACACAAGCACCAACGUUCACGCAGCCGCUGCAGAGCGUCGUGGCACUUGAGGGUAGUGCCGCGACGUUCGAGGCUCAAGUUAGUGGUUCUCCAGUUCCCGAAGUGAGCUGGUUCCGUGAUGGCCAGGUUCUUUCCGCCGCCUCUCUGCCAGGCGUCCAGAUCUCGUUCAGCGACGGCCGUGCUGUUCUGAGUAUCCCCGCUGUGACCGCCGCACACAGCGGGCGAUUCUCCGUCAGAGCCACCAACGGCGCUGGACAAGCCACGAGCACCGCCGAGCUCCUGGUAACAGCGGAGACGGCGCCUCCAAAUUUCCUUCAGAGACUUCAGAGCUCCACAGUGAGGCAGGGCAGCCAUGUGAGGCUGGACGUCAGAGUGACAGGUAUCCCCACACCUGUGGUGAAGUUCUACAGAGAAGGAGCCGAGAUCCAGAGCUCCACCGACUUCAGGAUCCUGCAGGAAGGAGACCUGUACAGUCUGAUGAUCGCCGAGGCCUUCCCAGAGGACUCUGGGACGUAUUCUGUGACGGCCACCAACAGUAGCGGACGGGCCACGUCCACCGCCGAGCUGCUGGUUCAGAGUGAAGAAGCUGUACCCAUAAAGAAAUCCAAGACUAUUGUGUCCACAUCCCAGAUGGAGACUUCUCAGACCAGAAUGCAGAAGAAGGUGGAGGCGAGUUUUCAAGCCACCACCAUGAUGGAAAUGCACGUAGAAGGAGGAAUGAUGACUCAGCAUUUGGCUCACAAAACACCUCCGCGGGUCCCCCCGAAACCAACGUCCAAGUCCCCGCCGUCCUUCGUUUCCAAGGUAGCGGGAGGUCGGCAUCAGUCACCUUCACCCGUCAGACACGUGAAAGGGCCGACGCCGACACCUGUCAGUUCCAUGUCUCCCUCCAGCAGACUGUCCGUCUCCCCCAUCAGACCGGUCAAGUCUCCCGUCAUGUCCAGGAAACAGGUAUCUGCCGCCGCAGAGGUCCUGCCGCCCUGGAAGCAGGAAGACUACCACAUGACUGAGGCCAGCUACAGCAGUAUGACCAGCAUGAGCGCCAUGACCAGCAUGAGCGCCGUGACCAGCGUCAGCAGCGCCACCCAGCUGCACAUGGAAAAGAGCUGGGAGCAGCAGGUGGCCGCCACCAGAGAGGUAAAUGUGAGCGUUGCCGUGGCUACCGUGGUGGCCGCCGUGGAGCAGGCUCGUAGCCGGGGUCCGUCUGAGGUGGCCGUGUCCGGAGAGCAGGCUGGGGGGGAGAAGAAAGCCGAGGCGGUUGCCACGGUCAUGGCUGCCGUUGACCUUGCUCGUGUCCGCCGGCCCACGCACGAGGACGAUGGCCGGGCGGAGGAGGAGGAGGGUGCAGAGGUGGAGAUAAGGCAGCAGGUAGCAGAGAAACGAGUCAUUUCAACAAAAACUCAUCCCGCCUCCCAGGUCUCCAAAGUCUCCAAAGUCUCUCAAGUCUCUCAAGUAACAGAAAUGUCCUCCCACGUGGACACUGGUGCUGCCACGUCUCCAGUUGCACAUUUCACAGUUUCUAAAGUUUCCGUUCCCAAACACGAAUCGAGCAGCGAGGUGUCCAUCGCUGGAUCUGCCUUCGCCGUUCUGCACAAAGAGCUGGCCUCCCCCUCUGCUACCAGGAAGGUCAUCAAGCCUGUCAAGUCUCCCAGUCCAUCUCGCAGGGCUGUGGCGUUCGAGGCACGAGUCACGCCAGAGCCCCUCCCACCUCCUUUCAAAGACGUCAGAUAUCAGAGGCAGUAUGAGGCUUACACAGUGGGUGAGGAGGAGUUUGAGGACUGGGAGCCUCAGGAAGCGGCUGCAGUGGCCACCAGAGCCCAGGAAGCUGCUGCUCCCCCCACGAUUAUUGCUGCCCUGAAAAACGCAACGGUGACAGAGGGCGAGUCGGUGACCCUGGAGUGCCAGAUCAGCGGUCUGCCCUCCCCCGUCAUCAUGUGGUUCAGAGAAGACUACAAAAUUGAGAGUUCAAUCGACUUCCAGAUCACCUAUGAGAACGGAUUUGCCCGGAUGGUGAUCCGCGAGGCGUUCGCUGAAGACAGUGGUCGCUUCACUUGUACCGCCACUAACCAGGCGGGAACCAUCAGCACCUCCUGCUACCUGCUCGUCAAAGUGUCAGAGGAGAUUGAGAGCAGAGAGGACACGAUGACUGUCACCGAAACUGGAAUCACACAAGCACAGAUGGUUUCUGUUGAGACCAAAGAGCACAUGGUUACAGAAGUGACCACCGGAGAAUCUGCCGCUCCCUUCUUCGUCCACAAACCCGUCGUCCAGAAGCUGGUGGAGGGCGGAAGCGUCAUGUUUGAAUGCCAGGUGGGAGGAAACCCAAGGCCUCAUGUCAUCUGGAAGAAGAACGGAGUGCCGCUCACCACAGGAUACAGAUAUAAAGUUGCCUACAAGAAGGAGACUGGAGAAUGCAGACUGGAGAUCUCCAUGACUUUCGCUGAUGAUGCUGGAGAGUACUCCAUCUUUGCUAAGAAUCCUCACGGAGAAGCCUCGGCCUCCGCCAAUCUGAUGGAGGAAGAGCAAUAUGAAGUGUACAUGAAGCAGUUUGAAACGACCCACAAAACCGAAGUGACGACUACGGUGGUUCAGGAGCCCUCUGUGGUUGUGAGCCAGUACGAGAUGGAGCAGAGGAGGACCACCCCCAUGAGCUUCGUCUCCGAGACGGAGUUCAUGGUGUCAGCCUUUGAGGAGAGGAUCAUCCAGGAGAUUGAGCUCCGUAUCAUGAGAAUCACCUACAGAGAGCUGAUCAUAGAGGAUGGAGAGAUGGUGGUGACUGUUGCAGAAUCAGAGGCGAUGCAAUCGGCCUUUGAAACACCGGUCAAAAACUACAGGAUCAUGGAUGGAAUGGGUGUUACCUUCCACUGCAAGAUGGCAGGAGUCCCACUGCCAAAGAUCGCUUGGUACAAAGAUGGCCAGCGCAUCAGGGCUGGAGGUCGAUACCAGAUGGAGGUUCUUCAGGACGGACGGGCCAGCCUCCGUCUGCCUGUGGUGCUCCCAGAAGACGAAGGCGUGUACACCGCCUUUGCUGCCAACAUAAAAGGAAAUGCCGUCAGCUCAGGGAAGCUCUACAUAGAGCCGUCUGGAACUGUUACACCUCAGAGAUACACACCACAGCCCGCAGUGCAGAGGAUCAGGUCUACAUCUCCUCGUUCCAUGAGCCGCUCCCCUGGCCGCUCAGCUAGCCGCUCACCCGCACGCUCGCCGGCCCGCCGGCUUGACGAUACCGACGAAGCUCAGCUGGAAAGACUUUACAAACCCGUGUUUGUCAUGAAGCCUUCUUCAAUCAAAUGCUCAGAGGGCCAAACUGCCAGAUUUGACUUGAAGGUUGUCGGCAGACCGAUGCCUGAGACGUACUGGUUCCACAAUGGACAACAAGUGGUGAACGACUAUACACACAAGAUUGUGAUUAAAGAGGAUGGUACCCAGUCCCUGAUUAUUGUCCCGGCCAUGCCGCAGGACUCUGGCGAGUGGACAGUUGUCGCCCAAAACAGAGCUGGACGCACGACAAUACCUGUUACACUCGACGUUGAAGCUCGAGAAAGCCUGGCUAGACCUCAGUUUGUUCAAAAGCUGAAGAACAUUACUGUGAAGCAGGGCACCCUGGUGGCGUUGGCUGUCAAGGCCAUGGGAAACCCCCUGCCUGAUAUUGUGUGGUUGAAGAACAGUGACAUCAUCAGCCCACAGAAGCACCCACAUAUCAAGAUUGACGGCACCAAAGGAGAGGCCAAAUUCCAGAUUCCCUCAGCUGCCGGCUCGGACAGCGCCUGGUACACUGCCACAGCCAUCAACAAGGCUGGCAGAGACACAACUCGCUGCAGGGUCAAUGUUGAGGUGGACAUGUCUGCCCCUCAAGCUGAGAGGAGGCUCAUUAUUCCUAAAGGAACCUACAAAGCCAAAGAGAUCGCUCCUCCAGAGGUGGAGCCCCUUCACCUGAGGUACGGCCAAGACCAGUGGGAGGAAGGCGACCUUUACGACAAAGAGAAGCAGCAGAAACCACAGUUCAAGAAGAAGUUGACUUCUAUCAGAAUGAAACGCUUUGGUCCAGCUCAUUUUGAAUGCAGGCUGACACCUAUCGGAGACCCCACGAUGGUGGUGGAGUGGCUGCAUGACGGCAAACCUCUGGAUGCUGCAAACAGGCUGCGCAUGGUCAAUGAAUUUGGCUACUGCAGCCUGGACUAUGAAGUCGCUUAUGCUAGAGACAGCGGGGUCAUCACCUGCAGGGCCACCAACAAGUUUGGAGUCGACCAGACCUCGGCCACCCUGAUCGUCAAGGAUGAGAAGGGCCUCAUCGAGGAAUCACAGCUUCCUGAAGGCAGGAGGGGAGCGUACAGAGGGGAUGAGAUUGAGCGCCUGACUCACGAGGGACCCAGUGGAGUCAGCGGAGAGGAAACUGAGAAGACAAAACCUGAAAUUGUCCUACUUCCUGAACCUGCUAGAGUGCUUGAAGGUGACAUUGCACGCUUCCGAUGCAGAGUGACCGGCUAUCCAUCUCCAAAGGUUAACUGGUACCUGAAUGGACAGCUUAUCCGCAAGAGCAAGAGAUACAGACUCCGUUAUGAUGGUAUUUACUACCUGGAGAUCGCUGAUGUCAAGUCUUACGACGCAGGUGAGGUCAGGCUGGUUGCAGACAAUCCUUUAGGCACAACUGAACACACAGUGAAGCUGGAGAUCCAACAGAGAGAGGACUUCAGAACCGUGCUCCGUCGUGCUCCAGAAGCAAAGACAGCAGAGGCCCUACAUGAAUCUGGUAGAGUUGGAUUCGACGUUGUGAAAGUGGAUCGACCCAGUGAGACGUCCCAGGAUCGGGAAGUCGUGACACUCCGUAAAACGCAGAGAAACAUUCACGAGAAAACCUCAGAGGAAUCAGACGAGCUCAAGAGCAAGUUCAAGCGCAGGACAGAGGAAGGCUACUAUGAGUCUAUCACUGCUGUGGAAUUUAAAUCUCGGAGGAAGGAUGAGUCUUAUGAAGAUCUGCUAAAGAAGACUAAAGAUGAGCUACUUCAUCGUAUGAAAGAGAAAGAAGAGGCUGAAAGGAAAAGGUUGGAGGAAGAAGGGAAACUUACCAUUCCUACUAUCAAACCAGAGCGGGUCCAGCUCUCCCCCAGCAUGGAAGCCCCUAAGAUCCUGGAGCGCAUCGCAAGCAAGACUGUUGCUGCACUGGAUGAGGUCCGUUUCCGUGUCAGAGUCGUUGGCAGACCAGACCCGGAGUGCCAGUGGUUCAAGAACGGCGUUCUGCUGGAAAAGACAGACCGUAUUUACUGGUACUGGCCUGAGGACCAUGUGUGUGAGCUGGUGAUCAGAGACGUAGAGGCGGAAGAUUCUGCAAGCAUCAUGGUCAAGGCCAUGAACGUCGCUGGAGAGGCCUCGAGCCACGCCUUCCUACUGGUGCAAGCCAAGACAGCAAUCAGUUUUACCGAACACCUUGAAAACGCCAAUGCCAAUGAGAAGGACACCAUAGUGACCUUCGAGUGCGAAACCAAUGAACCUUUCGUCAAAGUCAAAUGGCUCAAGAACAAUGUGGAGAUUUUCUCAGGAGACAAAUACAGGAUGCAUUCUGACAGAAAGGUGCACUUCCUGUCUGUGUUGGUGUUGGAAGUCACUGAUCAUGCAGAAUACAGCUGCGCGGUUGUAGACGACGAGAGUAUCAGGACGAGCGCGAAUCUCCAUGUUGAAGGUGCUGCCCUGGAGCUCACCAAACAGUUGGAGAGCAUCGAGAUACCAGAGACCUAUGCUGGAGAGUUCGAGGUUGAGCUGUCCCGGGAAGAUGUGGAGGGAAGCUGGUUCUUUGGAGACAAGGAGCUCUCUCCCAGCAACAAACAUGUCAUGUCCUCCCGCCGAGGAAGACACUCCCUGAGCGUCAAGGAUGUCAGGAAAGAAGACCAGGGGAAAUAUACCUUCGUAUGUGGAGAUCUGAGGUCCAGCGCCUCACUAAAGAUGAAACUGCGCCCAGUGACGCUGAUGCACCCCCUGGCCGAUCUCACGGUGUGUGAGGGGGACAUUGCUCAGCUGGAGGUGAGGUUCUCCCAGGAGAAUGUUGAGGGAACAUGGAUGAAGAGUGGACAGGCCAUCUCUGCCUCGGACCGCAUCCACAUCGUCAUCGACAAGCUGGUUCACAAGCUGCUGGUGGAGAACGUCAACAGAGAAGACGCUGCCUCCUACUCGUUUGUGGUUCCAGCCCACGACCUCACCACCUCAGGCAAACUCAACGUUCAAACUAUUGACAUUUUAACACCGCUGAAGGACGUGUCAUCAAUCGAAGGAACCAAGGCGGUCCUGGAAGCCAAGAUCUCCGCUCAGGACGUCAGCUCUGUCAAAUGGUACCAUGAUGACAAACCGGUCAUGCCCAGUGACCGAAUCCAGAUGGUGGCAAAGGGUGCCAAGCAGCGUCUGGUCUUCUCCAGAAGCUUUGCUUCAGACGCAGGACGUUACAAGCUAGUGGUCGGCAAGGUCGACACCAGCUGCAGCCUGAGUGUUGAACAGGUGGAAAUUGUGAAGCACAUGGAGGACAAAGUGUGCUCAGAGUCCCAGAAUGUUACCUUUAAUGUGGAAGUCUCUCAUCCUGGAAUUGACCCUGUCUGGACCUUCAGAGGCCAGCAUCUCAAAGCUGGAGUCAAACACAAGCUGGAAUCCAAGGGAAAGGCCCACUCUCUGACAGUUAUUGACACCAUGAAGGAUGAGGAGGGCCAGUACACGUUCCACGCUGGUGAAAAGACGUCCAGCGCCAAACUCACUGUCUCUGGUGGUGCCAUUACACGACCCCUGCAGGACGUGAUGGUGGCCGAGUCUCAGACCGCUGAGUUUGAGUGUGAAGUAGCCAACGCCAGCGCUGAGGGCAAGUGGCUUAAGGACGGCCUGCCUGUGGACUUCAAUGAGAAUGUGACGAGCGAAGUGAAGGGGACAGUCAGGCGCCUUAUCAUCGUCAUCACCAGACCGCAGGACGUUGGCGAGUACACCUACCAGGUGGCCAACUCCAAAACCAGUGCCAACCUCAGGGUGGAGGGCGUGAAGAUCAAGAAGACCCUGAGGAACCAGACGGUGACGGAAACCCAGGAGGCGGUGUUCUCUCUGGAACUCACCCACUCGGGCGUGAAAGGAUCCCAGUGGAUCAGGAAUGGUGUGGAACUACAGAACAGCGACAAGUACGAGAUCACCUCUGACGGCACGGUCCACACACUGAAGGUGAAGGACUGCAAUACGCAGGACGAGACUGUUUUUUCCUUCAAACUAGGAAAACUGUCUGCCAACGCCAGACUCAACGUCGAGACCAUCAAAAUCGUCAAGAAGAUUAAGGACGUGACAUCACUGGCGGACGGCUCCGCAUCCUUUGAGAUGAGCCUAUCACAUGACAAUAUCCCCGUUAAAUGGAUGUUCAAUGGUGUUGAACUGAAGCCGAGCGACAAGUGUAAGAUUCUCUCCGAGAGGAAAGCUCACAAGCUGGUGCUUCAGAACGUUGAGAGCAGCAACGCAGGAGAGUACACCGCCGUGGUGGGACACCUGCGCUGCAGCGCUGUGCUCACCGUGGAGGCUCUGCGAGUCACGAAAACCAUGAAGAGCUUGGCGCUCCCGGAGACGCAGCUGGCCACCUUCGAGUGCGAGGUGUCUCACUUCAACGUGCCGUCCACCUGGCUGAAGGAUGGCGUGGAGAUCGAGAUGAGCGAGAAGUUCAGGAUCGUUGUUCAGGGAAAACUCCACCAGCUAAAGAUCAUGAACACCAGCAGAGAAGACUCUGCAGAGUACACCUUCAUCUGCGGGAACGACCGAGUGUCGGCGACGCUCACCGUUAACCCUGUGCUGAUCACCUCCAUGCUGAAGGACCUCAACGCUCAGGAGCGUGACACCAUUACCUUCGAGGUCACCGUCAACUACGAGGGCAUCUCCUACAAGUGGCUGAAGAACGGCGUGGAGGUCAAGUCGUCGGACCGGUGUCAGGUCCGCAGCAAGCAGCUCACACACUCGCUCAGCAUCCGAAACGUUCACUUCGGAGACGGAGGGGAAUACCAGUUUGUGGCUGGCUCCGCUGCCACCUCCGCCAACCUGUUCGUCGAAGCGCGUCUGAUUGAGUUCACCAAGAAGAUCAAGGACAUAAAGAUCACAGAGAAGAAGAAGGCCAUUUUUGAGUGUGAGGUCUCUGAGCCCAACAUCCAGGUCAUAUGGAUGAAGGACGGCCAGGAGCUGGACUUGUCUGAGGAGAGGUACGUCGUGACAGCGGAGAAGUACGUCCACCGUCUGAUGAUCCAGACGGUCCGUUUGUCUGAUAGUGGAGAGUAUUCGGUGGUGGCCGGAUCCAGCGUUUCCAAGGCCCAUAUGACCGUGGAGGGGCGUGACAUCCGGAUCUCUGAACCUGCUGAGCGGGAGAUCACGGUGCUGGAGAAACACAGAGCCACCUUUGAGUUUGAGGUGAACGAGGACGACGUUGAGGCGCAUUGGCUCAGAAACGGCGUGGAGAUUCAGCUUUCAACAGAGGAGAGGUUCAACUACGUGGCCAUCAGGAAGGUGCACCGCCUCACCAUCUCCGAGACCUACCGGAGCGACGCCGGGGAAUACACCUUCAUCGCCGGCAAGAACCGAAGCACCGUGCAUCUCCGAGUCAACCUGCCAGAGCCGCCUCAGAUCCUCCGUCACAUGGAGCCUCAGUCGGUGGAGGCUGGGAAGCCGGCCCGCUUCUCCGUACAGGUGAGCGGCGUCCCUACGCCUCAGGUAUUCUGGUACAAGAACUCCCAAGCCCUGUCCCCGGGCUUCAAGUGCAAGUUCCUGCACGAUGGCGAUGAGCACACGCUGCUGCUGAUCGAGGUCUUCCCUGAGGAUGCAGCCGUCUACAACUGUGAGGCCAAGAACGAGUGCGGCUCCGCCACAAGCACUGCCUCGCUCAAUGUUGAAGUGUCAGAGGUGGUCUCGCCAGACUCUGGUGCUCCCAUGGCUCCUCCAGUGGUCAUCGCACCCAUCGCCAACGCCUCGGCCCGUGAGGGAGAACCAGCCCGCUUCCAGUGCAGAGUCCGCGGAGACGACGUGACCAUCACCUGGUUCCACAAGGACAAGGAGAUCAAACAGUCUGAAUUCUUCAGGAUGUCCCAGUUCGAUGACAGCUGUCAGCUGGAGAUCUCCAGGGUUUACCCCGAGGACGAGGGCGAGUACACCUGCGUGGCCACCAACAACGCCGGAAAGGUGUCGUGCUCUGCUGCGCUCUCUCUGGACGGGAAAACAGAGGCAGAAGGCAGUCCCGCCGAGCCUCAGUGGCAUGUCUCCACCAGUCUAAAGGCACUUUCCACCGGCCACAAGCCGGUGUUCCUCCAACCAAUCGCAAACUGCACAGUCCCACACGGGGAGGUGGCCCGCUUUCACGCAAGCGUGUCCGGCAUGCCGAGGCCGCAGGUCAGCUGGUUCCACAACCGGCAGCCGGUUCAGCCCACCAAGAACGUGGUGUUCCACUUUGACGAGGUGACGAACACCGCCACGCUCAUCAUUGUGGAUGCUUUCUCCGAGCAUGCAGGACAGUACACCUGCAGGGCGGCCAAUAACGCAGGAGAGGCCGCAUGCUCGGCCACGCUCACCAUAACCAGAGAAGAAGAAGUGACUCAUGUGAAGGAGCAUAUUGAAGCCAGGAUCGAUCAGGAAGUCAAAGAGCUCUCUAGCACCACCAUCACCACAGUGGAAGAGCAAGAGGAACACUACUACACUGGCGUCCAGUUACCACAGAAAUCCAAAACACUUGAACUCAAGCCAGAAUCCAAACGCUACUCUUCCACUUUAGAGAAGAAAAAAGAAAAGCCAGUUUUCCUCACCCAGCUCAGCCCGGCAGCCGUAACGACCGGGGAAACAGCCAGGUUCACCAUCAAAGUUUCCGGCUUUCCAAAACCAACUGUUCAGUGGUCUCACAAUGGUAGAGUGUUGAGGAGCUCCUCUGUGUACCAGCUGAUAGAGGAGAAGGAGGAGUUUACAUUGGUAAUCACCCAGGUCACCUCAGAGUUCGAGGGCGAGUACUUGUGCACUGCCACCAAUAGAUUUGGCCAGGCCACUUGCACCACAUACCUCGAAGUAAAAAAGCCCGAUAUUAGCACGGCAGAGAAGUGGGUGGAGAAGAUGUUUAAGAUCCCAGGUCAACCCCCCACUUUCUCGGUUCAGAUCCAACCCUUAAAGUGCUCAAAUGGUGAAGAGGUGUCUUUUGAUUACAAAGUCAGAGGCGAUCCAGUCCCUCAUGUGAAAUGGUUCAGAGGGGCUUUUCAAAUCCAGCCCAGUAGAAACUGUAACUUUACAGCCAACCCGGAUGGGUCUGGCUCCAUCCAUAUCAAGAGUGUCAAACUGGAGGACAGCGGCUUAUACACGUGUAAAGCGUCUAACCAGUUUGGCGAGGCGACUUGCAGCGCUGAGCUUGUGGUAAGAGAAUCGGUCUCUGUGUCUCACAAACAGGAGCAAAAGACAGUAGUGCAGAAGAAGAGCUACAAGGUUUCACUGUCAGAACAAGCAACCGAGUCUCGCUUGUAUCAGGUCAGCCUCCCUGGCCAGGACAAACUCAGGUCAGAUCAGAUGGUCUAUACCAUCGGCACAGAGGACAGGCAGAUCAUUCCUAGUGAGCAAGUAGAUUCACUUAGGGAAGUAGAUAUCUCUGCUGCUACUGUCCAUCGCGAGAAGGUGACACACCAGGCUGCGGUGCUUCAGGCUCAUGAGAUAGAGGAGAGGGUCUCUGUGGUUCCUACUCACCCAGUGCAGGUGUCAGCUGUACCUACAAAACAGCUUCACAUGGCAGCGUUCACGUCGUCAGUGGAAGAGAGUCAGGACCUCAUGGAGCAGCACUGUGAUCGCAUUCAGAGUCCUGAAGUCACUGAGCUGCAGGCAGCUCGAGAACAACGUUCGAAGAUGAUGUCGGCCGUUGCAGAGGAGCUCAUCCCUCUUUCUACUGUUAGCACAGAGCUUCCAACUGAAAGGAAGCCUACUAAGGUAAAACCUGUUUCUGAGCCAAAACAUUUAGUCAGUGGGCAUCAAAUUGAGACUCGGCUGUCCAUCAUGAAGGAGCCGUCAGACGAAAUCCCCAAACCACAGGAAGAGAAGGGCUACCAGGUCAAGGAAGGGGUUAAGAUCCUAUACUCUGCCCAGUCUGCAGAGAAACGAGUGCUCUCAGAAGGCCACAUAGAUGAACUAAGCACAGCAGUAUCUGCUGUGAAGUCUGUUGUUACGAAAGAACCGCAUCGACCUGUUUUGGCUUUGGUCAGUGAGUCCAAGCAGACUCUUUCUAAGGAGACAAGGCUCUCCAUGGAGCGGCCUGCUGAAGAAGCAGCCCAGCUCUCUAAGGGUAAAGUGACAAAGGUAGCGUUAACUGCUGAAGAGAAGCAGAUGCUGCAAGCUGAGCUCACGCAACAGCUGCCAAGUCUGGACAGUGCCAUGUCCAUUCACUCACAGGUGGAAGGAGAACAGGUGUUGCACCUACAGGUUAUCACAGACCAGGACCUCCUUCCAUCUGAGAAAAGCUUCACCUGUGAAAAACCAACACCAGAGCAGGCAGGAACCAGUAAGAGCCCCACUCUGCUGCAUACUGUUAGCCAGGACGAGCAGAGGACUGUCAUUUGUGAGGACUCAUCUCAGUUCGUGACCAAGACUAGCUCGAUCACUGUUCAACCUCAGAAAGAGCCCCCGACUCUGCUGCAUCUCCAAUCCACCCAGCCUGUGGAGGCACUGUCCAAAGAGGGUAUUAUCACCAUUGAGAGGCCUGACCAGCAGGUGGCAGCACAGAAGCAGGAAAAAUCAAGAAGCUAUGCAGCUGUUUCAGAAGAAAGGAGAGAGCUCACGGCAGAUUAUCACAAAGAGCUGGAUCUGUCUGUGACUGGAGUUCAGUCUAAGCUUCAAACUGAGCCUGUGCCUCAAAAUAUCCUGCAGCUCUCCUACCAGCCCAUGCAACUGCCAAAAGAGACACCCAUUACCGUAGAUUUCAAACAGCAGCGAGCUUUAGUGCAGAAAGAAGAUCACUUGAAUGUUAUGCAUGUCACAAGCGUGGCAGAUAGUCAGACACUGGAGGAGGGUCAUACAGAGAGUCUGGCAGGUGUAGACACGUUCAAGUGUCUGACGGCCAUUGAACCAAAGGUGCCCACCGAGUCAGUCCAGAUCGAGGAGAAGGAGAUUUCUACCGAAAGUAGUACUGCUCUGGAAGCAGCAGAACAGGACUUUGCAGUUCAGAUCCAGGAGGGUCAGUCAGUAAGGCAGUCAAUAGUUAUGGAAGAAAAGCAAGUCUUAAGAGGCGAACUCUCUCAAGAGAUCACAAAGUCCGAGUCCACCAAAGUUGCAGUCAGCACGCAGCCAAAACUGUCCUUUAUGGCACCAGAGUCUAAGGACACCACAGCCCUUCCCAAAGAGAUUACAUUUGUAAUUCAGAUCCCUAAACCAUCCAGUCUGAAUACACGGCUUCAGCUCAAAGAAGCUCUUCAGACUGCCGUUGCCAGUGACCAGCCCCUGUUACUGGCUGAUGUUGUAGGAAGGUUACACGCUGUAGAAGUACAGGAAGUCAAAGUUCGACGAGAGCCCAAGCGGGCUAUGUUUACAUACCUGAUCACAACAACAGGGGCCCCCAUGGAGAUAACUCUGGCUUUCGAGGGAAAAUACCCACAAACAGCUGACCUCCGGACCGAACUCCAGGCAGCUUUCCACUCCAUAGUGUACCAGGAGGCCCAAGUCCUUACCUCAGAGCAGCCAGGCAUGAUGCAACUGGAUAAACCUCAGAGGGCUCAGGUCACCUCAGCCAGCUCGAAGGAAAUGCUGUCUUCGUUGGUAGAGACCGUGAGCGUGGCAGAGAGCGCAGUGGAUUUCUCAGCUGUAAAAUCUCAGGCAGCCGCACUAAAGACAGAGUCUAAAAUGACAGUUGAGCAUGCUGCAAUGGAGCGACAGGUUGUGUUGCAGGAAUCCAAGGGAGCAAAGAUGCAACAAUCCAUUUCGUCCCAGAUCACAGUGUCCACCGAGGCUCACUUGGCUUUCGAGGAGUCUGUGCAGGUAUCAAGCCAAGAAAUUAGGUCAGAGACCUUCAAAGAGGAGAUCACAGUCUCUACACUCGAACAUAGAGAAAAUCCAAUAAUAGUCACCCCUCUCGAGGACAUAUCCAUAGAAGAAGAUAGUAAAGCAACCUUUAGCACGACCAUUAAGUACGUCUCAAAGGUAAACUGGUUUUUCAAUGGGCAAUCGGUAAAAUCUGGCAAAGAGUUCAAGUGUUUCAAAGACCAUGACACAUACUCAUUGGUUCUCAACAAAGUUGUCAAGGAGAGGCAUCAAGGAGAAUAUGUUUGUGAGGCUGAGAAUGAAGCCGGCAGGACAACAACAUCUUCAAGACUCACUGUGGUCUCAAGAGUGCCACCUGUUUUUAGGCAGAAAAUCACCCCGCUGGAGAUAAACAUCGGCGGCCACGCAAAGUUUGAAUGUGAGAUCGAGGAUGCUCCCAGCGUGACCUUCAAAUGGUACAAAUCUGGUACCGAGAUCAAACAGAGUGAGAAGUAUCGGAUCGUCAGCACACACACCGGUUCUUCUCUGGAGCUCCUGAAACCUGUAAAGGCAGACAGCGGUGAAAUCACCUGCAAGGCAUCGAACCAGCAUGGUUCUGACAGCUGCACUGCCUCCCUCAUUGUCACUGAGUUGUACCCACCGGUAUUUGUAUCAAAACCAGAGCCAAUGACCUUAUUUGUGAGCAAACAAGCUGUGUUCCAGUGUUCGCUCACUGGCUCUUCACCCAUGGAAGUUGUCUGGCACAAGGACAACAUAGCCAUCUCCUCUGGUGGAAACUAUGUCAUGAAAUGUGAAAAGAACAAGUAUUCUCUUCACAUUAAGAGUCUUGAGGUAACUGAUCAGGGAGUGUACCUGUGCAAGGCCUCCAACAGUGUGGGCACUGGAACUUUCACCACAGAGCUGAAGGUGAUCAAAAAGCCCAGCUUCAUUAAGACCUUUGAGCCAGUGUCCGCCGCUGUCAAUGAGCCACUGAGGCUGGAAUGCCAGGUGGACGAGGACACUGGCGUGGCUGUCACCUGGACCAGGGACGGCAAAAAAGUCCACCAGAGCAUGGAUUGUAAGCUGUCCUUCGAGGACAAGGUGGCUGCUCUUGAGAUACCCAAGUCCAAACAGAAGGACUCUGGGAAGUAUGUGUGCACAGCCACAAAUGAGGCUGGGAGCUCGACAUGUGAGGCCAUAGUGACAGUCCAAGAGCCUCCUUCCUUUGUCAAGAAAAUGGAGUCUAAGAUUACAUGGAAACAGGGUGUAGGUGCUCGCUUACAAUGCACCGUUAAAGGGUCUCCCGAACUUCACAUUCACUGGUUCUGGAAUGAGAGGGAGCUUAGUGAUGAAGACAAAUAUAAAAUAACUUUCAAGAACGGGGUGGCUACUGUGGAGAUCGUGAACCUUUUGGUCACAGACAGCGGCACCUACACGUGCGAGGUGUCGAAUCAUGCCGGCAGCGAGAGCUGCAGCACUCUUAUAGCUGUCAAAGAGCCCCCGCUGAUUAAAAGAGACCUGCAUACAGUAGAGGCAGUGAAGGGAGCAGCUGCUCACAUGGAGUGUGAGAUUGCAGGGACUGCUCCUUUUGAGAUCAGCUGGUUGAAAAAUAAGAAGGCCAUCACAAGCGAUCAGAAGUGUAAAAUAAUCUCCCAAGAUACGCUGUCAAGGCUUGAGAUCCAGAGCUUUGAAAGCGCAGAUGUUGGCGAUUAUCAGUGUGUCAUAAUUAAUGAUGUUGGCAAAGUCACCACUAAGGCUGUGGCUAAACUGAAAGAGCCCCCGACUUUCUCAAAGAAAGUUGAGAGUGUUACAGCAGUGUUGGGAAACACAGUAAAACUACAAGGGACCGUCAAAGGUUCUGCUCCCAUCACUGUCAGAUGGAUGAAAGACUCUGAGAUACUGAGAGAAGGCGAUCCAAACGUCACAAUGGCGUUUGAGAACAACGUUGCAACCUUGUUGAUAACGGCUGUGGCCAUCAGCCACGGCGGCAAGUAUUCGUGCCAAGCAGAGAACGAGGCGGGGCAGCAGAAAUGUGAAGCCACCCUCACUGUUCAAGAACCCGCCAGAAUCGUAGAACCUGCAGAGUCCAUUAGCGUAACUGCAGGGGAUUCAGCCACAUUGGAGUGCACAAUCUCUGGAAGCCCAGACCUCAAAGUGAAGUGGUUUAAAGACGGAAAAGAGAUGAUCAGUGGUCGUAAAUAUAAGAUUACCCUGAAGGAUAACGUCGCCACUAUGAAGAUUCUUACAGCAGAAAAAGGAGACACGUCUGAGUACAGGAUGGAGGUGGCAAAUAAAGUCGGGAAGGACCAGUGCACAUGCUCAGUCACCGUCUUAGAUCGGACAAUGCCUCCAACUUUCACCAAGUCCCUAAAAAGAGUGGAUGGCAACAUUGGUCAUGACGUCUCCAUGGACUGCAAAGUGUCUGGGUCUCAACCCAUGACCAUAGCUUGGUUCAAAGAUGAACGGGAAGUUGUUUCGGGGGCCAGAUUCCAGCCUGAGUUCAAAGACAACUCAGCCACACUGAGAAUCAGUCAGCUGCAGAAGGCUGACUCUGGAGUUUACAAAUGCAGAGCCACCAACUCUGCUGGCUUUAAAGAAACCAGCGGCACGCUCUAUGUCAAAGAGCCUCCAGUGUUCACAGUGACACCGGAUAACCAGGAUGUCAUUCCAGGAGCCACAGUUUCCUUCAAGGCAGCGUUCACGGGAACAGCACCUUUAGCUGUCAAGUGGUUCAAAGAAGAAAAAGAGAUUGUAACUGGAGGCAUUUAUUUCAUAAAGAAAGAUGCCUCUUCCAGCUCUUUGGAGCUGCAUUCUGUGAAGCCCAGUGACUCUUCUAAAUACACCUGUGAAGUAGCCAAUGACGCUGGGAAGGUAGACUGCACUGCAGUCCUCUUUGUGAAAGAGUCGCCGGCGUUCGUGCGGAAGCUUGACGCGACCAGGCUCGUCACCAGCGGCGACUCCACCAGGCUGGAGGCCAAAGUGACUGGCAGCCCCGUUAUCAGUCUCAAGUGGUCCAAGGAUCAGAUCGAGAUCGCUUCCGGUCCCAAAUACAAAAUCAGCUCCACCGACUCUGUGGCAGCUCUCGAAAUAGUUAACUGUACAGUCGAGGACAGUGGAGAUUAUGUCUGUGUGGCAUCAAGCGAGGCAGGAAGCGAUCGCUGCAGCAGCACAGUUACAGUCAAAGAACCUCCUAUGUUUGUGCGUAGCUUGGAGCCUAAAGAUUUGGUGAAAGGUUCUGAGAUGACGUUGGAGUGCCAGGUCUCUGGUUCCGCCCCUUUCACUGUGUCGUUUUACAAAAACUCUAAAGUGAUUCGAAACGACAAAAGACACAAAAUCACUGUCAAAGAUGACUUGGUGGCCCUGCAGCUGCAGGCUGUAGAGGCAGGAGAUGUUGGUUUGUACCAAUGCACCGUUGAGAAUGAAGUGGGCAGCUCCUCCUGCGAUUGUCAAGUAACACUAAAAGAACCGCCGUCAUUUGUGCAAAAGCUUGAGAACACCAGUUCGCUGGUGGGCAGCGAAGUUUCUCUGCAGUGCAGUUUAAAGGGCUCCGAGCCCAUGUCUGUGUCCUGGCUGAAAGACAACCGUGAAAUCAAAGAGGCUGAAAAUGUUCACAUUACGUAUGAGAACAAGAAUGCUUUGCUGCACAUCAGCAGCUUACGGAGCAACGACGGUGGCAAAUACAGCUGCCAGGUGCAGAAUCAGGCCGGCAGCCAGACCUGCUCUGCUGUACUGACAGUCAAAGAACCGGCAAAGAUCACGGAAGAGGCAAAGUCUAUCAGUGUGACUCAGGGGGAUCCGGCCACCCUGGAAGUCAGCUUCUCAGGGACAAAACCACUGAAGGCCAGAUGGUCGAAGGCCGGCAAGGAGCUUGCCUCAGGCCCCAGAUAUAAAGUCCAGAGCACGGAAAACCGCUCAGUGCUCAAGAUCCUCAAAACGGAGAAAAGUGACAGUAAUGACUACACUUUUCAGAUUUCAAACGAUGUUGGCCAAAGUUCUUGCGAAGCCACGCUGACGGUUCUCGAUCAAAUAAUUCCUCCAACCUUUACAAGAAAACUGAAACAGAAAGAAGGCAUUAAAGGCUCGUUCGCUCACCUGGAGUGUGUUGUGUCUGGCUCCCUGCCGAUAACCGUGCAGUGGUACAGAGAUGAGAGGGAGAUCCAGACUGAUGAAAAACACAAAUGUACAUUCUUUGAGAAUGUUGCUCUCCUGGAAAUCUCUGAUCUCCACACCAAAGAUGGUGGAGGUUAUACCUGCAUCGCUAAAAACGAAGCAGGAUCAGUCCAGUGCUCCGGGAUGUUGCUUGUGAAAGAACCACCGUGCAUUCUUGAAAAGCCUGAACACAUGAAUGUUUUGCCGGGUUCAAAGGUCCAGUUUAACGUGCUGGUCUCUGGAACCCCACCGCUGACUAUCAAAUGGUUUAAAGACAAGAAGGAGAUUUCGUCUAACGCCGACUGCUUUGUGACCAAAGACAACGCAUCAAGCUCUCUGGAGCUCUUUUUUGCUAAAACCUCAGAUUCUGGAGAAUACGUCUGUGAAAUCCAGAAUGACGUGGGCUCGGCGUCCUGCCAGACAACGCUCUUUGUUAAAGAGCCUCCUAAGUUUACCCAGACGCCGGCUCGAUCGUCUGUGGUGCGGCACGGUCAGAAUAAAGUGUUUGAGUGCCAGGUGACCGGCACACCUGACAUAGACGUCUACUGGUUCAAGGAAGGAUCGGAGAUCAGUGCCAGCGACCGUUACAAGAUGGCCUUUGUCAACUCCGUGGCCACUCUUGAAAUCUGCGGAGCUCACGUCAAAGACGGCGGCCUUUACUACUGUGAGGCCCGUAAUGAGGCUGGCAGCGAGAGCUGCAGCAUGGAGCUCAAAGUUAAAGAGCCGCCGUCAUUUACUAAAGAGUUGGCUCCGGCUGAUGUUGUGAAGGGCUCCAGCUCCAGUUUAGAGUGUCAGGUUGCUGGGACGGGUCCUUUCGAGAUAACAUGGCAUAGAGACGCGAAGGAGAUCAAGCCCAGCGCUAAACACAGCCUAUCCCAGGCGAACGGCACCCUGGGCCUUGAGGUGCACAAAUGUGACACUGUAGACAUCGGUGAAUAUCAGUGCACUGUUGCUAAUGAGGUGGGAAGCUGUACUUGUAAGUCUGCGCUAAGCCUCAAAGAGCCACCAAUGUUUACCAAGAGAAUUGAGAACAAAGUUACGAUUCUGGGUAAAACGGCAGAGUUUCAGUGUGUUGUGGUGGGUUCUCCCACUCUGACCGUACAGUGGCAGAAAGAUGAAAAUUGGCUCCAGGAUGAUCCAAAGAUCGAGAGAACGUUUGAAAACAAUGUGGCCACUCUCAGGAUUCCCGCCUGUGAGGCGACUCACAGUGGCAAAUACACCUGCCAGGUGCUGAAUGAGGCGGGGCAAGAUAAGUGCUUCGCCACCCUUACGGUGCAAGAGCCACCUCACAUCACAGAGAAACCUGAGCUGAUAAAUGUUACAGUCGGGGAUCCGGUCAGUCUGGACUGUAAGGUGACCGGCUCCCCUGAGCUCCGAGUGAAAUGGAUGAAAGAAGGCAAGGAGCUUCAGUCCAUCAGACAGCACAAGCUGAUCUUUGAGAACAACGUCAGCACCCUGAAGAUUCAGGCUGCCCAGAAAGCAGACGAAGGAGAAUAUGUGUUUGAGGUUGCAAAUCACAUCAGCAGCUGCACCUGCACAGUCAAAGUAGUCGUGCUAGAUCAAGCAAUUACCCCGAGCUUCAUCAAACCCCUGGUAGACAUGCAGGAGAUACUGGGCUCUUUUGUUCAGAUAUGUUGCAAAAUAUCUGGUUCUCUCCCGAUCUCUGUGGAGUGGUACAAAGAUGGGAGUAAAAUCUCUAGCGGGGUUAAACACAAGCUCAUUCAGCAGGACAACUCUGUGUCCUUGGAAAUUGAGCAGCUCGAGAGGUCCGAUCCAGGAUCUUACUCUUGUAAACUGACCAACGCAGCUGGAAGCUGUGAAUGUAGUGGAGUCCUCACGGUUAAAGAACCUCCCAGCUUUGUGGCGCUGCCCGAGUCGCAGGAGGCCCUGCCAAACUCCACAGUACGCUUCAAAAGCACGUUCAAGGGCACGCCUGCCUUCACGGUCAAAUGGUUCAAGGAUGACAAAGAGCUCAUGACUGGGCCCACUUGUUUUACGGGAGUGGACGGGACAUCGUGCUUCCUGGAGCUCUAUUCAGUGGCCCUUGCUCACAGUGGAGUUUACUCUUGCCAAGUCAGCAAUGAUGCUGGCUCUGUACGCUGCAGUGCAGACUUGACAGUCAAAGAACCGCCUGAGUUUGUGCUGAAACUCCCCGCCACAAAGUUUGUGAAACGGGGCGAAUCACUCCACCUGGAGUGCAAAGUCAGAGGCACGGCGCCUCUGAAAACGACCUGGUACAAACACGACACCAAGGUCUCGGACGGAGGCAACUACAGGAUGUCAUUUACUGACUCAGUUGCAGUGCUGGAGCUUCUCUCCACCAGCUUUGACGAUGAUGGCGUUUACACCUGCGAAGCUCAGAAUGAUGCUGGCAGCGUCAGCUGCAGCACAACGCUCACUGUUAAAGACCCCCCAUCGUUCGUCAAAGUAGCGCAGCCCGUCGAAGGGCUGAAAGGUAAAGACGUGAGCUUGUACUGCGAGAUGAGCGGCACAGCUCCGUUCCAGGUCACCUGGUUCAAAGACAGGAAACCUCUGAUGGAGAGCAGGAAGUAUAAGAUGGUGAGCGAGGGCAGCUCAACCACGCUGCAUGUCAUUGGACUAGAGACCUCGGACGCCGGCGAAUAUGAGUGCAAAGCGUCAAACAGUGUAGGAAGUGACACCUGCCACACAGCGGUUAAACUCAGAGAGACGCCGUCGUUUGUGGAGAAAUUGUCAAACAUGACUGUGAUACUGGGAGAGGAGGUGACCCUUAUGGCCACUGUUAAAGGCUCUGAACCCAUUACUGUAUCCUGGGUUCAAGACAAGGAUCACAUUCUCAGGGAUGGUGACAACAGGAAAAUCACCUUUGAGAACAACCAGGUUGUACUUAAAGUCUUUAAGGCUGACGCCACCACGGCAGGCAAAUACACCUGCCAACUCAGAAACGAUGCUGGGAGUGUGGAGUGUUUCGCUAAGUUGACUGUUCUAGAACCCGCUAAGAUAGUGGAUAAGCCCGAGACUCUGAGUGUGACGGCGGGCGACAUUGCCGCCCUCGAGGUCAAAGUGUGUGGAACCCCUGAGCUCAUACCCAAGUGGUUCAAAGAUGGCGUUGAGUUGGCACCCGGGAGCAAGUACAAGAUCUCCUUCUCUCGAAUGAUUUCCAGCCUGAACGUGCUCUCUGCUGAGAAAGUGGACUCUGGAGAGUACACAUUCGAGAUCAUGAACGAAGUCGGCAAAGACCUGAGUAAAAUCAAUCUCACAGUCUUAGAUAAGAUUGCUCCUCCAGCAUUCUCCAGGAAGCUGAGGGACUGCAACAUGGUUGUGGGCCAAGCUGUAGAGUUAGAGUGUAAAGUGUCAGGCUCCCCACCCUUUACGAUCUCAUGGUACCACAACGGAGAGGAGAUUCAGAGCGGGCCGAACUGUGAGGUGUCAUUCAGCGACAACAACUGCGUGCUCAGAGUGCCCACGCUGAAGAUGUCCGACUCUGGAGUGUACAAAUGUAAAGCUGUCAACAAGGCUGGAUCCGGUGAGACCACAGCCACGCUGGAUGUCAAAGAGCCACCAUCUUUCGUGGUGCCACCACAGCCCACGGAGGCCAUGCUCGGUUCCAACGUGACGUUCUCAGCCAUGGUGAAAGGCAGCGCUCCUCUCAAGCUGAAGUGGUUCAGAGGAACAAAGGAGAUUCUGCCAGGAAAAGACUGUGAUUUCUCCCUGACGGACAACCAAGUCCUUUUGGAGCUUUACAAAGUGGACAAAUCUCAUGCUGGAGAGUACACCUGUCAGAUCAUUAACGAUGCAGGGAAGGAAAGCUACCCAGUGAAUCUCAGCAUCAAAGAGCCAGCAGCUUUCUCUAAGAAGCUAAAGGACGUGUCGGUUGAGAAGGGCACACCCUUAAUGCUGGAGUGUUCGUACACUGGAACUCCCAUGAUCACUGUGAACUGGUAUAAAGACGGCCAGGAGAUAUUUGCUUCCUACAAAUACAACAUCACCACAACAGAAAGCUCCUGCAUCCUGGAGUGUCUAAGCACUGAUGACAAAGAGGCUGCAGGGAACUACAGCUGCGAGGUCUCCAACGAUGCUGGAAAGGACACGUGUGAGGCAGUCGUGUCCAUCCUGGAGCCACCAUACUUUGUUGAGUCUCUGGAGCCCAUGGAGGUGACAACGGGAGAUGCUGUGUGUCUGAAGUGUCAGGUGGCAGGCACACCUGAGAUCAAGGUGUCCUGGUUCAAGGCCGACGGCAAAGUCAGGUCCAGCCCAACCUGUAAGCUGGAGUACACCAAAGGUGUUGCCUGUCUGAAGCUCAGCAAAGCCACCAAGACCGACAUCGGAGAGUACACCUGCAAGGCAGAGAACAAUAUUGGCACCGCUUCCUCCACCUGCAGACUCAAUGUCCUUGAGGCCAAAACGCCACCGUCCUUCCCCAAGAAGAUCACCAGCCUCCAGGAGACAGAGGGCCAGACGGUCCGCUUUGAGUGCCGCGUCGCCGGCUCAUCGCCCAUCGAGGUGUCGUGGCUGAAGGAUGGUGAACCCUUGAAAGAGGGCGGAGAGUUCUCCAUGCAGUACGACGACAACACAGCUGUGCUGCAGAUCCAGCACGGCCAGAUGAGGCAUUCUGGGGAGUACACCUGCGUGGCUACCAACAGCGUGGGCUCGGCCUCCUGCAGAGCCAAGCUUACUCUGCAAGAACCCAGAUACCCCACAGUCUUUGACAGGAAGUUGUCACCACAGGAGGUGACGGUGGGGGACAGCAUUGAGCUGGAGUGUCACAUGACUGGCUCUGCCCCCAUCAAAGUCACAUGGUCUAAAGACCAUAAAGAUAUUCGCUCUGGGGGUAAUUACAAGAUCAGCUGUGUGGAUAACACGCCCCACCUGACCAUCCUGAGGGCAGACAAAGCUGACACGGGGAAGUACUUCUGCCAUGCUUCUAAUGACAUGGGGAAGGACUCAUGCUCCUCUGAUAUUACUGUCAAAGAACGUAAAAAUCCUCCGGUGUUCACCAAAAAGCCCUCAGAAAACAUCGAGGACAUGGAGGGCAAACUGGUGAAAAUCGAGGGCCGAGUCACCGGCUCGCAGCCCAUGUCGGUCAGCUGGUUCAAAGGCGACGAGGAGAUCCACAGCUCCGACAAAUAUGACAUCAGCUUUAAGAGUAACGUGGCAGUGUUGUGCAUUAAGAACAGCCAUGUGACUGACAGUGGCAGGUACUCCUGCCAGGCCUCCAAUGAAGCUGGAAGAACCUCCUGCGAUGUCACAGUGGGCAUCUUUGAGGCCAAGAAGCCUCCAGUGUUUGAUGUCCCACUCAAACCCGUGACUGUGGAUGAAGGCGACAAGCUGAGCCUCAAGUGUCACGUCUGCGGUUGUCCUCCCCUGAAGAUCCAGUGGAUGAAGGACAGGAAGGAGCUGGUAUCAGCUGGCAGCACCAGGAUCAGCUUCUCUGACGGCACGGCCUGCCUGGAGAUUAGCCCGGCCUCCAAACACGAUGCCGGCGAUUACCUGUGCAAGGCCACCAACAAUGUAGGCAGCGAGUUCUGCAAGGCCAAAGUCACGGUCAAAGAAAAACCAGGAGCAGCUCAGCGUCCAGCUGAAGCUCCAGCGGAUGCUCCAACCAAAAAACUGGAGAAAUUGUACUUCAUCGAGGAGCCCAAAACUGCACACGUCACAGAGAAGGGAACCGCCACCUUCAUCGCUAAGGUGGGCGGCGACCCCAUCCCCAGCGUGAAGUGGAUGAAGGGGAAGUGGCGGCAGCUGACGCACGGUGGCCGGAUCGCCAUUGAGCAGAAGGGCCAGGAGGCCAAGCUGCAGAUCAAAGACGUCACCAAAUCGGACUCUGGUCAGUACAGGUGUGUCGCCUCCAAUAAGCACGGAGAGAUCGAGUGCAACGCCGACAUGCAGGUGGAGGAAAAGAAGGAGUCGACGCAGCCUGAAGGAGACCUCCGGGCCAAACUGAAGAAGACCCCAUCAAAGCAGAAAAGUCCAGAGGAGGAGAAGGACAUAGACAUUGUUGAGCUGUUGAGAAAUGUGGACCCCAAAGAAUACGAGAAAUACGCCAGAAUGUACGGCAUAACCGACUACCGAGGCCUGCUCCAGGCCAUCGAGCAGCUCAAGAGAGAGAGGGCCGAAGAAAGUGGAAGACCGGAAGUGGAACGUGCAGACAGGGAGUCUGAUGAGGACAUGGCUCGUCUGGUGGCCGACCUGCAGAAGAGGAUGGAGAGGACAGAGCCUGUCACUGUCGUGAAGGACAUUGCCAACAAAUCCGUCUUGGUCAAUGAGGAGGCGGUGUUGGAGUGCGAGGUCAAGAUCAACUACCCAGAGAUCUCGCUGUCCUGGUACAAGGGCACGCAGAAACUGGACACUGGCGACAAGUAUGACAUCAGCAUCAGGGAUGACCGGCACCUGCUGAAGAUCAAGAAGUGCCAGCCGGCCGACCAGGGCAACUACCGCGUGGUCUGUGGACCGCACAUUUCCAGCGCCAAGCUCAGCGUCACGGAGGUGGAGGUGGAGAAGCACCUGCAGGAAACUUCGGGUAAGGAAGGCCAGCCGUGCACUCUGUCUUGUCAGUUGUCCGUUCCUAACGUAGCGACUCAGUGGUUUAAAAACGGCCAGGAGUUAGAGAUGAAGGGCAGAUACAAGUCUGAGGUGAAGCACAAGGUUCAGAAGCUCCUGAUCAGUGAACUGAGGCCUGAGGACCAGGGCACAUACACCUGCAAGUACCAGCACCUGGAGUCUUCGGCGGACCUCAGGGUGGAAGCUGAACAAAUACAUUUCACCAAACGCAUCCACAACAUCGAAGUCAACGAGCGGCAGUCGGCCACCUUUGAGUGUGAGGUGUCCUUCGACAAUGCUAUUGUCUCGUGGUACAAAGACACCUGGGAACUGAGAGAAAGCCAAAAGUACAACUUCAGAAGCGAGGGCCGAAGACAUUUCAUGGUCAUCCAAAACGUGACCACCGAAGACGAAGGCGUGUACUCAGUGAUUGUGAGAUUGGAGCCCAGAGGAGAGGCUAAGAGCACAGCUGAGCUUUAUUUGUCUGGCAAAGAAAUCGAACUGGCGAAGGUGCCAACAGAUAUCCCAGACUCCUCAGUUCAGAGACCUGAAAUGCCCACGUCAGUGGCGAUCCAAGAAUCCGCUGAGUUCUAUCAGUAUGAAGAAAGGACUGAGCUGAGAGAAUCGACUGAAUAUUCAUAUCAUCACGAAAAGGAGGUGGAGCUGGAGCAGAGAGUUUCUGUUGCUGCAACCAGAGUUGCUGUUGAGGAGGUAGUGGAGACCAAGACAGUCGGAAUGAGGGAGAUGAUCCCUUCGAAGGUUCCCAAAGAUGAGAAGAGGUCAGAAGAGAAGCCGGGAGCAGCUGUGAAGGAACCGACGCAGGAAGGACUGGAGGCCAGGAAGCCUGUGGAGGAAAAGGUUUCUGUAGUUUCAGUCCCAGAGAAGAAGGAAGGUCCUGCUCCCAAAGCAGAGGACCUGAAGAAGCCCGUCGGCGCUCCCUCUGCGCCUGAUGAGAAACACGUAGACCCGAAAAAAGAUGAGCACAAGCCUGGGGUUCCAGCGGAGCCCAAAAAAGUGGCGCCUGGAGCCAAACCAGGAGCAGAACCUGAAUCGAAACCUAAGCCAGAGCCUGAAGAGAAGCUGGCAGCGGUGAAGAAGCCGGUGACACCUCCUUCCAAAGGAGAACCUGAGGAGAAGCCGGCGGCGGUGAAGAAGUCGGUGACACCUCCUUCCAAAGGAGAACCCGAGGAGAAGCCGGCGGCGGUGAAGAAGUCGGUGACACCUCCUUCCAAAGGAGAACCCGAGGAGAAGCCGACGGCGGUGAAGAAGUCGGUGACACCUCCUUCCAAAGUCCCUGGAGAGGCUGGAAGGCUCAAGCCGGAGCCUGAGGAGAAGCCGGCGGCGGUGAAGAAGCCGGUGGCACCUCCUUCCGAAGGUGCAAAACUGAAGCCAGAACCUGAAAAACCGAAGGCAGAAGUCCGUAAACCGGAGUCUUCCGCCAAAAAGCCUGAGCCGGCCUCCAUUGAGGUGGCUCAAAAACCAGAACCAGAAGAACCAAAAGCUGACCUCCGUAAACCUGAGACUCCUGUCAAGAAGACAGAGCCUGCAGCGCUCAAACCAGAACCAGCCGCUGCGCCCAAGGAGCCUCCGGGGAAAGUGCCAGAAGCAACCACGAAGGAGGUGGAUGUUCCUCCUCCAGACCCGCAGAAGGUUAAGAAAGAGCCAGAAGCAGCUCAGAAGAAGCCAGUUAAAGUUUCUGUGGAGGAGAAAGUGCCCGAGCCUCCGAAACCAGCCAAGAAGGCCGAAACCAAAGUUGUUCCCCCUGAAGAAAAGCAGAUUUCCACCGAGAAAGCUCUGAAGCCCAAACCUAAACCUGUUCCCGCUGGGGCGCCUCAGACGCAACCUCGGGCGUCUGAGGAGGUCGCCGAGUUGGAGGUCAAACCCGCCCGGCCCCCCGAUAAAAUACCAGAAAGGGCCCCUGAGAAACGACCUCCAGGGAGAGCCGAGGUGCAGGAAAAGACCCCUGAGAUGGUCCCAGGGAAAGUUGCAGCACCUGAGAAAAAGGUGGAGGAAAUUCCAAAAAGGGUCCCAGAAAAAGUCCCAGAAAAAGUCCCAGAAAAAGUCCCAGAAAGAGUCCCAGAAAGAGUCCCAGAAAAAGUCCCAGAAAGAGCCCUAGAGGGGGCUCUUCCUCCAACGAAGCCUGUCGAAGCUCCUCAGAAGGUUGUUGAAGUGAUAUCAAAGAAGCAGGCCGAGAGGAUCUCUGUGGUUGAGACCGUUUCUGUAAAAACCACCUCUAAAACGACUGAGAAGGUCAAACCUAAACCCGAGGCAGACGAACCUCUUCCUAAAGUGGCUGGAAAACCUCACCAGGAAGUCGUCCUCAGUAGAUGCUGGAGCCUGCACAUCUGGCUCCUCUCGAUACGGAGGAGCAGCAGCUCUACUCUGAGCCCCUCCCAGAUGACCGAGCUUCUCUUCCUGUCCCUAAGAGAGCCCGGACACCCUGUGAAGGAAACUACCCACACCUCCCGAACUUUGGUGAUGGAACUGUCUCACACAGAAGAGCCGUGGGAACAGAGACGUGUGGAGGAACAUGAAGAGCUUGAAGAGUUCAAGUUUGAACUGAGACAAGAGAUAUCUGUUACCGACUCUUUGCAGAAGCAAGAAGUCAGGGUGAUGCAGAAGGUAGUCGCCCCGAAAACACUAGAAAAUGUAGCUGUAGUCCACGAGAGGGAAUCCCAGGUCAUAAGGGUGCAAGAGCAACCCACAGAGGACGAAGGCAGAGCUUCGGUCAAAGACCUGGCGGGUACGAAGAGACGAGAGGGGACCGUUGAAGCAGACAGAAAAGACAGACAAACGAAAGAAACCAGUUCAAUCAGAGAAUCAGGGGUAGGAAAACCAAAACCGUCUCCAGUUCCCAUUAGCGCAGAUGUAAGAAAGCAGACUGAGGGGAAAGCUCUGACAUCAGCUGAUCGAGAUGAGGAGAUAUUCUCAGACCUUCCUCAGGAAAAAUACACCAGAGCUGGCGGCGAGCACGUGGCAGAAACCACAGUUGUGCCCAGACAAGACCAAAAAAUGCCCCCCUCUCAGCUGAAAAAGGUAGGUGAUGACGAGAGCAGAGCGCAGGAGACUGACGCAAAAGCAGUUUCAGUGAAGAAACCAGAGAAAAAGGUUAAAUCUGACACACAAACGCAGAAAGUUUCUGACAGAGCUGAGCUGGAGGUGCCUUCAGGGCUAAAAGUAGAAGAGUCGGUAACAGACAUCCAGCUCAGGAAGCCGAACGAGAUCUGGCAGGAGGCAGAAACUGAAGCAGAACACGAGGAACCCCGGGACGCUCUUCCUCAGAGAGUCCAUGCUGACAAGAAAAGAGACAAGCUUUCACCUGAGGAUCAGACAAAACCUUCAGUCUUUGUGAAACCAGAGAAGAGAAAGAUGCCCACAGAACCAGCGACCAGAGGUAGGACAACAACCUCACCAGAGGAAUCAUCUGAAGAAGAAGUAUCACAGGUGUCUGCUGUCGCCUACAAGUCAGGGAUGGAUCGGUCCCAGGACAGCUCGGAGGAGGAGAAAACCAAGCCGAUGAUGAGGCCCCAGAAGUCCCCAAAGACUGGAGAUGUGAUCCAUGAGUUUCAUUCAUCAGUUGUUCCAGGCAAAGUAAGAGAAGUUCUGACACCUCAAGCUUACAAGAAGGAAAGCAAACAGGAACUGGAGACGCUCCAGAUCAGGACUGGAACUGGAGGAGUUGACUUCGACGACGUUGACAAUGAACCAUACAACACUAAAAUCAUGGACGAUCCUGGAAAAGUGAGACGACAGACGACAGCUAAAGAUGAUGACCAGGUCAAAGAGGGCCUGCUUAAGGACAAGGACAUCCAGAUUUAUAGAAAAGGAAAGUCAAAACCUACAGAGACAAAAAUAGGACAGGAACAAAUAGAAAUUAAGGUUUCAGUUCCUCCAUUAAGAGAAGAAACUUAUGAGAAACCAAAGGUCGAAGCAACUUCUGAAGAACAUGAGAAAAUCCCAAAAAGUGACUCUAUACCAGCUCAACAAGAACACGACGUUUCAGACAGAGUUUCUCAAAAGAUGAGAAGACAAAAAAUUGUCAUACCUAAAGAGGCUGCAGACAAACAAAUCCCACCUAAAUCUGUCACAGUUGAGGAUAAACCCCCAAAAACUAGUCAAACUAAAGCCAGACCACCUGACAGAGACCAUAAACCCGAAGAACCAAUGUCUGAGCGUCCAGCAGUUGAUGAGGACAUGUUAACUGAGACACUUGGUGGACCUCAACCUCUGAUCCUUGAUAGAAACCAGGUGGAGGUCAGCACAGUUACAGAUAAAAGCUCAAGGGUUUCUGCUCUUAAAGACAUAAAACCUACAGAGGAGACAGUUGAAAGAAAUAUCUCCGUUUUAUCUGAGGGAGAUAAGGCGGAAAAAGGAGCCGCAACCGAGAGAGCGAUCAAAGACGCGAGACAGACCGAAGAGAAAGAAGACAAGCCAGUGAAGACGGACCAGCAUGCAUUUGACGAAGAUGAAACAUCGACAAAGCAAACAGGAAGCAAUCAAAGGGACGAUGAGGUUGUUUUAGUGAGAGAGAGCACAUCCGAGAUGGUCAGAGGUCUUCCACCAACGUGUGAGAAAGCUAAACAUCGUCCUCCAUCUAAAAAGGAGCCAGACUCUGGGACUGACUCCGGGCCAGUUACAGUUGAGAGCCUCCAGUCUAAAACCGGCGUUGUUAAAGCGAGUUUUCAUAGCGUUUCUGUGGACGGAGAGCGCGAGCAGCAGCAGGUGGAGAGGAAAGCUUCACGAACGCCUGUUAUGAGCAUGGCCUUGUUAAAACCACUGACUGCAGACAAUUUAGAUGUUCCACCUGAAACUCCACAGCCAUAUGUUCCUCCUGGGGAUCUGCAGCAAAAGAUCCCACCAGGAGAAAUGGCUGUUUACAAGCCAACUGAUAUUUCUAUGGAGACUGAAAGUGAAUUAAAGGAAUUGUAUCAAAGUGAAAAGAUGAAAAAGACACAGAGGGAGUUAAACGUUGAACUAUUGGACGAUACAGGGAGAAAAACAUCACUGCACGGCCAAGAUGCUUUAGAAAAGUACAGCAAAAAAGUUCAGACUGAGGCGCCAGAACAGGUUGUACGUGAAAGAGACACGCCUGGCGUUACGGUAGGAGACAUUCGGUCAAAGGUCGUCACAGUAAAAGCUGAGACGGUUGCCGGUCAUCCGCUGGAAGAAACAACAAUGAAGUCAGAACACAUUACGAGUAAAUCUGCAGUAACAUCUGUACCUGAGCUGAAACCUAGAGCGGUCGUCAGAGCAGAUGACAGAGCAGACGUGAACACCGGUAGACAAACUCUGGACGGCGCAGAGCUGGACGUUAGAGGAGGUGUCUCUGCUGGGACAGAUGAACGGCCAGAAAGGGAGGAGCUGAUAAAAGCCCAGCGAGAUAAGGUCUAUCAUGCUUCAGAAUUAGAGGAGAGUCCUAAAAAAGGCGUAACCAGGGCGACGCGGUCCAAAGCUGAUACCAGUGAUGUGGUUUGUGAUGAGCCCAUCGUAACCAAACCCUCAGUAACAGAUAAAACCAAAAAUUCUGACCACAAAGCAGACCCUUCAGAACACUUGAGUAGGGAACAGGAACUGGAAGCUGUGCGUGCUGGAUUCACGCCUCCUCCAGAGCACAGACCCUUCACCGGGCAAGAGGUAGAAGGUCCAGGGAGUCGGCGCAUCGUGGAAACUAGGGCGACGAUUCUGGAACCUGGAGGCAAAGAAAGUGUCUCCCUCCAAGAAGCUUCCAGAGUUCCCGUCAAGGAAAAGGAGGCGCCGCCAGCGAAGGCAGUCGCUCCUCCCGAAGAGGGCAAAGCGAAGCCAGCUGUCAAAGUUCCAGAGGUUGCCAAAAAGCCCGAAGUUACAGAGAAACCAAAGGAGGAGAAGAAGAUCUCCCCACAAGAAAAGACAAAGCCAGUGGGUAAGCCACAGCCGAAGGCUGAACCGACCAAGAAGGUAACGCCAGAAGAAAAACCAGCUGUGGUAGCAAAGAUCACUCCUGAGACAGAUGAGACCAAAGGACCCGUCCAAGCUCCCGGUGGAGUCAAGAAAGAAACAAUUCUGCACAAAAAAGGUAAAAUUCAUUUGGAAGAAGAGGGGACAUUUGAGAUUCCCACCUUGAAGAAAACAACCAAAGUCACGAGGGAAGUGGAAGAGGAGCAAGAGAUCAUCACCCUGAAGAAGAUACCAUCGGUUCCGAUGACAGAGGCUGAAGCGGAGGAAAAACGUCAGACGGUCACUAUGACCACCGUCUUUCAUGCAGAGACGAUGGUGCACGAAGAAGAAGCUUUUGAAAUGUUAGUUUCCACCAGGAAAACUGUGGAGGAGAUGAAGCCAAGAGACAAAGCAGAUGUGGGGAAAAAGCCAGAUGUGUUCGAGCCUAAACAGGAGGAACAAAAAGAGGCUCCUAAAGCGGCAUGGACCCGCCAGAAGCCCACCCCCAAAGAUGAAAAACCAGAAGACAAGAUAUCUCUAAAGAUAACUCCAAAAGCACCAAAGGAUGAGGAACCUGCCCCACCCAGUGCAGCCAUGAAAAAAGUGAAAAAGUUGCCAAAGGAUGAAGCAGAACCAGAGGAGGUCAAACUAAAACCUUUUGAGAAACCUCUGAAACCAUCAGAGGAGCCAGAGAAAGAUAAGAAGGAGACGACUGAGAGAGACAAGAUACCUUUCCAGAAGAGAGAGAAGACCCCCAGAGAAGUGGACACCAAGGAACCUGCAAAGAAACCCGAGGAGGCACCACUAGAGAUAAAGGAGCCACCAGCUAAGGUGGCAAAACCAGUAGAUAAGAAGAAAACUCCAGACAAGGAGCCUGAGGAGGUCAAAGCACCCACCAAAGUCAAGAAGCUCCCUACAGUUGAACAGGAGAUAGAAAGUGUCAAGCUAAAGCCCUUCUCCAAACGAUCCAAAGAUGCUGCAGAGCCUGAGAAAAAAACAGCAGAAGAAAAAGAGAAGAAGCCAUCUGAUGACCCGCUGCGUCGUCGCAUAAGUCCCGGUGAAAAACCAAAGGCACGAGAGCCAGAGGCCGGGCCAAAGAAACCCGAGGUCCCUGAAGCACCACCGAUGAAACCAGAUAAGCUAAAGGAGACAGAAGUUGUUCCAGAGGAGAAGCCAUCUCCUGCUCCAUCCCCUGUUAAGAAACCUGACAAGGUUUCUGAAGACGUUCCUGAAGAGCCCAAGGCUGUUGAACGGAAGAAGGGAGUCAUACCCAAGGAAAAAGAGGAGAAAGAAGAAGUUGCGCUUAAACCAGUGGAACAUCUCAAGAAAGCAGAACUUAAAAAGACACCGUCUCCUAAAGUUGACAAGCUAAAACAAGCAGAAGCAGUUCCAGUUGAAAGGAGGCCAAGUGUUGACAAACUGAAAAAGGUUCCAAAAACUGUUACACCCAAAGACUCCAUUGAAGCUGUGACUCUCAAAAAGGUUCCAAAGAAGCCAUCACCAAAGGGUGCAGAACCUUCAAAACCUGGCAAGGAGAAGGUUCCCCUGGUCAAGGAGGUCUCUCCUGGAGCUACCGAGAUGAAGAAGAUUGCCACUCAGCCUGAGGAGGAGGUAACUGAGUUUGAAGCAGAGGGAGUUGACCAGGAAGACGAGGCCUGGGCCUUGCAGCUGGUUCCACAGGAGAGUUAUGGCUCGGAGGACUGGGAGGGAGAGGAAGGUGCUCUGGAGGCUCCAGGGGUGACCAGGAGAGAGGGUCAGCCGGCAGGAGAAGAAGCAGGAAGAGGUAGAGGUAGAGGCCUGAAAGCCAAGCAGACCCCGUCCCCGGGUGAGGGCAGGGGCCGCGGGCUGAAGCCUGGGGGCAAGGGCACACCACCAGAGGAACCAGGAUUUGCAGGAUUUAAGCUCAAAGCCGUCCCGCUGAAGUUCAUCAAGAAGAUCCAGGACCUCUUUCUGAAGGAGGCUGAAUCCGUCGGCACGGCUGCUAUCUUUGAGUGUGAGGUGUCACCCUCCACCGCCAUCACCUCUUGGAUGAAAGAUGGCGGUAACCUGCGUGAGAGUCCCAAGCACAAGUUCACUUCUGACGGCAAAGAUCGCAAGUUGAGCAUCAUUGACGUCCAGCUGUCCGACAAUGGCGAAUACACCUGCCUGGCCAAGAACGCUGGCAAGGAGAUUCAGUGCACAGCCAAGCUGGUCGUUGAAGAGCUCCCUGUGAAAUGGAUCAAAGAGCUUGACGAGGAGACGUCGUCAAUGAAGGGCCAGCCCAUCUACAUGACCUGUGAGUUGAACAAGGAGAAAGACGUGACCUGGAAGAAGAACGGCACGGUCCUGAAGAAACGCGAGGGCAAGGUUCAGAUCAAUGUCAUCGGCAUGCAGCACGCUGUGACCAUCCAGAAAUCCACUGAGGAGGACGCUGGGACAUACACCUGUGAAGUGGACAACCAGGAGGAAGAAGUCAAGACCACCACAAACGUCAAAGUGAUCGAAAUCGUCAAAGACUGGAUCGUAAAGCCACUGAAAGACGUGCACGUGAAGCCAAAAGCCAACGCUACAUUUAAAUGUGAGCUUUUCAAAGACACUCCCAACUGGAAGUGGCUCAAGGGAGAGAACGAGAUCCCUCCAUCCGACAAGUACGAGAUCAAGAAGGACGGAAAGCAGCUGAUGCUGACCAUCAAGAACUGCCAGCCCGACGAUGUAUUAGACUACUCCUUGGAGGUGGAGGGACGCACCUAUACCGCCAAGCUAACUUUAGGAGAGCGUGAGGCUGAGAUCCUGAAGCCCCUGAGCAGCGUGGAGGUGGUUGAGAGGGAAGAUGCCGUGUUUGAGACGGAGAUCUCAGAGGACGAUGUUCCAGGGGAGUGGAAACUCAAAGGGGAGCUUUUGACCAGAUCCCCCACCUGUGAUAUUCAAAUGGAGGGUCCGGUGCGUAGGCUCACACUGAAAAACUGCCAGUUGGAUCAGGCCGGAGAAGUGUCCUACCAGGCUCUGAAUGCUGUAACAACCGCAAUGCUGAACGUCAAAGAACUCGAAAUGGACUUUGUUGUCCCGCUGACGGAUGUUUCUGUGCCAGAAAAGAAACAGGCUAAGUUUGAAUGCACCGUCAGAAAGGAUGUUGCUAAGGUCAUGUGGUAUAAAGGGGCUGACAUCAUCACCCCAGACCAGAAGUAUGACAUAAUUGAUGACGGGAGGAAGCAUAUAUUGGUUAUAAACUGCUGUGAGUUUGACGAUGAGGAAGAUUAUACGAUCGAGGUUUUGGGAAAAACUUCGACAGCCAGACUCACAGUGGAGGGUAUCAGGCUAAAAUGCAUUACACCGUUAAAGGACCAAACAGUGAAGGAAGGCGAAACAGUUCGCUUUGAGCUGGAGUUGUCCCACGAAGACAUCCCCGUCACCUGGUACAAAAAUGACGUUAAAAUCCAUCCCAGCAGAACUGUCGUCACCCAUGCGGAUGGAAAGAAACACAUCUUAGAAAUUAAGGGAGUGACUCUGGAUGACAUCUGCCAAAUAAAGGCAGAGGCCAAAGGAAUCCCUUCCAUGGCCAAUCUGACGGUCAUAGAGGGAGACCCGUACUUCACGGUAAAACUGCAGGACUACACUGCAGUGGAGAAAGAUGACGUGGUUCUAGAUUGCGAGCUCAGCAAAGACGUUGACGUCAUGUGGUACCACAACGAGGACGAAGUCAAAGCCUCAAAGACAGUGACCGUAAAAGCAGAGGGCAAACGCAGAACCCUCGUCAUCAAGAGAGUCGGAGACCAAGACAAAGGACAGUAUGUAUGCGACUGUGGAACAGACAAGACGACAGCGGAGCUUCACAUCGAAGCUCGCCACAUCAAGGUGGUCCGACCCAUGUACGGCACCGAGGUGUUCGAUGGAGAGACGGCUCGAUUCGAGGUCGAGCUCAGCGAAGACGACGUCCACGGCCAGUGGAAACUGAACGGAGAAGUUCUCAGUCCGUCCGCUGAUGUUGAGAUCGUGGAGGAUGGCGCCAAACACACUCUGGUCUUUUACAACUGCAGAGUGCCUCUGACCGGCGAGCUCACGUUCACAGCCGCCAACGCCAAGUGUUCUGCUAACCUGAAAGUCAAGGAGCUGCCGGUCUCGUUCAUAACGCCUCUGGCUGACGUACAUGUGUACGAAAGGGACGAGGCAAAGUUUGAGCUGGAAAUUUCCAGAGAGCCCAAAAGCUACCGUUGGCUGAAAGGGGCUCAGGAGCUGUCAAACGAUGACAAGUUUGAGCUCCAAGUGGAGGGGAACCGACACACCCUGGUUGUGAAAUCGGCCCUAUACGAAGAUGAGGCCAAAUACAUGUUUGAGGCCGAAGAUAAGAGGACAUCUGGAAAGCUGUUUAUCAAAGGUAUUCGCCUCGAAUUUAUCAAACCAAUUAAAGACGUGACUGUAAAGGAACGUGAAACGGCAGAGUUCAGCGUCGAACUCUCUCACGAGAAGAUCCCGGUGGUGUGGUAUAAAAACGAUGUCCGCCUGCACCCGAGCAAAGUGGUGCACAUGUCCCAGGAAGGGAAGGUCCACACGCUGGCCUUCAAGGAGGUCACACUCGAUGACACAUCCUCGAUCAGAGUGGAGGCCAUGGACAAGACGUCGGAGGCCAUGCUGACUGUUCUUGAGGGUGACCUCUACUUCACAGUCAAACUGCAGAACUACACUGCGGUGGAGAAGGACGAGGUGAUCUUGUCCUGCGAGCUGAGCAAGCCCAGCGGCGAGGUGAAAUGGUUCAAAGACGGAGAGGAGAUCUACCCGUCCAAGAACAUUCUGUUCCAGUCCGAUGGGAAGAAGCAUAUGCUGAUCAUAAAGAAGGCGGCGAAGAACAGCAUGGGAGUUUACACCUGCGACUGCGGCAUCGACAAAACCACAGCAGACCUGAACAUAGAAGAGCGCGACAUUAAGGUCCUUCGCCCGCUGCACAGCGUCGAAGUCACAGAGACCGAGAUGGCUGCGUUUGAGACGGAGAUCUCUGCAGACGACCUCCAUGCCGUCUGGAAACUGAAGGGAGAGACACUCCACCCAUCUGCUGAUGUGGAGAUCAAGGAGGAUGGCGCCCGACACUCGAUAAUCCUCUUCAACUGCAAAAAGGACAUGACCGGAAGCGUUGAUUUCUCGGCAGCGAACGCCAAAUCCACAGCUCAGCUCAGAGUUAAAGCUCGACUCAUCGUCCUGUCGAGGCCCCUGAACGAUGUCACUGUCACCGCCGGGGAGACCGCCACCUUCGAGUGUGAGCUGUCGUACGAAGGCAUCGUUGUCGAGUGGUUCCUGGAGGGUACCAAGCUGGAACCCAGUGACAGAGUGGUGUUGAAGGUAGACGGUAAAGUUCACAGCGUAACUGUGCGAGACGUUCAGCUGAAGGAAGCGGGACAAGUCAAGCUGACCGCCAAAGACUUUGAAACCGACGCCAGGCUCAUCGUCGGAGAGCCGCCGGUAGAGUUCUCAAAGCCUCUGGAGGACCAGACGGUGGAGGAGGAGACCACUGCAACCCUCGAGUGCGAGGUGUCCAGAGAGAACGCAGAAGUACAAUGGUUCAUUGACGGACAGGAUAUCCGCAAAACCAAGAAGUAUGAGAUGAUCGUUGAUGGCUGCAAGAGAACGCUGCUUAUCCACGACUGCACCCUGGACGACUCCAGGACCUACACUUGUGACGCCAAAGACUUCAAGACUUCCUGCUUCCUCAAUGUGGAACAUCCACAUGUGCAGUUUUCAUCGCCACUCCAUGACGUUGAGGUCAAAGAGAAGGAAUCUGCCAGGUUUGAAUGUGAAGUCUCCAGAGAGAACGCCAAAGUCCGCUGGUUUAAGGACGGAAGUGAAAUCAGGAAGGGGAAGAAAUAUGAAAUAAUCAUCCAAGGCCGCCAGCACAUCCUCAUCAUUCACAAGUCUGUGUUUGAUGAUGAGGCUGAAUAUGAGUGUGACGCAAAGACCUCCAAAUCCUCCGGCAUGCUUACUGUUGUCGAGGAGGAGACGAGGUUCACCAAGAACCUAUCCAACGUGGAGGGGACGGAGACGGACAGCGUGAGGCUGAUCUGCGAGGUCUCCAAACCCAGCGCUGACGUCAGAUGGUACAAAGGAGAAGAGGAGCUGCCAGAGGGCGGCCGCUAUGACCAGAUUGUUGACGGAAAGAGGAGGAUCCUCCUCAUCCAGGACCUGAAAAUGAGCGACGUUGGAGAGUACACCUGCCAGCUGAGCCCCAGCAACAAGACUUCUGGAAAUCUGAAAAUCAACGAACUGGCUGCCGAAUUCAUCUCCAGACCUCAGAACCAGGAGGUGGUGGAGGGCCAUAAGGCGGAGUUCAGCUGCACCGUCUCCAAGGACACUUUUGAAGUCAAAUGGAUAAAGGACAACGAGGAGCUGCAGGAAGGAGACAAAUACCAGAUGGUUAGUGACGGCAAGAGGCGGACUCUGGUCAUCAAGGACUGUGAGCCCAAAGACGAGGGCGGCUACACAGUGGUGAUCGGGACAACCAGAGCCAGCGCCGACCUCACUGUGCAAGAGAAACUGAGGAUCAUCACUCCUCUGAAGGACAUGGAAGGUCAAGAGGGCCAUGAGGUGGUCCUGAACUGCGAGGUGAACGACGAGGCCGCCAAGGCCAAGUGGCUGAAGAACGACGAGACGCUGUUUGAAAGCGGCAAGCACGUGAUGGUCCAGAGGGACAACGUCUUCUCGCUCCGAAUCAAAGAGGCUCAGAAGGGCGACGAGGCCAACUACUGCAUCAACCUGACCAAUCACAGAGGAGAGCAUGUCAAAAGCUCCUGCAACCUCACUGUCAAAGAGGAGAGUCUGAAGAUCGUGGUUCCUCUGGAGGACAUCGACACCCAGGAGAAAAAGACAAUCAGCUUCUCCUGUAAGGUCAACCGGCCCAAUGCGACGCUGAAGUGGAUGAAGGCCGGUGAGGAGAUCAGCCUCAGCAAACGCAUCGUCUACAGAGUUGACAAAGACAAGCACACGCUGACCAUUAAAGACUGCACGCUGGCCGACGAGGGCGAGUACACCGCCGUGGCCGGAGACAACAAGUCCGCUGCGGAGCUGAUUAUCAGCGAGGCGCCGACCGACUUCGGCGUGCACCUUAAGGACCAGACCAUCGUAGAGUUUGAGGACGCAGAGUUCACCUGCAAGUUGACCAAAGAGAAAGCUGAAGUCAAGUGGUACAGGAAUGGACGCGAGAUCAGAGAAGGACCCAGAUACACGUUUUCGAGAGAUGGAAAGAACUGCACUUUGCUUAUCAAAGAGUGCAGACCCGAUGACGAAUGUGAAUAUGCCUGCGGUGUGGACGAGAAGAAGUCCAGAGCCAGGCUCUUUGUUGAAGAGAUCCCAGUGGAGAUCGUCCGGCCGCCUCAGGACGUGUUCGAUCCUCCAGGCUCGGACAUCGUGUUCGAGGUGGAGCUCAACAAGGACCGACAGGAGGUGAAGUGGCUGAGGAACAACAUGACGGUCGUCCAGGGAGACAAGUACCAGAUGAUGAGUGAAGGGAAGCUCCACAGACUGCAGGUCUGCGAGAUCAGGCCCAGAGAUCAGGGGGAGUACAGAAUCAUCGUCAAAGACAAGGACGCCAAAGCCAAGCUGGAGCUGGCAGCUGGACCUCAAAUAAAGACCACCGACCAGAGCUACAUCAUAGACGCAGGGAAGCCCAUCGUCAUGGCCGUCCCCUACACUGCCUACCCAGUGGCCGAGGCAGACUGGUUGUAUGACAACCAGAGUCUGUCCAAAGACCACAUCCACACCUCCGCCGACCGCACAGAGUACCAGCUCACGGACCCCAAGAAGUCCGACCAGGGCCGCUACAAGAUCAUCAUCAAGAACAAACAUGGAGAAGGAGAAGCCUUCAUCAACCUGGAAGUCAUUGAUGUCCCUGGACCUGUGAAGAACCUGCAGGUGGUCGACACCGCCGACGGUGAGGUCAGCCUGGCAUGGGAAGAGCCUGAGAGUGACGGUGGCAGCAAAGUCAUCGCCUAUGUGUUGGAGAGACGGGAUGUCAAGCGAAAGACUUGGACACUGGUCACCGACCACGCAGAGAGUCCAGAAUACACAGUGACUGGACUGCAUAAGGAUUCCUUUUACCUGUUCAGAGUGUGUGCCCGAAACCGGGUGGGCAGUGGACCCCUCGUUGAGACGGAUAAAGCUGUGCAAGCCAAGAACAAGUUUGAUGUUCCGGAUGCACCUUUGAAUGUCAUUGUGGGAAAUGUCAGCAAGUUUGGCUGCACUGUCUCCUGGGAGACUCCCGAAUCGGACGGAGGCUCUCCAAUCACUUCUUACAUUAUCGAGCUGCGUGACAGGACGUCGGUGAAGUGGACGCCCGUCCAGGUGGCGAAGCCCGACGAGCUCAGCGCCAUCAUCAACGACGUCAUUGAGAACAAAGAGUACAUCUUCAGAGUCAGGGCUGAGAACAAAGCUGGUGUCGGCAAGCCCAGUGCUGCUUCACAGCCUGUCAAGAUCAUGGAUCCCAUCGAACGUCCCAGUCCCCCUCUGAACCUGACCUGGCAGGACCAGAACAAGAACUCAGUGGAGCUUAGCUGGGAGACUCCUCUCAAGAAUGGAGGUAGCGCGAUCACCGGAUACAUCAUUGAACGCUGCGAGGACGGAGCCGACAAGUGGCUGCGCUGCAACGCUCGCCUCUGCCCCGACCUACACUACAAGGUGUCUGGCCUGAAAUACGGAACCAAGUACAACUACAGAGUGUUUGCUGAGAACGCUGCCGGCGUCUCUGACCCGUCCAACAUCAUCGGACCUCUGCUGGCUGAUGAUGCACAUGUCGGCCCGAGCUUUGACCUUAGCGGUUUCAGGGACGGCCUCGAGGUGAUCGUCCCUCAUCCUCUGACUAUCAGAGUCCCCAUUUCCGGCUAUCCAAUUCCCACAGCCAAGUGGACUGUGGGUGACAAGGAGAUGACCACCGCAGAUGAGCGGGUGUCCCUGAUGACCAAAUCAACGUUCACAGAACUAAGUGUCGCGCCCAGCGUUCGCCCAGACAAAGGCAUCUACGUCCUGCAUCUAGAGAACGACGUCACAAGCGUCUCAGGAGAGAUUGAGGUCAACGUCAUUGCGGCACCUAGCGCUCCCAAGGACUUCAAGGUCCUGGAGGUGACCCGGCAGCACGUCCACCUGACCUGGGAGGCUCCCGAGCAUGACGGAGGAAGUCCUCUGACCGGGUACCAGGUGGAGAAACGGGACAUGUCCCGCAAGACCUGGGUCAAGGUGGCCUCAGGGAUCCAGGAUCUGGAGUUCACCGUGACCGAUGUGGUUGAAGGGAAAGAGUACCUGUUCAGAGUCACCGCCUGCAACAAGUGUGGACCUGGAGAGCCGGCGUACAUCGACGAGCCAGUCAACAUCUCCUCUCCAGCCACUGUCCCAGACCCCCCAGAGAACCUGAAGUGGAGAGACAAGUCCGCCAGUGGCAUCUUCCUGACCUGGGAACCGCCCAAGUACGACGGCGGCACCGGCAUCCGAGGCUACAACGUGGAACGCCUCCAGAGAGGAAUGGAUAAGUGGGAGCCGUGCGGAGACAUGGUGCCCGAGCUGAAGUGCCCGGUGACGGGUCUCACCGAGGGCCAGUGGUACUCAUACAGAGUCCGAGCCCUGAACCGACUCGGAGCCAGCCAGCCCUGCAAGCCCACUGAUGAGAUCCAGGCUGUUGAUCCUAAAGAACCUCCAGAGAUUCUUCUGGAUGCCAAGCUGCUGGCUGGCCUGACCGCCAAAGCCGGCAGUAAGAUUGAACUUCCUGCAGAGGUGAUGGGCAAGCCAGAGCCCCGUGUGAAGUGGACAAAGGCCGACCUGGUCCUCAAACCGGACGACAGGGUGUCUAUCGACACCACACCAGGACAAUCCACCGUAACCAUCACCAAGACCAAGAGAGACGAUUCCUCCACCUACAUCAUUGAGGCCACCAACAGCAGCGGCCGUGCCACCGCCACAGUGGACGUCAACAUCCUUGACAAACCCGGUCCUCCUGCUGCCUUCGACAUUUCCGAGAUCACCAACGAGACCUGCUUCCUGGCCUGGAAUCCUCCUCGUGACGACGGUGGCUCCAAAGUCACCAACUACAUCGUGGAGCGCAGAGGUGCUGACAGCGAGAUAUGGCACCGGCUGUCCUCCACUGUGAAACAGACCACCUACAAAGCCGUGGAUCUGGUCAAGUUCAAGAACUACAUCUUCCGAGUGUUUGCUGAGAACCAGUUUGGUGUCGGCCCACCUUCUGAACACCCACCCAUCACCGCCAGAUACCCCUUCGACACCCCCGGAGCCCCCUACAAGCUGGAACCCUCAGAUAUUGCCAAGGACUCUGUGACUUUGAACUGGUACGAGCCAGAUGAGGACGGAGGAAGCCCCAUCACAGGAUACUGGGUGGAGAGAUACGAGCCGGACCAUGACAAGUGGAUCCGAUGCAACAAGCUGCCCAUUAAAGACACCAACUUCAGAGUCAAGGGUCUCCCUACCAGAAAGAAGUACAAGUUCAGAGUCCUUGCAGAGAAUUUGGCUGGAGCUGGAAAGCCUAGCAAGGAGACAGAUCAAAUCCUUGUCAAAGAUCCUAUUGAUCCUCCAUGGCCUCCUGGUAAACCCACAGUGAAGGACGUCGCCAAGACCUCCUGCUUCGUGCAUUGGACUAAACCCGAGCACGACGGCGGAGCGAAGAUCGAGAGCUAUGUGAUCGAGAUGCUGAAAAGCGGAACAAUGGACUGGAUCCGUGUGGCAGAGAACAUCGGCCCCCUGGAGUAUUUCCUGAAGGGCCUGAUGGAGAAACAGGAGUACUCGUUCAGGGUGCGAGCCGUUAACGUGGCUGGUGAAAGCGAACCCAGCGAGCCCAGCGACCCUGUGCUCUGCAAAGAGAGACUCAACCCUCCUAUGGCCCCUCGCUGGUUGGAGGUUACCAGCAUCAGCAGGAACAGUGCCGACCUGAAGUGGACGGCCCCCGAGCGUGACGGAGGAUCGCCCAUCACCAACUACGUGGUGGAGAAGCGCGACGCCCGGCGCAAAGGCUGGCAGACCGUGGACACCACGGUCAAGGAGCUCAAGUACACGGUGACACCGCUCAACGACGGAUCUCUGUAUGUGUUCCGCGUGGCCGCGGAGAACGCAGUGGGUGUCGGGCCGUUCUGUGAGCUCGAGGACUCCGUGCUGGCCAAAGACACUUUCACAACUCCUGGACCACCUUACUCGCUCGCUGUCACCGCUGUGAGCAAGAGAUACGUGGACCUGCAGUGGGAGGCGCCUCAGAAAGACGGGGGCAGACCUAUCUUGAAUUAUGUGAUUGAGAAGAAGGAGCGGCUCGGAACCCGCUGGGUGAAAUGUGGAAAGACUUCGGGUCCAGACUGUAAGUACAAAGUAACAGACGUCAUCGAGGGAACGGAGGUUCAGUUCCAGGUCUCUGCUGAGAACGAGGCUGGAACCGGACACGCCAGCGAACCCACCGAGAUCCUCACCAUCGAGGAUCCCACAGGCGUCCCGUCCCCGCCCAUUGAGCUGCAUGUAACCGGUGCCAGCCGAGACUUCCUGUCAAUCGCCUGGAAGCCUCCUCUGCGAGACGGCGGCUCCCCCAUCCGCGGCUACCACAUCGAGAUGUGCGAGGCCGGGACACAGAAGUGGAUGAGGGUCAACUCUCGUCCAGUGAAGGAGCUGAAGUUCCGCGUGGAGGAGGGCGUGGUGCCCGAGAAGGAGUACGUUCUCAGAGUGAGGGCCAUCAAUUCCAUCGGAGAGAGCGAGCCCUCUGACAUCUCCGAAAAUGUGUUCGCCAAGGACUCCGACUGUAACCCAACGCUGGAGUUCCAGACUCUGGACCUGAUUGUUGUAGAAACAGAGAAGCUUCACAUCCCAGUUCCCUUCAGAGCUGUCCCAUCCCCCAAGAUCACCUGGCACAAAGAUGGCAAGGAGCUGAAGGCGGAUGAGCGUGUCGGUUUCAGGAAGGAGUACCUGUCCUGUCACCUGGAAGUGGACAGCAGCGUCCACCCUGAUGCUGGAGUCUACAAGGUGACUCUGGAGAACAAGCUGGGGAGCGCCAGUGCCACCAUCAACGUCAAAGUCAUCGGUCUUCCCGGCCCUUGCAAGGAGAUUGUGGCCUCUGAGAUCACAAAGAGCUCCUGUAAAGUGUCCUGGGAUCCUCCAGAUUACGAUGGCGGCAGCCCCAUUCUUCACUACGUCCUGCAGCGGCGCGAGGCUGGCAGGAGGACAUACGUCAACGUGAUGUCUGGAGAGAACAAGGUGAGCUGGCCCAUCAAAGACCUCAUUGCCAACGGAGAGUACUACUUCAGAGUCCAGCCCGUCAACAAGAUCGGAGGAGGAGAGUUCAUCGAACUCCGCAAUCCGGUCAUUGCAGAGGAUCAGAAGCAUCCUCCCGACCCACCGGUGGACGUGGAGACUCACAACCCCACAUCCAGCACCAUCACUCUGACCUGGAAACCUCCCAUGUACGAUGGCGGUGCCAAGAUCAUGGGCUACGUCCUGGAAAAGCAGCUGAAGGGCGAGGACAAGUGGGAGAGGUGCAACGACUUCCUGGUCCCCGUUCUGUCCUACACCGUGAGAAGGCUGACGGAGGGGAAGGACUACGCUUUCCGAGUCAGAGCUGAAAAUGCUGCCGGGGUCAGCGAGCCGUCACGCGGCACGCUGUUUGUUAAGGUCAUGGACAGCGUUGAUCCUCCGAAGGUUUUCCUGAGCGGGAACCUGCAGUCUGGUCUCCUCGUGAGGCGAGGUGGUGAGAUCUGCCUGGACGCCAACAUUUCCGGUGCCCCGUACCCUCAGAUCACGUGGUACUGGAACAACCAGGAGAUCCGGCCCGAGCCGCUCCGCAAGAGGCCCGAGAAACCCCUGAAGAAGAAGGUGGAGAAAAAGGAAGAGGAGGAGAAGAAGAAGGAGGAGGGCGAGGAAGAGGAGAAGAAAGAAGAGAAGAAGGAGGGAGAGGAGAAGAAAGAAGAGGAAAAGAAGGUGGAAGAGGCGGCUGCAGAGCCCGAGGUGGAGGAACCUGACUAUCCAACCAUCAAUGAACGUCUGGCUGUCGACAACAGCCACAGGGGCGUCUCCUCCAUCGUCAUCAGGGACUCGGUCCGCCCCGAUCACGGCGUCUACAUGAUUAAGCUGGAAAAUGGCCACGGAGUUGCUUCUGCGACCUGCGAAGUCGCCGUGCUCGACACUCCUGGUCCUCCUGUGAACUUCAAGUUCGAGGAUGUGAGGAAGAACUCUGUCAUCUGCAAGUGGGACCCUCCUCUGGACGAUGGCGGCAGCGAGAUCCUCAACUACACCCUGGAGAAAAAGGACAACUCGAAGCUGGAGUUCGGCUGGAGCUGCGUCACCUCCACCCUGAGAGGGUGCCGCUACCAUGUGCCCAAACUCAUCGAGAAGAAAGAGUACAUCUUCAGAGUGGUGGCUGAGAACAAGUUUGGCGCUGGUCCACCCUGCAUCUCCAAGCCACUCGUCGCCAAGAAUCCUUUCGAACCUCCCGAGGCUCCUGAGAAGCCAGAGAUCGAUGACAUCACAGCGCACAGCAUGCUGGUCACCUGGGAGGAACCAAAUGACAACGGCAGCCCGAUCCUGGGAUACUGGGUGGAGCGCCGUGAGAUCAACAGCUCCCACUGGGCCCGAGUCAACAGGAACAUGGUCGAAGACACUGAACUCAACGUUGAAGGUCUGGUGGAGGGACUGACCUACAUCUUCAGGGUGGCAGCUGAAAACCAGGCCGGCCCCGGGAAGUUUAGCAUUCCCUCCGAACCCAAAACAGCCCAGGCUCCCAUCCUGCCGCCUGGACCACCCGUUCCCAGAGUCGUGGAGACCACUGACCACUCCAUUGAAGUUGAGUGGGAUCCUCCCACUGACAACGGUGGAGGAGAGAUCCUGGGAUACCACGUAGACAAGACGAUUACUGGUACCAAAGACUGGUCCAGGUCUACAGAACGUCCCUGGAAGACCCGGAACUUCACUGUUUAUGGAGUCCGCGAGGGAGCAAAAUACCUGGUCCGAGUUAUCGCCUGCAACGGUGCCGGAGAGGGAGCGCCUGGAUUUACAGAGUCGGUGUAUGUCCGUAAUCCCGCAGAGAUUCCAGUGAUUGAGCUGGACCUUUCUGUGAAGAAUGGCGUGAUCAUCAGAGCUGGAGAACACCUCCUCAUACCUGCUACAGUCACAGGUAAACCGUAUCCUACCAUCACCUGGGCCAAAGAUGACAGCAAGCUGGACAAAGACGGAGUGGAGAUUCUCAGCGAAGGCAACAACAGCAUUGUCUCCAUCAAGAAUGUGCAGAGAAAGGACUGCGGCAAAUACACCAUCUCUGCCUGCAAUCCCAGUGCCAUCAAAUCUGCGUGGGUUCGAGUGGAUGUGAUGGAUGUCCCUGGACCCAUUACAGACCUGAAGCCGGUUGUCGUCACUCGUAAGAUGAUUUUCCUGAACUGGGACGACCCUGAAGAUGAUGGCGGUAGCGACCUCACCGGCUUUAUCGUGGAGAGAAGAGACGCCAACAUGCACACGUGGAGACAGCCCAUCGAGACUGCCUCCUCCAAGUGCGAGUGUGUCGGCAUCAUGGAGGGACAGGAGUACUAUUUCCGUGUCAUUGCCAAGAACAAGUACGGCAUGGGCCCGCCUGUGGAGCUGGGACCCAUCAAAGCCGUGGAUCCACUGGGUCCACCAUCGUACCCCGAAAAGUUCCACUACACAGAACGCACCAAGAACUCCAUCACAUUUGCCUGGAAGCCACCCCGCAACGAUGGCGGCAGCCCGAUCAUUGGCUACACCAUUGAGAAAAAGAAGCAGGACCAACAGGCCUUUGAGCCCUGUAACGCUGAGAUGUGCCCUAACAUGACCAUGACCGUGGAUGGCCUGGAUGAAGACUGGAUGUACGAGUUCAGAAUCAAGUGUGCCAAUCUCAUCGGGGAGAGCGAGCCCUCCAUCCCACUAACCGUCGUCAUCCAAGACGAUGAAGUGGCUCCUGAGGUCCACAUGCUGAAGCAGUUCAAGGCCGACACCAUCACCGUGAAGAGGAAUGAUCCCAUUGAGAUCCCAGCUGCCAUAAUUGGACUCCCCAUCCCAAAGAUUGAGUGGACCAAGGACGACGUUGUGAUCCCCACCGAGCCCAAGCCCCUUCUCAUAGAAACGGCGGUGACCGGCAGGUUGAACGCCAAGACCACGCUAUCCAUUCCAGCUGCAAACAGGAAGGACCGUGGCACCUACACUGUAACUGCAUCAAACAACAUGGGCUCAGCCAAGCAUACCCUCUACGUCAUGGUUCUGGACCGGCCAACUCCACCCAGGAAUCUGACCGUUUCCAACAUCAAAGCGGAGUCUUGCUACCUGAACUGGGAACCGCCCCUCGACAACGGUGGCAGUGAGUUGACCAACUACAUUGUUGAGAAGAAGGAAGUGUGGACAGAGGAGCCAGAGGUGGAGGAAGGAGAGGAAGCUCCUCCUGAGCCACAGUGGGUGGAGGUCACCAGCAGCAUCAUUGAGAAGAAAUAUGGGGUGUGGAACCUGGAUACAAAUAAGACAUACAUGUUCCGGGUCAAAGCCGAGAACCGCUACGGCAAAUCUGACCCCUGCACCACAGAGGAAGUCAAGAUUACAGACCCGUUCAGCCUUCCCGGCCCACCAGAGAAGCCAAAAAUCGCAGAGUACUCCAAGACCUCCAUGACACUGACAUGGGAACCUCCCAGAGAUACAGGAGGCUCCAUGAUCAUCGGCUACUGGCUCGAGAAGAGGGAGAAAGGUGGUGCCUACUGGGCAAAAGUCAACAAGAUGCCGGUCACCAAGAGGGGCUUAAAAGGCUGGGAACAUCAGGCGACUCGUCUGAUUGAAGGAACAGAGUACGAGUUCAGGGUUGCUGCCUGCAACUCAGCUGGAACUGGACCCUUCAGCCAGCCAUCUGACUCUGCCUUCGCUGUCAAUCCCAUCACUCCUCCUGGCAUGCCUGCUGCUCCGGAGAUCGCAGACAAGACAAAACACAACGUCACGCUGACCUGGAAGCCACCUGAGAGCGACGGGGGAAGCCCCAUCAAGGGCUACAUCAUCCAGAUCCAGGACGAGGGCUCAUCGGACUGGGUGAAGAUCAAUGACCUCGACAGCUUGCACCCCACCACAGAGUACACCGUGCCAAGCCUGCGCGAGCUGAAACGCUACCGCUUCAGAAUCAUUGCUGUCAAUGACAUCGGCGAGUCUGACCCCAGCCCCCGCACCAGUGAAGUCCUGAUUGAGGAUGUCCAGCUUCCUCCCUCUCUCUCACUCGACGUGAUGGCUGAUGACCUGGUGGGCAUCCGCGCUGGAGAUCCGGUCAGGAUCCCCGUCACCAUCAAGGGUCGCCCUGUUCCUAAGGUGACCUGGGACUUUGAAGGCAAAGCCAAGACACAUAAGAAGAACAAACUACACACGCUGCCAGUGGACUCUACGGUCGAGUCUACAGACACCACCUCCGUUGUCAACAUCCCCGUGAGCCUCAGGACCCACUCUGGACGUUACACCAUCACCGCCAAGAACAAGUCUGGACAGAAACACAUCAACGUCCGUGUCAUCGUCCUCGAUGUUCCUGGACCUCCGAAGGAUCUGAGGGUCACAGACGUCUCUCGGUCAACCAUGAGGCUGAUCUGGAAACUUCCCGAUACUGAUGGAGGGGAGAGAAUCAAGAGCUACUAUAUUGAAAAGAAAUCCGUCAAUGACAAGGCCUGGACCAAGGUGAACGCAGCCUGUGCCAGCCAGGCCUUCGUGGUCCCGGGUCUGCUGGAGGGCCAGGAUUACCUGUUCAGGGUCAAGGCGGAGAACAGACUGGGAUUCGGCCCGUACACAGUCACCACCGAUCCCGUUCGAGCCAGAGACCCCAUCUAUCCACCUGACCCCCCCACCAAGCUGAAAGUGAACCUUGUGACGAAGAACACCGUCACUCUAACCUGGGAGCCUCCCAAAAACAACGGCGGCUCCCCAGUGAAGCAUUACAUCAUCGAGCGUUUGAGUUGGGACACCACCAGCAAGCAGAAGGAGACCUGGAAGCAGUGCAACAAGAGAGACGUGGAGGAGCUCACCUUUGUGGUUGAGGACUUAAAGGAGGGAGGAGAAUAUGAGUUCAGAGUAAAAGCAGUGAACGCUGCUGGACCUGGGCGAGCCUCCGCCACAGUCGGACCCAUGGUCAUCAAGGAUCAGACGUGUGCUCCCACCAUCCAGAUGCGUGAGGCUUUGGAGGGUGAAGAGGGCUGUGACGUCAGCAUGGUCGCCAAAGUGAGCGGCUGUCCCUUCCCAACACUCACCUGGCACCAGGCCAGCGUGGCCAAACCUGAGGAGAAGGUGCCAGUCCACUAUGACCAGCACAUCAACAAACUGGUGACCCAGGACAAAUGCACGCUGCUUAUCCAGGCGGCCAACAGGCACGACAGCGCCCUCUACAGCCUGACGGCCAGCAACAGUCUGGGAACCGUCACCAAAGCCAUCAAGCUGUCAGUCCUGGGACCCCCAGGCCCACCCGUCGGACCCGUCAAGUUCACUGAGGUGUUUGCGGACAGGAUCGGCCUGGCCUGGGGCCCUCCCACAGACGAUGGCGGAUCCAAGAUCACCAACUACGUCAUUGAGAAGCGUGAGGACAACAGGAAAUCCUGGGUCCACGUCUCCAAUGACCCCAAAGAGUGCGCCUACGUGGUCAUGCGCCUCACAGAGAACCACGAGUACGAGUUCAGAAUCAUGGCUCAGAACAAGUUUGGAGUCGGCCCCCCUGUGGUCAGCGAGCCUGAGAAGGCCAGAAACCUUUUCACCGUUCCGGGUCAGUGUGAGAAACCUACAGUGACUGAUGUCUGUCUGGAGUCCAUGACCGUCAACUGGGAUGAGCCCGAGUAUGACGGCGGCUCCCCCGUCACCGGCUACUUCAUCGAGAAGAAGGAGACAACCUCCAAGCGCUGGACUCGCGUUGCCCGCGAGCCGAUCAGGGCGCUCCCCCUGGGCAACUACUGGGACGUCACCGGGCUGCUGGAGGGUUCCACCUACCAGUUUAGGGUCAUUGCCGCCAACGCCGCUGGCUGCGGUCUGCCCAGCGUGCCUUCAGACCCCAUUCUCUGCAGAGACCCCAUCAUGCCUCCAGGCCCACCGACACCAAAGGUGACGGACUGGACGAAGUCAACUGUGGACGUGGAGUGGAUCCCUCCAGUGAUAGACGGCGGGUCGAAGGUGACAGGCUACAUCGUAGAGUUCAAGGAGGUGGACAAGGAGGAGGAGGAGAAGAAAGCUAAGAGGAGGCUGCUGCUGACCGGUGCUGAGGAGGAGGAGAAGGAGCCCGAGACCGACGAGGGCUGGACGAAGGCCAAAGACACUGAGAUCAGAGGGACCAAGUUCGUGGUGAGCGAGCUGAAGGAAGGCGGUCUGUACCGCUUCAGGGUCCGAGCUGUGAAUGCUGCCGGAGUGGGAGACCCGGGACUUGUGGCUGAGCUGAUCGAAACCAAAGACAGAACAAUUCCUCCUGAGAUGGACCUUGAUGCCUCGGUGAAGGAGAAGAUCGUGGUCCAUGCUGGUGGCACCAUCCGCAUUAUCGCCUACGUGUCCGGUAAACCCGCUCCAAAGAUCACCUGGUGCCGGGAUGAUGGUGAGGUGCCCAAAGAAGCUGUGGUGGAGGAGACAGGCAUCUCCAAUUCCCUGAUCAUCAAGAACUCCAAACGCCAGCACCAAGGUGUCUACACGCUGAGCGCCAAGAACGAGGGCGGAGAGAGGAAGAAGGCCGUGAUUGUUGAGGUCCUGGAUGUUCCUGGAAAGGUCGGCCUUCCCUUCAGUGGGGAAAAUUUGACCAGCGACUCCUGCAAGCUGACCUGGUACUCCCCAGAGGAUGACGGCGGCUCAGCCGUCACCAACUACAUCAUCGAGAAGCGAGAGUCUGACCGCAUGGGCUGGACCUCAGUGUCCUACACAGUGACGAGGAACAACGCCGUAGUGCAGGGACUCAAUGACGGCAAGGGCUACUUCUUCAGGAUUGCGGCUGAGAACAUCAUCGGCAUGGGACCGUUCAUCGAAACCGACAGGAUGGUUCUCAUCAAAGACCCCAUCUCCGUCCCGGAGCGUCCAGAGGACUUGAUCAUCACCGCUGUUAACAAGGACUCCAUUUCCGUUGCCUGGAGACCGCCCAAGUAUGAUGGUGGCGCCGAGGUGACGGCGUAUGUCCUCGAGUCCAGAAUGGUCGGCCGCGACAGUUUCGUACGUGUAGGCGGAGAGGACAAGCUGAUGGACAAGAAAUUCACGCUGACCGGGCUGAAAGAAAACUCCAGUCACGAAUUCAGAGUCUCUGCUGUCAACGAAGUUGGACAGGGCAAGCAUUCCUUCACCACCAAACCUGUGCAGUGCAAGGACGAGCACGAACCACCCGCUCUGGACCUGGACUUCAGGGACAGGAUGAUAGUGAAGGUCGGAGACUCCUGCAUGCUGUCGGGACGCUACAGCGGCAGACCAGCCCCGGCGAUUGCUUGGAAGAAGAACGAUGAAGAGCUGAAGGCGGACGAAGAGAUCAGCUUCCACAACACUGCCCGUCACCUCAGCCUCAACAUCAGCAAGACCAAGAGGGAGCACAGCGGCUGCUACACUGUCAACGUGGAAAACACAGCCGGUGCUCGCUCAGGAAUCUGCACCAUCGUCGUGGUCGACCGUCCUCAGCCACCAGAGGGACCCGUCGUCUUCAACGAGGUCUACAGGAACUACAUGGUGAUCUCCUGGAACCCCCCUCUGGACGACGGCGGCAGCCCCAUCUCCAACUACGUCAUCGAAAAGAGAGACACCAACAGGGACCUGUGGAUGCCCGUCACCACAUCGUGCACCAGAACCACCUGCAAGGUGCCAAAACUGAUCGAGGGCCGCGACUACAUCAUCAGGAUCAUGGCUCAGAACAUUUAUGGCCUCAGCGACCCUCUCCUGUCCGCAGAGGCCAAAGCCAAAGACGUCUUCAAGGUGCCCGAUGCUCCGAAGCAGCCCUCGGUGAAGGAGGUUUACCACGACUCCGCCCUGAUCAGCUGGGAGCCUCCAGCCGACGGAGGAAAACCUAUCACAGCCUACAUCGUGGAGAGGAAGGAGACCAAGGCCAACAGAUGGGUGCGCUGCAACACAGAAAGAAUCUACCCGAAGGUGGAGUACUGGGUGCCAGACCUGCUGCGAGGCUGCGAGUAUGAAUUCCGGGUCAGCGCUGAGAACGUGGUGGGAGCUGGAGACCCGAGCCCGCCAUCCAAACCUGUCUUUGCCAAAGACCCCAUCGUGAAACCCAGCCCACCGGUGAACCUUCGAGCUAUUGACUUCACCAAGGAGUCGGUGACUCUGGCUUGGGAACCACCCACCGACACCGGGAGAGGAAAGAUCUUUGGAUACCUGCUGGAGUACCAGAAGGCUGGAGAGGAGGAGUGGAACAAGGUAAACCAGACGCCGGACUCCUGCCAGGAGACAAAGUUUAAGGUGAUCAACCUGGAGGACGGAGCCUUGUACCGCUUCAGAGUCAUGGCCGUCAACGCUGCCGGAGAAUCCGACCCAGCAAAUAUGAGGGAGCCAAUCAGAGUGCAGGACAGACUUGAGCCUCCAGAGCUGAUACUGGAUGCCGGGAUGACCCGAGAGGUGAAGGCCAUGGCCGGCACUCACAUCACGCUGAUGGCCCAGAUUAAAGGCGCUCCGUUCCCUACAGUCACCUGGAAGAAGAAUGAGGGCGAAGUUCCAACCAGAGCCGACAUUGAAACCAGCCAGACAGGCACCAAGCUGGAGAUGAGAUUCUGUAACCGUGGUGACAGUGCAGACUACACCCUAACGGUGGAGAACCCAGCCGGAUCCAAGACCGUCACCUGCACCGUGCUGGUUCUUGACAAACCUGGUCCCAUCCAGCACCUCCGUGUGUCAGAUGUCAGGAGCGAUUCAGCCUACCUUUCCUGGAAGGACCCAGAGGACAACGGCGGCACUCGCAUCACCAACUUUGUGGUGGAGAAGAAAGACACAGCUUCCACUCAGUGGGUCCCUGUCUGCUCCACGUCCAAGAAGCGUAGCAUAACGCUGAAGCAUCUGAUGGAGGGCACGUCCUACAACUUCAGAGUGGCUGCUGAAAAUCUGUGCGGUCGCAGCGAAUACGUGGAGACUCCCAAGGCCAUCAAGGCAAUGAACCCCCUCUUCCCUCCUGGUCCCCCUAAAGAUCUGCACCAUGUGGACGUGGACAAAACUGAAGUAUGGCUGGUCUGGAACUGGCCCGAUCGCGACGGUGGAAGCGAGAUCACAGGUUUCCUGGUGGAGUUUCAGGAAGAGGGAGAGAGGGACUGGUAUGAGUGGAAGACUGUGAGCAUCCCAGAGAGUCAUGUGACCGGCCUGGAGGAAGGAAAGACCUACCGCUUCAGAGUGAAGGCUGAGAACGCCAUCGGCCUCAGCAGACCAGACAGCACGGUGCCUAUCCUCUGCCAGGAGAAGCUGGUACCUCCGGUUGUGGAGGUGGAUGCUAAGCUCAUUGAAGGUAUCAUCGUGAAGGCUGGCACCACCAUCAGACUGCCGGCUAUAAUGAGAGGAAUCCCAGUCCCCACUGCCAAGUGGUCCAUUGAAGGAGAAGAGAUCACCAGCGAGGGCAAGAUCAAGAUUGACACAGACAAUUUCUCCACUGUCCUAAGCAUUAAUGAAUGUACCAGGAACCACACCGGCUCCUACCUCCUGACUGUGUCCAACCCAGCAGGGACGAAGACUUUGGCACUAAACGUAACAGUCCUGGAUGUUCCUGCAGCUCCUAUUGGACCUGUCAACAUCCUGGAGGUAACUCCAGACUCCAUGACGAUUGAAUGGCGUCCCCCCAAGGACGACGGUGGAAGCCCGGUCACCAACUACGUUGUUGAAAAAAGAGAGUCCAACAAGGAGACUUGGGGAGGUGUUAGUACAGGCAGCCUCGCCACCGAGCUCAGGAUCCAGCGUCUACAGAAGGGUACAGAGUAUGUGGUUCGCAUUCGUGCUGAGAACAAGAUGGGCAUUGGCGCUCCACUGGAGAGCAAGCCCACCGUCGCUGAGCACACUUUCAUGCCACCCAGUCCGCCUGGUAAGCCACAGCACUCCGAUCUCGCAGAAGAUGCCGUCACAGUCGGCUGGACCAUGCCCCUGUCGGAUGGUGGCAGCCAGAUCACUGGCUACCUCAUUGAGCGCAGACACAAAGGAGGAAAGUGGAUCCGUGUCAACAAGACACCCUGCAAGGACCUCCGGUACAGAGUCUUGGGUCUGUUUGAGGGAAGUGAGUACGAGUUCAGAGUGUUUGCCGAGAACAUCGCUGGCUACAGCGGCCCAUCUCCCAUCUCUGAUCCCUGCAAGCCCUGCAGACCCAUCACAGUCCCGAGCGCCCCCAUCAACCCCAAGGUUAGAGACUACAGCAAGACCAAUGCUGACCUGGUCUGGACUAAACCGAGCAGAGAUGGUGGCAGUCCUAUCCUAGGCUACACUGUGGAGAUGAAGAAAGCAGAUACUGAAGAGUGGAAAAAAGUCAACAUUGAAGACUUUAUCAAGCUGUGUGCCUACAGAGUGAAAGGUCUAGAAGAGGGAGUGACCUACACAUUCAGAGUGUAUGCCUCGAACAUGAUAGGAGAUGGAGAGGCCAGGGAAGUUCCAAAGGCCAUCACUGCUCAGGAUAUCCUCAUCCCUCCAGAGAUUGAAAUGGACGCCAGCUGCCGUGAGCGGCUCACAGUGCGUGUUGGACACAACGUCAACAUUAUUGGCUACAUCAAGGCUCGUCCCGAUCCUGAAGUGAUCUGGUCAAAAAAAGAGACCGUUUUGGAGAACAGCAAGCGUGUUACUAUCAUGCAGAACUUGCCCUUGGCCCACUUGAGGAUCAAGGAAGCUACAAGAGCUGACCACGGCGAAUACACACUGAAGGCUUCGAAUGAGGGCGGAGAAGCUUCCUGCACCAUCACGUUGAAUGUGCUGGACAGACCCGGUCACUGCCAGAACCUGAACCUGACCUAUGUCACCAGGGACUCCUGCAUGAUCAACUGGGAGGCACCAGAGGACAACGGUGGAUCUGAGAUCUCCAAUUACAUUGUAGAGUGCCGUGAACCCAGUAUCCCCAUGUGGUCUAUGAUCUCUUCCAACUGCACCAACCGGAAGAUCAAAGCCAAGCUGAUGGAUGGCCACCUGUAUGUGUUCCGUGUAUGUGCUGAGAAUAAACUAGGACCAGGACCCACUGUGGAGACCAAGACCCCUGUGAUGGCCGUUGAUUCUAUUGAGAACCCCGGGGAGCCAGAGAAGUUCAGAGCUUCAGACAUCGGUAAGAACUUUGUCUAUCUGAGAUGGCGAAAGCCUGAUUACGAUGGAGGCAGCCCCAACAUCUCCUACAAUUUGGAGUCCAAAUCCAAAGAUUCAGAAGAGUGGGUGAAGCUCAACACCAGCCCCCUGACGGACACUUUCUUCCUGGUGGACAAGUGCGUGGAAAAUCAAACAUACACCUUCAGGGUGCAGACUGUCAAUGAAGCAGGAGAAAGUGCCUGGGUGAAACUUCCUGAUAUCGUGGUAAGGGAGGAGCUCCAGAAGCCCGUCAUUGACCUGAAGUUGGCUGGAACAGUGACAGUGAAAGCUGGAGAGUCUGUCAGGAUGGAGGCUGCCCUGAGAGGAAAACCCCAACCCGAAGUCCUCUGGGUAAAAGACAAGGCUGUGGGGGACAACCCAAGAAUGAGCUUUGAAACCGGUGCAGACUACUCCAAGUUUCUUUUGACCAAGUCCAGGCGCACGGACACUGGAAAGUACAUCAUCACUGCCACAAACGCGGCUGGUACCUUCACAGCGUAUGCCAACAUCAAUGUUCUGGAUGUCCCCGGACCAGUGAGGAACUUGAGGGUUACUGGCGUUGGCCCUGAUAAGUGCAGGGUAGUGUGGGAUGCUCCAGAGGAUGAAGGCGGUUGUGAGGUGGACAGCUACAUCCUGGAGAAAUGCGAAACCAGGAGGAUGGUCUGGUCCACAUAUUCUGCUUCUGUGGUUACUCCGUACUGCAACGUCACUCGCCUGGUGGAGGGCAAUGAGUACAUCUUCAGAGUGAGAGCUGAGAACAAGAUGGGAACUGGGCCUGCCAUGGAGAGCAAGCCUGUAACUGUGAAGACUCACUUCAACAGACCUGGACCCCCAGAAGCCCCUGACGUUACCAAGGUGGGUAAAGAGGAGAUGACAGUGGUCUGGGCUCCUCCUGAGAAUGAUGGAGGAAAAUCUAUCACUGGCUAUAUUUUGGAGAGGAAAGAGAAGAGGGCGGUGCGUUGGGUGCCUUGUACUAAGAGCGCCAUUUCUGAGAGACGCAUGAAAGUCACCAACCUGAUUCCAAACCACGAGUACCAGUUCAGGGUGAAAGCUGAGAACGAGGUUGGCCUGGGAGAGCCCAGCAAGCCCUGCAGACCCGUUGCAGCCAAAGAUCCUAUCGAGGCACCUGGUCCCCCUUCCUACCUGAAGGUGUCAGACAGCACAAAGACCUCCAUAACCCUAUCCUGGUCGAGACCUGUGUAUGACGGUGGCGCUCCCAUCCUUGGCUACAGCCUGGACUUGAGGCUGAAGAGCGAAGCAGACCCUGAGAAGCCAACAGAGGGCUGGAAGAGAAUCGAUACCCAUGGCCCACUGGUGCUCACAGAGUUUACCAUUGGCCAGCUGGAUGAGAAGGUGGAGUACGAAUUCAAGGUGUCCGCCAAAAACCAGGUGGGCUGGGGACGUCACGCCUACCUGAGAGAAGCAGUGUCCCCCAAGGAGAUCCUGGAGGCUCCAGAGAUCGAGCUGGAUGCCAGUCUGAGGAAAGGCCUGGCUGUCAGAGCCGGAUGUCCAAUCAGGCUGUUCGCUGUCAUACGAGGACGGCCCGCCCCCAAAGUUACCUGGAAGCGCAAGGGUGUGGACAACGUGGUGCGCCGCGGUCAUGUCGACCAGGUUGACUCAAUGUCCUUCCUGACCAUCCCUGAGAGCACCAGAGAGGAUUCUGGGAAAUAUUCACUGACUCUGUCCAACUCAGCUGGAGAGAAAGCUGUGUUUGUCCGUGUCAAAGUUCUUGACACUCCUGGUCCUGUUGGCGGCUUGGACGCAACUGAUGUCACUAAAACGACAGCUCAGCUCUCCUGGUUGCCACCAGACAACGAUGGUGGCAGCCCCAUCAUUAACUACAUAGUGGAGAAACGAGAGGUGGAUCGGAAGACCUGGACCAAAUGCACAGAGGAACUGAAGAAGACAAGCUUCAAGGUGACCACCAUGACACCUGGCGUAGAGUACUACUUCAGAGUCAUGGCCUGCAACAAAUACGGCAUAGGGGUUCCCCAAGACUCUCCCAGAUCUUACCUGGCCAAGGACCCCAUUAGUGAGCCAGACCCUCCAAAGAAGAUGGAUGUGUUGGAGAUUUCUAAGAACAGUGCUACACUUGGCUGGCUCAAGCCACUCAGGGACGGAGGAGCCAAGAUAAACGGUUACGUGGUGGACUACCAGGAGGAAGGAGCACCCGAGGACAAGUGGACGCCAUACUCUGUGGUUAAAGACCUGACCAUUGUUGUGGUUGGUCUGAAGGAAGGAAUGAAAUACAAAUUCAGAGUGGCAGCCAGGAACUCGGUGGGAGUCAGUUUGGCCCGAGAAGCAGAAGGAGUGUUUGAAGUCAAGGAACAGCUGAUGGCUCCAAAGAUUAUCAUGCCUGACGUUGUGACAGUCAGAGCCGGAAGCAAGAUGGUGCUUGAGGGCAUUGUGGCAGGUAAACCUGCUCCGUUCUGCAAAUGGAAGCAGAACAACGAGGACGUGCUGACCUCUGACCGCCUGUCCCUCGUGAAGACCUUAACAUCCUGCACACUUAUCAUCAAGAAUGUCAACAGAAAGGACAGCGGCUACUACAGCCUGUCGGCCGAGAACAGUACAGCCAGGGUCAACCAGAUCCUCAAAGUCGUUGUCAUGGACAUCCCUGGACCUCCACAGCCUCCUUUCGAAAUCACGGACUUGGAUAUAGACUCGUGCACGCUGCUCUGGAACAACCCAGAGGAAGAUGGUGGCAGCCAUAUCACCAACUACAUUGUGGAGAAGUGUGAUAUCAGCCAGGGUGACUGGAUCACUGUGUCCUCAUCCUGCACCAAGACCAGUUUUAGAAUGACUAAACUGAUACCUGGCAAAGAGUAUGGCUUCCGGGUCCGUGCUGAGAACAGACUGGGCAUCUCUGAGCCAAUCUAUUCUGAAAAAAUGAUCGCCAGACAUCCAUUUGAUCCUCCCAGCGAGCCCAGAAGCCUGCAGAUCAACAAGAUCAACAAGGACUUUGUCAUCCUGUCGUGGGAGCGUCCCAGCAACGACGGUGGCAGCCCCAUCACUGGAUACUGCAUUGAGAAGAAGGAGCGUAACAGCCUUUUGUGGUCGAAAGCUAAUGAGUCUGUGGUCAAAGCCACACAAUACACCUGCACAGGCCUCAUCGAGGGCUUGGAGUACACUUUCAGGGUGUCUGCCCGAAACAUGGCUGGACAGGGUAAACCCUGCAAACAGACAGACUUCAUCACGGCAAGAACUGCUGUCGACCCGCCGGGUAAACCUGAGCCCAUGGACGUGACCAAGAACACCGUCUCGUUGGUCUGGAAUCGUCCUGAGCACGAUGGUGGCAGCAAGCUGAUUGGCUACCACGUUGAAUACACAAAGCUUCCGGAGGAGAAGUGGACCCGUUGCAAUGCUAACUGCAUGAACAUCCAGACCGAGAGCUAUGUGGUGACCGGCCUGGAGGAGGGUCAACAGUACCAGUUCAGAGUCAUUGCUAGAACUGCCAUCAACACCAGCCUGCCGUCCGAGCUGUCCGACCCCAUUCCAGUAUUCGCAGAGAAUGUUCCUCCUCGUGUAGACCUGGGCGUCAACAUGAAGAACCUGAUCGUGGUGAAAGCUGGAGAGAACAUCUUUAUGGACGCUGAGGUGUUUGGCAAACCGCUGCCUAAGGUGAGCUGGAAAAAAGAUGGAGCCCCUCUGGUCCUCGCUGAGGGAAUGAAGAUGGGCCAGAAGAAGCACGUCCACCUGCUGGAGCUCUACGCUGUGACCAGGAAAGAGUCUGGAGACUACACCAUCACUGCUGAAAACAUCAAUGGCUCCAAGUAUGCCACCAUAAAGGUUAAAGUACUUGACAAACCUGGCCCUCCAGCCUCUGUGAAAAUUGCCAAGGUGUUUGCCGACCGUGUUAAGUUGCGGUGGGAGCCUCCACUUGCAGACGGCGGAUCUGAAAUCACCAACUACAUCAUUGAGAAGCGUGAGACCAGCAGGGCCAACUGGGCUCUAGUCACAUCCAACAUCCAUGGACACUUGACAGACUGCUCAGUAGAGAAGCUUAUAGAGGGCCAUGAAUACGAGUUCAGAGUCAGCGCUGAGAACCAGUAUGGUGUAGGAGAUGUCAUCAUGACUAACUCUGUCAUGGCCAGGAACCCAUAUGAUGUUCCUGGGCCAUGUGAGCCACCCGUCAUCACCAACAUUACCAAAGACUCCAUGACAGUCAGCUGGAAGGCCCCAGCCAAUGACGGAAAGGCGUCCAUCCUAGGCUACAUGGUGGAGAAACGAGAAGCCACUGAGCUGACGUGGGCGAAGGUUAACCGCCGGCCCGUCAUUGACAGAACCAUCAAAGCUGCUCAGUUGACUGAGGGCUCUGAAUAUGAGUUCAGAGUCAUCGCCCUGAACAAGGCUGGCUUGGGCAAACCCAGCGACGCAUCCAACGCUGCUCUGGCUGUGGACCCUGUCUAUCCUCCUGGGCCACCUGCCUUCCCCAAGGUGGUUGACUCAACCAGGAGCUCCAUCAGUCUUAGCUGGACCAAACCGGCAUACGACGGUGGCUGUGAGAUCAUCGGAUACCUGGUGGAGUGCAAACGAGCUGAGGCAGAGGACUGGAACAAGUGCAACGUCCCAAAGAAACUCCAGGCCACGAAACUCGUAGUAACUGGCCUGAUGGACAAAACAGAGUACCAGUUCAGAGUCCUUGCUGUCAACAAGAUUGGCUACAGCGAGCCCAGCGAUGUUCCUGGAAACCACAUGGCCAAGGACAUCCUGAUCGCCCCAGAGGCUGAGUUGGAUGCUGACCUGAGGAAGGCUUUGGUUCUGCGAGCCGGUGUCACCAUGAGGCUCUACGUCCCGCUGAGAGGACGCCCGGCUCCAAAGGUGACAUGGACUAAGGUGGGCGCUGACCUGAAGAACAGGGAGGGUUUGCUGAUCCAGACUACAGAAUGGGACUCCUUUGUCAUGCUCGAGAACGUCAACAGAUAUGACGCUGGCAAAUACGUGCUGUCCCUGGAGAACAGCAGUGGAUCCAAGAGCUACACAAUCGUAGUAAAAGUCCUUGAUACACCUGGACCCCCUGAAAACCUGAUUGUGAAGGAGACCUCCAGGACCCAUGCUAGCAUCACCUGGGAUGCACCACGGAUCGAUGGUGGCAGCCCCGUUAAGAGCUAUGUUGUAGAGAAACGUCUAGCUGACAGGAAGGCCUGGACCUGUGUGUCGUCAGAGUGUCCAAAGUCCUCCUUCAGAAUCACCAACCUGGAGCCAGGACUAGCAUACUGCUUCAGGGUGCUGGCUGAAAAUGCAUACGGCAUCGGAGAGGGCUGCGAGACUGCAGGCAGCGUCCGAGCUUCAGAGCGGCCCGGCCCAGUGAUGGACUUCAAAGCCCAGAAUACAACCAAAGACUCAAUCACCCUGGGCUGGAAGAAGCCCAUCAGUGAUGGUGGAAGCCACGUUACUGGUUACAUCCUGGAACAGAGUGAAGGCGAGGAGAAGUGGAAGCAGAUCAUGAAAGGGAAGAGCACCUCGCACACAAUUUAUGAGUUGAAAGAAGGCCAGGAGUAUUUGUUCAGGGUAAAGGCCCUCAACGAGUCUGGAGAAGGACUACCAACGGAGCUCACUGUUGUUGCAAAGGACCAGUUUGUGCUGCCUGAUUGCAACUUGAGCUGUCUGCAAGACGGCUGCUACACAGUAAAGGAGGGCAGCACCACGCGUAUCAAUAUUCCCAUUAGUGGCGUGCCCUACCCCGUCAUCACCUGGAAAAAGGGAGACAUGAUGCUCGGCGAUACCGGACGCAUGUGUGUCGAAGCCUCGCAGGGAGUCACCACCCUGCUGAUAAGAGACUGCCAUCGAGGAGAUGCCGAGACCUUCAAAAUUACUGCCAAGAACAGUGCCGGCUCAAAGGAGUGCAAAUUCCAGCUGAAAGUGGUGGGAAAACCCGGAAUCUGCACCGGACCCAUCACGUUUGAUGAGAUCACUGCCGACGGCAUCACCCUGGAGUGGGCGCCGCCCAAAGAUGACGGAGGUGCAGAGGUGUCCAAUUACAUCGUAGAGAAGAGGAGGACGACAGACAACAGGUGGGCUACCGUAGCUUCAGCCAUCCAGAAGACCACCAUGAGGGUGAUCAGACUCCACGACGGAAUAGAGUACAUCUUUAGAGUGUUUGCUGAGAACAAAUAUGGAGUUGGAGAGUGUCUGAGGUCUGACGCGGUCAUUGCCCAGCAUCCAUUCGAUGUGCCUGGGGCACCUGCUCCUCCAGAGAUUGUGAGCAUUCGUCAUGAGUCAGCCAUCCUGACUUGGUCUGAUCCAAGGGACUCUGGUGGCUCCCCGAUUACUGGAUAUCACGUUGAAUUUAAGGAAAGGAACAGCCUGAUGUGGAAACGAGCCACUAAGACUCCUCUGAGAGUGAAGGAAUGCAGAGUCACUGGCCUGAUUGAAGGACUAGAGUAUGAGUUCAGAGUGAUGGCCAUGAAUGUGGCUGGCCUUGGAAAAGCAAGCAAGGCCACAGAGGCAGUGGUCGCCCUUGAUCCUAUUGAUCCUCCUGGAAAGCCUGAGGUGAUUAAUGUCACCAGAAACACAGUCACCCUGUUUUGGACAGCACCCAAAUACGACGGUGGCUACAAACUUACUGGCUACAUGGUGGAAAAACUGGAGGCUGGUGGUAAGACCUGGAUGAAGGCCAACCAUGUCAACGUCCAGGGAUGUGCAUUCACUGUCCCAGACCUAACAGAAGGGGCCCAGUAUCAGUUCAGAAUCCGGGCUAAGAACGCGGCCGGUGCUGUUAGUGUUCCAUCAGAGCUAACCGAGCUUCUGACCUGCAAAGAUGAGUAUGAGCCCCCAUCUAUCACUAUCGACCCAGACAUGAGGGACGUAAUUGUGAAGGCAGGUGACACAAUUGUGGUCUCAGCUUCCAAGAUUGUGGGCAAACCUCCACCAACUGCUGUCUGGUCUAAGGGAGGCCGCGAGUUCAAGAGCUCUGACAUCAUCACCAUCACCAGUACCCCCACUUCCUCCACCCUAGCUAUCAAAUAUGCAAGCCGGAAGAACACUGGAGAGUACACUAUCACUGCUAGCAACCCAUUCGGCAUCAAAGAAGAACAUGUUAGAGUGAAAGUCCUGGACAUACCUGGACCUCCAGGUCCCAUCGAAGCAUGCAAUAUUUCAUCCGAGAAGUGUACUCUGACCUGGCUUCCACCAGAAGAGGAUGGAGGCUCUUCUAUCAAGUCAUACAUCCUAGAGAAAAGAGAGACCGGUCGUCUGCAGUGGACCAAACUAGCCGAGAAUAUCAUGGACUGCAGACAUGUAGCGCACAAACUGAUCAAGGGAAAUGAGUACAUCUUCAGAGUGUUUGCUGUGAACCAGUAUGGCACGGGAGACUCUAGCCAGUCUGGUCCAGUCAAAAUGGUUGACAGUUAUGGCCCACCAGGCCCUCCUUCUAUCCCAGAGAUUGAUAAUGUCAGUAGAAAUGCUGUCACCAUUUCAUGGAAAAGACCAGCAAACGAUGGAGGAAGUGACAUUAGAGGAUAUUCUGUAGAGAGGAAAGAGAGGAAGGGACUGAGAUGGGUGAGAGCCUCUAAGAGGACAGUCCCUGACCUGCGCUGUAAGGUUCAAGGCCUGAAUGAAGGUGUGGAGUAUGAGUUUAGAGUCACUGCAGAGAAUAAGGCUGGAUUUGGGGAGCCAAGUGAGCCAUCACACCCUGUGAUGACCAAAGACAUUGUGUAUCCACCUGGUCCUCCAUCCAACCCCAGAAUUACUGAAACAACAAAAACCACAGCUACCUUUGCCUGGGGCAGACCACACUAUGAUGGUGGUCUUGAAGUGGAAGGAUAUAUCGUUGAGUACAAAAAGGAGGGGCAUGAUGACUGGGAGACAGAGACACAGUAUCCAGUAAAAGUUACUGAAUAUGUUAUUGGUAAACUUCAAAAAGGAGGCAAAUAUCACUUCAGGGUCAGCGCUAUAAAUUCUGAGGGAGUAGGUGAGCCUGCAGAGGUUGAGAAUGUCACUGAACUGGUGGACCAGGAAUUGCUGCCAGACUUUGAGCUGGAUGCUGAACUUAGAAGAACUCUGGUGGUCAGAUGUCGUGCUUCAAUCCGUCUGUUUGUACCCAUCAAGGGUCGCCCUGUUCCUGAAGUAAUUUGGAGUAAAGAUGAUACAAACUUGAAAAUGCGCGCACACAUUGACACCACAGAGUCGUACACUCUACUGGUUAUUCCUGAAUGCACCAGAUACGAUGCUGGGAAAUAUAACCUCUCUCUGGAAAACGUUGCUGGCAAGAAGACUGGCUUUGUGAAUGUGAGAGUUCUGGACACACCAGGUCCACCAGUAAACCUUAAACCAAGAGAGAUCACUAAGAACAGCAUAAGCCUGCAGUGGGAAAUACCCAUAAUUGAUGGUGGAUCUAAGAUUCAUAACUACAUUAUUGAAAAAAGAGCAGCCACCAAGAAGGCCUAUACAGUGCUUAGCACCACAUGGCAGAAAUGCUCCUUCAAAUUUACAGACCUUGAGGAGGGCGCUUACUACUACUUCCGUAUCUCUGCUGAAAAUGACCUUGGCGUAGGUGAGCCAGCUGAAACCCCUCACCCCAUCAGGGUGUCUCAGGCUCCUUCUGCACCAGAAAACCUGUAUGUCACUGACGUGACCAACGACAGUGCCAGCCUUGCAUGGACCAAACCCCUCCACGAUGGGGGCACCUUAAUUACUGGAUAUGUCAUCGAGGCUCAGAAAAAGGACACUGAUCACUGGGUCCAUGUGGCAACCAUCAAGGCCUUGGAUUACACUGUCACAGAUCUGAUUGAGGGUGCUGAAUACACCUUCCGUAUCAUGGCUGUUAAUGCAUCAGGCAGGAGUGAUCCUCGUGAGAGCAGGCCUGCUGUCAUCAAAGAGCAAACGUCCGCUCCCUCAUUCGACCUGCGUGGGGUCUACCAGAAGACUGUCAUUGCCAAGGCAGGCGAUCGUGUAAAGGUUGAGAUUCCAGUGCUGGGCAAACCAAGGCCUGUGGUCUCCUGGAAGAAAGGGGAUGUGGUGUUGAAGGAGACGCAAAGAAUGAAUGUUGAAACCACACCAACAUCAACUAUCCUUAAUAUCAGUGAGAUCAAAAGAACAGAUGGAGGACAGUAUUCUAUGACUGGAAAGAACAUGUUGGGAACAGUGACAGAGCUCAUCACCGUCCUGGUCCACGACAUUCCAGGUCCACCUACUGGUCCCAUUAAGCUGGAAGAAGUCUCGUGUGAUUACGUCCUCAUGUCCUGGGAGGCACCAGAGAAUGAUGGAGGUGUUCCCAUCAACAACUACAUUGUUGAGAUGCGGGAGACUACUGGCACCUCAUGGGUGGAGUUGGCAGCUACAGUGAUCCGCACCACAUUCAAAGCAGCUCGACUCAAUACUGGAACCCAGUAUCAGUUUCGUGUCAAGGCCCAGAACAGAUAUGGCAUUGGGCCCUGUAUUGUCUCGGAAUCAGUGGUGGCUGCCUAUCCAUUUGAUGUGCCAGGUCAGCCUGGCAUUCCUACAGUCACAUCUUUCAACAAAGAUGCUAUGACUAUUAGCUGGCAUGAGCCAUCCAAUGAUGGAGGCAGUGCUAUUUUGGGCUAUCAUGUGGACAGAAAAGAGAAAAACAGCAUUCUCUGGCAGAGGAUCAGCAAAGCUCUUGUUGUUGGAAAUAUCUUUAAAUCCACAGGCCUUGUUGAUGGCAUUGCAUAUGAGUACCGUGUUACUGCUGAAAAUAUGGCUGGUCUCAGCAAACCUAGCAAACCCUCCGAGUCUUUGUAUGCCUUGGACCCAGUCGACCCACCAGGCAGACCUGUGGCACUGAAUAUCACCAGACAUGAGGUGACACUGUCAUGGACCAAACCAGAGAGUGAUGGUGGAUUUUCUAUCACUGGUUACACUGUAGAGAGGAAAGAGAUGCCCAAUGGACGCUGGCUCAAAGCAAACUUUAACAACAUUCUAGAAACUAUUUACACAGUCAGUGGUCUGAUUGAAGAUGCAACCUAUGAGUUCCGUGUGUUUGCUCGAAACUCAGCCGGUGCAGUUAGUGCUCCAUCUCAGUCAUCAGAGGCAAUCACCUGCAGAGAUGACAUUGAAGAGCCCAGGCUUGAUGUCGAUGCAUCUUAUAGCAGCAAUGUUGUGGUCAUGGCAGGGGAGGUCUUCAAGCUUGAGGCCAGUGUAACUGGCAGGCCACUCCCAUCUCUGGUAUGGACCAAGGAAGGAAAAGAGCUUGAGGAUACAGGCAAGCUUGAGAUAAAGACAUCUGACUUCCAUACAACUCUUACCAACAAAGACUCACUGAGAAGGGAUGGUGGUGCCUUCACAUUGACUGCCAGCAAUCCUGGUGGUUUUGCUAAAUUUAUAUACAACGUCAAGGUGCUUGACAGGCCUGGACCACCAGACUCGCUUACUGUUACCGAUGUGGCUGCAGAGAAAUGUGUUCUUAACUGGCUACAUCCAACACAUGAUGGAGGGGCCAAAAUUGAGUAUUUCAUCAUUCAGAAGCGCGAAACCAGUAGGUUGGCAUGGACAAAUGUUGCCACAGAUCUUCAGGCAAAUAGGUUCAAGGUCACUAAGCUUCUCAAGGGCAAUGAGUACAUUUUCAGAGUCAUGGCUGUUAACAAGUAUGGUGUGGGCGAACCUUUGGAGUCGGAACCUGUCAUAUGUGCCAACCCUUAUGUUGUCAGCGACCCACCAUCACAGCCUGAAGUCACCACAAUCACCAGGGACUCUAUGGUUGUAUGCUGGGAGCGCCCUGAACAUGAUGGAGGAAGUAGAAUUAAUACAUACAUAAUUGAGAGAAGGGAUAAAACUGGUCUUCGCUGGGUGAAGUGCAACAAGAGGACAGUAAGUGACCUGCGAUUCAAGGUUUCAGGUCUCACAGUUGGACAUGAGUAUGAGUUCAGAGUUCUUGCUGAAAAUAAUGCUGGUUUAAGCCAGCCUAGUCCUUCCAGUCCAUUCUACAAAGCCGUAGACACAAUUUUCCAGCCUGGACCUCCAGGUAACCCCAGAGUGCUGGACACCACCAAGUCUUCCAUCACACUUGCUUGGAACAAACCUGUCUAUGAUGGUGGUUCUGAAAUCACUGGUUAUAUUGUGGAGACUUGUCUGCCUGAGGAAGAUGAAUGGACAAUCCAGACUCCCAAGAGGGGAUGGACAGCCACUUCUUUCACUAUCACCAACCUCAAGGAAAACCAGGAAUACAAAAUCAACAUCUGUGCCACUAACUGUGAGGGAGUGGGUGAGCCUGCUGCUGUUCCGGGAACCCCCAAGGCUGAAGACAGACUGCUUCCCCCAGAAAUUGAACUUGGAGCAGAACUGCGCAAGGUUGUCUGCAUCAGAGCCUGCGGCACCCUCAGACUCUUCGUCCCCAUCAAGGGUAGACCAGCACCUGAAGUUAAAUGGUCACGAGAGCAUGGAGAAUCUCUUGACAAAGCAAUUAUUGAAAUAACCUCAUCAUUCACCACUCUUCAGAUAGAAAAUGUUGACAGAUUUGAUGGAGGUAAAUACUUAGUGACUGUAGAGAAUGCUUCAGGGAGCAAGACAGCAUUUGUUAAUGUCAGGGUUCUAGAUACUCCUGGGGCACCUCAGAAUCUGAACAUUAAAGAAGUCACCAGGGAUUCGGUUUCCCUUGUUUGGGACGCACCGCUCAUUGAUGGGGGGUCAAGAGUCCGCAGCUACAUUGUGGAGAAGCGCGAAUCAACCAGGAAGGCCUACUCAACUGUCUGUGCCAGUUGUCAUAAAUCUAGCUGGAAAAUUGGAGACCUGGAGGAAGGAAAACAGUACUUCUUUAGAAUCCUGGCUGAAAAUGAGUUUGGCAUCGGCCUCCCAGUAGAAACUACUGAACCAAUUAAAGUGUCAGAGAAGCCUCUACCUCCAGGCAAAGUAUCCCUCCUUGAAGUAACUAGCACCAGUGUUACACUGUCUUGGGAAAAGCCGGACCACGAUGGUGGAAGUAGGAUCACAGGCUAUAUUGUAGAGAUGCAGAGUAAAGGUAGUGAGAAGUGGACCCAGGUCAUGGUGGUAAAAACCAAUGGGGCUCAGGUCACUGGGCUUACACAAGGAGAGGAGUACAUGUUCCGUGUCUCAUCCAUGAACGAAAAGGGUGUCAGUGACCCACGUUCUCUCAAUCUACCUGUGGUGGCUAAAGAUCUGGUUAUCUCACCAACCUUCAAACUGCUUUUCAGCACUUUCAGCGUGCUAGCAGGAGAUGACCUAAAAAUAGAUGUACCAUAUGCUGCCUGUCCUAAGGCUGAAGCAACUUGGCUGAAAGAUGGCAUUAUUCUUAAGGAAACAACAAGAGUUAAUGCUGAAGCCACUGACAAAAACCUUCACCUGGUCAUUAAAGAGGCUUGCAGAGAUGAUGUUGGCACAUACACUAUCAAACUGACCAACGCAGCUGGAGAGGCUGCUACAGAUAUCAGUGUUUUGGUACUAGAUAAACCUGGUCCUCCCACUGGCCCCAUUAAGUUGGAUGAUGUCACUGCUGACAGUGUGGUCUUGUCUUGGAAUCCACCACAAUAUGAUGGUGGUUGUGCCAUCAACAAUUACAUUGUAGAGAAGAGAGACACAUCAACCACCAAUUGGCAGAUUGUGUCAGCAACAGUUGCCAGAACUGUAAUCAAGGCGGCUCGUCUGAAAACUGGAUUUGAGUACCAGUUCAGGAUCGCUUCUGAGAAUAGGUAUGGCAAGUCCUCAUUCCUGCUUUCUGAGACCAUAGUUGCUCAAUAUCCGUUUGAAUUGCCCAGUUCACCACGUUCUGUUGUGGUCCAGUCAGCGACCAAGGAGACCAUGGUCGUUGUGUGGGAUAAACCCAGCAAUGAUGGCGGAAGCAAAAUUCUGGGAUACCACUUAGAACUUAAAGAGAAGAAUAGCAUACUGUGGGUGAAACAGAACAAACAACUUAUUCCAGAGACUAGAUUCAAGGUCGUUGGCCUCGAAGAGGGUAUUGACUAUGAGUUCAGGGUCUAUGCUGAGAACAUCGUUGGCAUCAGCAAAGCCAGCAAGGUCAGUGAAAUGCAAGUGGCCAGAGAUCCAUGUGAAAGACCUGGAAAACCAGAGGCUGUUAUUGUAACAAGAAACCAAGUGACACUCAGAUGGACCAAACCAGACUAUGAUGGUGGUAUCAAAAUCACAGGUUAUGUUGUUGAGAAGAAGGAAGAAAGUGGCCGCUGGAUGAAAGCCAGUUUCACCAACAUCAUGGAAACAGAAUUUGUUGUAACCGGACUUACAGAAGAUCAUAUUUACGAGUUCCGUGUUAUUGCCAAAAAUGCGGCAGGUGUCUCUAGCCAACCAUCCGAUUCUACUGGAGCCAUCACUGCCAAGGAUGAGGUAGAUCCACCCAAAAUUGACUUGGAAGCUAAGUACUCCCAGGCUGUGGUAGUUAAUGCUGGAGAGACUUUCAGGCUUGAAGCUGCCGUAUAUGGUAAGCCGGUCCCCACUGUGCACUGGCUGAAAGAUGGCCACCAAAUUACAGAAGCAGCUCGCACAGAUAUCAAAAACACAGACUUUACAGCUUGUAUAGUUGUUAAAGAAGCCAUCCGUGUUGAUGGGGGUCAGUACACGUUGAGGGUAAAGAAUGUCGGAGGAGAGAAAUCUGUUAACAUUUAUGUCAAAGUAUUGGACAGACCAGGUCCACCUGAGGGCCCCAUCUCUAUCUAUGGGGUAACCAAUGAAAAGUGUUCGAUUUCCUGGAAACCCCCUUUGCAAGAUGGAGGUAGUGAUGUUUCCCAUUAUAUUAUUGAAAGGAGGGAAACCAGCAGACUUGUUUGGACUGUGGUUGAACCAAAAGUUCAGACAUUGAAUCUGAAAAUAACUAAACUUCUCACUGGUAAUGAGUACAUAUUCCGAGUGAUCCCAGUCAACAAAUAUGGUGUUGGUGAGCCUCUGGAAUCUGAUGCAAUGAUUGCCAAAAAUCCAUUUGUGACUCCUAGCCAACCAACAGAGGUGGAGGUCUCCACAAUUACUAAGGACUCUAUGGUGGUGACCUGGGAGAGACCCGCUGCUGAUGGUGGUAACCCCAUCCAGGGAUAUGUUAUUGAGAAACGUGACAAAGAUGGAGUGAGGUGGACCAGGUGUAACAAGCGCACUGUGAGUGAGCUCCGCUUCAGAGUGACUGGGCUAAUUGAAAACCAUAGCUAUGAAUUCAGAGUUUCUGCUGAGAAUAAUGCUGGAGUUGGCACACCUAGUGCAUCAACGGUGUACUACAAAGCACUGGAUCCCAUCUUCAAACCAGGCCCACCAAACAAUCCCAAAGUAGUAGACACAUCUAGGACCACUGUGUCCCUGGCAUGGGGAAAACCCAUCUACGAUGGUGGUUGUGAGAUUCAGGCUUACAUUGUUGAAGCAUGUAACGGGGCUUCUGAUGAGUGGUUUAUGUGCACUCCUCCCACUGGAAUCACUGACAACAAGUUUACAGUGAAAAAGCUGCUUGAGAAGCAUGAGUACCAAUUCAGAGUUUGUGCUAUCAACAAAGUUGGUGUUGGUGAGCAUGCUGAUGUGCCUGGAAAAAUUCUCAUGGAGCAAAAACUGGAAGCUCCUGAUCUUGACCUGGAUGCUGAUAUGAGAAAAAUGAUCAACAUCAGAGCAGCAAGCACCCUCAGGCUGUUUGUUCCUGUGAGAGGACGCCCAGCUCCUGAGGUGAAAUGGGGCAAGGCUGAGGGUGAGAUUAAAGAAACGGCCCAAAUUGACAUUACAGGCACUUACGCGUCACUCGUCAUCGAGAAUGUGGACAGAUUUGACAGUGGCAAAUACACCCUGACUGCAGAAAAUGCCAGUGGAAUGAAGUCGGUCUUUAUCAGUGUUAGAGUACUGGACUCACCUAGCCCACCCACUAACUUGAUGGUGAAAGAGAUUACCAAGAACUCUGUCUCUCUCACAUGGGAGCCUCCUCUUCUGGAUGGUGGCUCAAAGAUUAAGCAUUACAUUGUUGAGAAGCGUGAGAGUACCAGGAAGGUUUACUCCACCAUUACCACCUGCAACAAGAUGUCUUGGAAAGUUGAGCCUCUUCCAGAGGGUGGGAUCUUUUUCUUUAGAGUCUUGGCUGAGAAUGAAUAUGGUGUUGGUCUCCAAGCUAAAACUCCAGAACCAAUUAAAGUUUCUGAGAAGCCUCAACCACCUGGUAAGGUGAGCCUUGUUGACGUCACUCAUAGCACUGUUUCCCUAACCUGGGAGAAGCCUAUACAUGACGGCGGUAGUAGAAUCAGUCAUUAUGAAGUUGAAUUGGCUCCAAAAGACAGUGAUACUUGGUCUUUGUGUGCCAGUGUGAAGGCUCUGGAGACUACAGUGACCAACCUUAUGAAAGGAGAGGAGUAUCACUUCAGAGUUAUAGCUGUUAAUGACAAAGGCAAAAGUGACCCAAGACAAUUGGCUCAAUCAGUUGUAGCAAAGGACCUUGUUAUAGAGCCUUCUGUUAGACCCAAAGUGAGUUCCUACAGUGUUCAGGUAGGGUAUGACCUCAAAAUAGAAGUUCCAGUAGCUGGUCAUCCAAAGCCAACCAUUGCUUGGACCAAGGAUGGAGCAGCCCUUAAACAGACCACCAGAGUAAAUGUCACUGACUCAGCACAUCAGACCAACCUCACCAUAAAGGAUGCCAACAGAGAAGAUGGGGGUAUGUACACUAUCAGUAUUUCCAACCCUCUGGGUUCCAAGGAAGCAACUAUAGAAGUGAUCACCCUGGACAAACCUGGUCCACCAACGGGCCCUGUUAAGAUUGAUGACAUCAGUGCUGAGAGCGUGACUCUUACCUGGGAACCUCCCACAUACACAGGUGGCUGUCCAAUCUCUAACUAUGUGGUGGAGAAGAGAGACACAACCACAACCAAUUGGGUUGUUGUUUCUGCCACCGUUGCUAGAACCACAUUAAAAGUUGCCAAUCUGAAGACAGGCGCCGAAUACCAGUUCAGAAUCUAUGCUGAGAAUAGAUAUGGAAAGAGUUAUGCAAUUGAUUCAGAGCUUGUUCUAGCACAGUAUCCAUUCCAGGAACCAGGUCCUCCAGGGACACCAUUUGUGUCCUCAUAUACAAAGGAUUAUAUGGUGGUUGAGUGGCAUAAACCCCCAUCUGAUGGAGGCAGUGUUAUCUUGGGCUACCAUCUGGAGAGAAAAGAGAAGAACAGCAUCCUCUGGACCAAGAUCAACAAAAUGCUAAUCCAAGACUGUAGAUUCAAAUCCACUCCUCUUGAGGAAGGCAUUGCGUAUGAGUAUAGAGUAUAUGCUGAGAAUAUUGUUGGCAUUGGAAAAUGCAGUAAAGUGUCUGAGGUUUAUGUAGCGCGUGACCCUUGUGAUCCUCCUGGCCGUCCUGAGGCUCUGAUUGUGACCAGACAUUCAGUGAAGCUGAGGUGGACCCCACCACAGUAUGAUGGUGGAUGUCUUGUUACUGGCUAUGUAGUGGAGAAACGUGACCUUCCUGAGGGAAAAUGGAUGAGAGCAAGCUUUGCAAAUGUCAUUGAACAUGAAUUCACAGUUACUGGCCUGACAGAGGACUGUAAAUAUGACUUCAGGGUGAUUGCAAAGAAUGCAGCUGGUGCUGUCAGCAAGCCUUCUGAGACCACGGGAUCUAUAACAGCCAUGGAUGAAGUUGAGACACCUAAAUGUGAGACAGAUCCCAUGUACAACCAGACCCUUGUUAUUAAUGCUGGAGACACAUUCAGUCUGGAGGCCAGUGUUGAAGGAAAGCCUAUCCCAACAGCUCAGUGGUUCAAGGGACAUGUCGAAGUUGAAAACUCUGCAAGAGCUGAGAUCAAAAACACUGACUUCAAAGCUUUGCUUGUUGUGAAAGAUGCAAUCAGAGUAGAUGGUGGAGUGUACACCUUGGUUCUGACUAAUGUGGCUGGAACAAAGACUGUACCAUUCAGUGUAAAGGUUCUGGACAGACCAGGGCCAUCAGAGGGACCUCUUAAAAUCAGUAAUGUUACUGAGGAGAAAUGCUCACUCUCAUGGCUGCCACCUAAACAUGAUGGAGGGGCUAGUAUUUCUCAUUAUGUCAUUCAGAAGAGAGAAACCAGUCGCUUGGCAUGGACUGUUGUCUCCAGUGACUGUGGAGCCACAAUGCUCAAGGUUACCAAAUUAUUGAAGGGCAAUGAGUACAUCUUUAGAAUCCUGGCUGUCAAUAAAUAUGGAGUGGGUGAGCCUCUUGAAUCAGAACCUGUCAUCAUGAGAAAUCCAUUUGUUACUCCUGGUUCACCUCAGGAACUUGAGAUAACAAAUAUCACCAGGGACUCCAUGACUGUCUGUUGGAACCGCCCUGUGACGACAGGAGGUACUGAUAUUGUUGGAUACAUUGUUGAAAAGAGAGACAGAGCUGGAGUGAGGUGGACCAAGUGCAACAAACGCAGAGUGACAGAUUUACGUUUCAGAGUAAUGGGACUCACUGAGGAUCAUGAAUAUGAGUUCAGGGUUUCUGCGGAGAACGCAGCUGGAGUUGGCCAGCCAAGCCCAGCUACACCUUACCUCAAAGCCUGUGAUCCCACCUUUGAGCCAGGUUCUCCUACCAAUGUCCAUGUGGUUGACACUACAAACAACUCGAUCAAACUGGCUUGGCAUAGACCAAUCUAUGACGGUGGUAGUGAGAUUCAAGGGUAUGCUGUUGAAAUAACUAUGGCUGAUGAGGAGGAGUGGAGCAUAUGCACACCAUCCACUGGCGUAAACGAUACCCAGUUUACCAUUAAAAGAUUGAUAGAACACCAAGAAUACAAGGUGCGCGUCUGCGCAAUCAAUAAAGAGGGUCUUGGUGAGCCCACAGAGAUCCAAGGAGUUGUGAAACCCAUAGAUAAGAUUGAUCCACCAGAGGUGAUCCUGGAUUCCGAUCUCAGGAAGGGAAUAGUUGUAAGAGCAGGCGGAUCAAUGAGAAUCCGCAUUCCUUUCAAGGGUCGUCCGACUCCCGAAGUAAGCUGGGCCAAGGAGGAUGGUGAGGUGCCCACCAAAGCUCAGAUUGAGACGGGUGAAGAUUACACACAGCUAUCCAUUGACAUCUGUGACAAAUAUGAUGCAGGAAAAUACAUACUCAACUUGGAAAAUAGUGCUGGCACCAAAUCUGCGUUUGUAUCUGUUAAAGUUCUGGACACUCCAGGGGCUCCUUUGAAUCUUACAGUGAAAGAAGUUAAGAGGGAGAGUGUCACUCUGACAUGGGAGCCUCCUGUUAUUGACGGUGGCUCAAGAAUCAAGAAUUACCUGGUUGAAAAGCGAGAGUCCACCAGGAAAGUUUACUCUAAUGUGGACAACAAAUGCACAAAAACAAGCUAUCGAAUCACCGGCCUCACUGAGGGAGCUAUCUAUUAUUUCAGAGUUUUAGCUGAGAAUGAAUUUGGUGUAGGACAGCAAGCUGAAACAGAAGAAUCUGUUAGAACAUCUGAGCCGCCUCUGCCUGUAGGUAAGGUCACUUUGACAGAUGUGACAAAAACCUCUGCAUCGCUGUCCUGGGAGAAGCCAGAUCAUGAUGGAGGUAGCAGAAUCAUUGGCUACUACAUUGAGAUGCAACCUGUAGGUUUAGAGGAAUGGGUAGUGGCGACUACCACCAAAACCUGUGAGGGCACUGUUACAGGCCUCAGUGCAGGACAUGAAUACCUGUUUAGAGUUUUAGCCUUCAAUGAGAAGGGCAAGAGUGACCCUAGACCCCUGGCUGUACCAGUCACUGCUAAAGAUGUCACUAUUGAGCCCAGAUUCAAGAUAAGGUUCAACACAUACAGUAUACAGCACGGUGAGGAUCUAAAGAUCGAUAUCCCGGUAUUUGGACGUCCUGUUCCCAAAGUUGAAUGGAAAAAGGAAGGACAUGCUCUUAAGGAGACAACAAGACUAAAUGUAUCCAGCACACAAUCAUCAACUAAGCUGGUCAUCAAAGAUGCAAAUAAAGAAGACUCUGGUAAAUAUACGAUCACAGCUACCAGCAGCAUUGGAACAGUUACAGAGGAGAUUACGGUUAUCGUCCUUGACAAACCUGGGCCACCCACAGGACCUGUGAAGAUUGAGGAGGUGAGCUGUAAUUAUGUCACUCUCUCCUGGGAGCCACCAGAGUAUACUGGAGGCUGUCAGAUCAACAACUACAUUGUAGAGAAGAGAGACACGACCACUACUGCAUGGCACAUCGUGUCUGCUACUAUUGCCAGGACCACCAUCAAAGUCACCAAGCUGAAGACUGGUGUUGAGUAUCAGUUCAGAGUGUCUGCUGAGAAUAGAUACGGGAAGAGUUCCGCCAUUCUAUCUCCUGCUGUUAUUGCUCAGUAUCCAUUCAGUGAGCCUUCUGCCCCAGGGACACCAGUGAUUACAGCUGCAACCAAAGAUAGCAUGGUUGUUGAAUGGAAACUUCCCACCAACAAUGGAGGCAGUCCCAUCAUUGGUUAUCACCUGGAGAGAAAGGAGAAAAACAGUCUUUUGUGGACUAAACUGAACAAGCUUCUAAUCCCAGAGACACGAUUCAAGACCACAGAGCUGGAAGAAGGUAUUGAAUAUGAAUUUAGAGUUUAUGCUGAGAACAUUGCUGGUCUCAGCCCAGCUAGCAAACUCUCAGAGAGUACUGUAGCCAGAGACCCAUGUGACCCACCAGGCACUCCUGAGGCCAUUGACAUCACCAGAAACCAUGUUACACUCCAAUGGACUAAGCCCCAGUACAAUGGAGGCAGUGCAAUCACUGGGUAUGUAAUUGAAAGGAGGAAGCACCCAGACACCCGCUGGAUGAAAGCCAGCUUCACCAACAUCAUUGAUACCCAGUACACCAUCACUGGUCUAACCGAGGACUGUAUUUAUGAGUUCAGAGUAGUUGCUAGGAAUGGUGCGGGUAUUUCCAGUCGCCCAUCUGAGAGCACAGGACAAAUUACAGCCAAAGAUGAAAUCGAGGCUCCAGACGCCACCAUGGAUUCUAAAUUCAAAGAUCUGACUGUUGUUAGUGCUGGUGAAACUUUUGUCAUUGAUGCUGACUACACUGGCAAGCCUCUGCCUGAGGUCACAUGGUUAAAGGAUGGAAAGGAAAUUGACAAAGCCACACCAAGAAUGGAGGUUAAAACCACACUCACACGUACCAUCCUGACAGUCAAGGAUUGCAUCAGAGUUGAUGGUGGCCACUUUGUCCUCAAGCUUGUCAAUGUGGGUGGAGUCAAGAUGAUUACAGUUAAUGUUAAAGUUCUGGAUAGACCUGGUGCUCCAGAUGGCCCAUUAGAAGUCAAAGGGGUUAAAGCUGAGAAAUGUUAUCUUCAUUGGAACCACCCUACCCACGAUGGUGGAGCAAGCAUUUCUCACUACAUAAUUGAGAAGAGAGAAACUAGUCGUUUGUCAUGGACAGUAGUUGAGCCAAAGAUCCAAGCAAUCAGCUACAAAGUCACAAAACUUCUCCCUGGCAAUGAAUACAUCUUCCGAGUCACUGCUGUGAAUAAAUAUGGUGUUGGUGAGCCUUUAGAAUCAGAGCCUGUGAUUGCUCGUAACCCAUUCACUGUUCCCAGCGCCCCUUCCACCCCAGAGGCUGGUGCUAUCACUAGAGACUCCAUAGUGCUUACUUGGGAGAGGCCUGAGGACAACGGAGGAGCGGAGAUUGAAGGUUAUGUUCUCGAAAAACGUGAUAAAGAUGGUAUCAGGUGGAACAAGUGCAAUAAGAAGAGGCUAAGUGACUUGAGAUUCAGGUGCACUGGCCUCACAGAUGGACACUCAUAUGAAUUCAGGGUCUCAGCUGAAAAUGCUGCUGGAGUGGGAAAACCUAGCUCACCAACACAGUACAUAAAGGCAUGUGAUGCUACUUAUCCACCAGGACCACCAAAUAACCCCAAAGUCACUGAUCAUUCUAGCACGACAGUCUCACUGACCUGGACCAGGCCUAUCUAUGAUGGCGGAGCCUCAGUUACUGGAUAUGUUGUUGAAAUGAGGGAGGCAGGAGAAGAGGAAUGGAGUGUUUGCACACCUUCAACUGGGGUUCAAAACACCCACUACACAGUGAAACAACUAAAAGAGAAUGCAGAGUACAAGUUCCGUAUUUGUGCUGUUAACUGUGAGGGAGUGGGGGAACAUGUGGACCUGCCUGGGUCUGUGGUUGCUGCAGAGAAGCUUGAAGCUCCUGAGAUUGAACUGGAUGCUGACCUGAGGAAAAUGGUCAAUGUCCGUGCCACUGCCACCCUACGACUAUUUGUGACGAUCAGAGGAAAGCCUGAGCCUGAAGUCAGAUGGUCCAAGGCUGAUGGUACUCUGAAUGAACGUACUCAAAUUGAAGUUACCAGCUCUUACACAAUGCUGGUGAUUGAGAAUGUUGACAGAUUUGACACCGGCAAAUAUGUUCUAACCCUUGAGAACCUCAGUGGCUCAAAGUCAGCGUUCAUCAAUGUUAGAGUUCUGGACUCCCCUAGUGCUCCAACCAAUCUGGAAGUUAAGGAUGUGAAGAGAAGUUCUGUCUCUCUUUCAUGGGAGCCUCCUCUAAUUGAUGGUGGAGCUAAGAUAUCCCACUACAUUGUGGAGAAGAGAGAGCAGAAGAGAAUGGCUUUUACCAGUGUUUCCACCAACUGUGUAAGGACCUCUUUCAUUAUUUCUGACAUGCAAGAGGGAGGCCGCUAUUAUUUCCGUGUGUUGGCUGUGAAUGAGCUAGGAGUAGGUCUGCCUGCAUUCACGGAUCAAGUAAAGAUAUCUGAGGCUCCGUUGCCUCCUGGUAAAAUUAUUUUGCUUGAUGUGACUCGUCAUACUGUCACCCUUUCCUGGGAGAAACCUGAUCAUGAUGGAGGCAGUAAAAUCACAAGCUAUAUUGUGGAAAUGCAGCCCAAAGGAGAUGACAAAUGGACAGUGUGCAGUGAUGCUAAAGCAUUGGAAACUACUAUUGAUGGACUCACAACUGGAGAGGAAUACUCCUUCAGGGUGAUUGCUGUGAAUGAUAAGGGCAAAAGUGAUCCCAAGCCUUUGGCUGCCCCUGUGGUGGUGAAGGACAUGACAACGGAGCCCAUCAUCAACCUGUUCUUCAACACAUACAGUGUAAAAGCAGGAGAUGACUUGAAGAUUGAUGUUCCUUUCAAGGGCAGACCGCAACCUGAGGUAUCCUGGAAGAAGGACGGUCAUGCACUUAAGCAGACAACCAGGGUGAAUGUUGUUAAUUCUAAGACCUCAUCCAAGAUUAUCAUCAAAGAUGCCAUCAAGGACGACGUUGGGAAGUAUGAGAUCACACUGAUUAACUCAGUUGGCACCAAGAGAGCUGAAAUCUCUGUUGUGGUCCUGGACAAACCUGGCUCACCCAGCAACAUUAAAGUGGAUGAGGUGAGCGCUGACUUCAUCUCUUUGUCCUGGGAUCCUCCAACUUAUCAUGGUGGAUGCCAGAUUAACAAUUAUGUGGUGGAAAAGAGGGACACUACAACCACCACAUGGCAGAUUGUCUCAGCCACAGUGGCCAGGACAUCAAUAAAGGUUUCUCAUCUCACUCAAGGAACAGAGUACCAGUUCCGUAUUGCAGCUGAAAACCGUUACGGCAAAAGCCAUGCCAUCGACUCUGCCCCUGUUAUUGCUCAGUAUCCAUUUGAGCCUCCCGGCCUUCCAACCAACCUCCAUGUUGACAAUGCAACCAAAACUAGCAUGCUGGUAGUAUGGGGCAGACCUGGCAGUGAUGGUGGAAGUCCAGUUACUGGUUACCACAUUGAAUGCAAAGAGCAAAGCAGCAUCUUGUGGACCAAAGUCAACAGAGGUCUGCUGACUGAAACCCAGUUUAAGAUGACUGGUAUUGAGGAAGCUUUGUUGUAUCAGUUCAGAGUCUAUGCUGUGAAUAUUGCUGGCAUUGGUCCAUGCACUAAGCCCAGUGACCCAGUCGCAGCCAGAGACCCAUGUGAAUCUCCACGUAACCUCAAAAUCACAAACAUUACCAGAAACUCAGUUUCCCUCUUCUGGGAUGGCCCAGAGUAUGAUGGUGGUAUAAAAAUCACUGGAUACAUUGUGGAGUAUAAAGAACUUCCCAGUGGUCGCUGGUUGAAAUGCAACUUUGCCAAUCUGCAAGACACCUAUUUUGAUGUAAUGGGCCUCACAGAAGAUGUCCAGUAUGACUUCCACGUUAUUGCUAAGAAUGCUGCUGAGCAGCUGAGUGUUCCUUCAGAAAGCACUGGCCCUGUCACCGUCAAGGAUGAUGUAGACCCUCCCACUAUAAUCUUGGAUGAUAAAUUCUGGCAGUUGGUUGUCAUCAAGGCUGGAGAGCUUAUUAGAAUUGAUGCUGAAAUCACAGGGCGUCCACUCCCAGUCAUUACCUGGUCUAAGGAUGGAAAGGAGAUUGAUGCAAAGGCCAGGUGUGAAAUUACCUCUACCAACUUCACAACCACUCUGAUUGUUAGAGAUGCCAUCAGGAGGGACUCUGGCCAGUACGUCUUGACUCUGCACAAUGUUGGUGGAACCAGGUCUGUGGCUGUUAACUGCAAAGUUCUGGACAGACCUGGACCUGCCUCAGGACCUUUGGCAGUGUCUGGCCUUACUGCAGAGAAAUGUACCAUAACAUGGGGACCUCCUAAUGAGAAUGGCGGUGCUGAAAUCAUGCAUUACAUUGUCGAGAAACGUGAGACAAGUCGCCUUGCUUGGACUCGGGUAUAUGGUGACAUGAAGGCAACUACUUGUAAAGUCACUAAGCUGCUUAAAGGUAAUGAAUACAUCUUCAGAGUCAGGGGAGUCAACAAAUAUGGAGAGGGUGAGGCUCUGGAGAGUGAGCCCACAAAAGCCAUGGAUCCAUUCACUGUAGCCGCAGCUCCCACUAAUGUCGAGGUCACCUCAGUUACUGGUGAGGCAAUGACGAUUUGCUGGGAAAGACCAGUUUCUGAUGGUGGUAGCAGUAUCUCAAGCUAUGUAAUUGAAAGGCGAGAGAAGACUGGCCUCCGCUGGGUCCGUGUGAACAAGAAACCUGUUUAUGACCUCAGAGUAAAGGCUUCAAACCUUCGUGAAGGCUGUGAGUACGAAUACAGAGUGUUUGCAGAGAAUUCUGCAGGCCUUAGUGCUCCUAGUGCCCCUUGCCAACUCACCAAGGCUGAAGACCCACAGUUCCUGCCCUCACCUCCUGCUAAGCCCAAAAUCAUCGACUCUACAAAGACCACAGUCACACUGUCAUGGCAUAAACCACUAUUUGAUGGCGGAGCACCUGUGACUGGUUACAGGGUAGAAUACAGAAAGGCAUUUGAUGAUGAAUGGAUUGUUGGAGUCCAUAACACCAAGAACACAGAGUUUACAGUGGUGGGACUGACACCGGGGGAAGAAUAUGUAUUUGUCGUUAAGUCCAUUAAUAAGAUUGGAGUCAGUGAGCCCAGUCAAGAGUCGGACGAACAGAUUGCCAAAGAAAAAGAGGAAGAACCAGUCUUUGAGAUCAGCAAUGAGAUGAGGAAGACUCUUAUUGUUAAAGAUGGAAGCUCAUUCAUCCUGAAGGUGCCCUUCAGAGGCAAACCUAUCCCCAAUGUUGCUUGGACUAAGCCUGACAUUGACCUAAGAGUCCGUGGUGUCAUCGACACAACAGACACCUACACUUCAAUCACAUUAGAAAAAGCAACUCGCCAAGACUCAGGAAAAUACACCAUCACCUUGUCCAGUGUAGCCGGAACCUCCUCAUUGACUCUAAGUGUCAGAGUCCUGGACUCACCUGGACCUCCUGCCAGUGUGGAGGUCAAGGACGUGACAAAGACUUCUGCCACUGUCCACUGGGACACUCCCGAGAAUGAGGGAGGAGGACCAGUCAAGAAUUACCUUAUUGAUUUCCGUGAGGCCAGCAAGAAAGGCUGGACUAGGUUGACUGACACAUGCCACAGACUAACAUACAAGGUGACAGACCUGAAGGAGGGAGAAGUCUACUACUUCAGAGUGACAGGCGAGAAUGAAUAUGGCGUUGGUGUUGCUGCAGAGACCAAAGAGGGAACCAAGAUCACAGAAAAACCAAGUCCACCACCUAAGCUGGGUGUAACUGAGGUAACCAAGGAGAGUGUAUCGUUGGCCUGGGCCAAACCAGAACAAGAUGGAGGCAGCAGAAUUACCUCCUAUCUCGUCGAAGCCCUGGAGAAAGGCCAAGAAAAGUGGGUCAAGGUUGGCGUAACAAAGUCCAUCCACUUAACAGUGUCUGGUCUGAGGGAGAACGCAGAGUAUUUCUUCAGAGUCAGAGCUGAGAACCAUGCUGGAUUCAGUGACAUUAAGGAAAUGCUGAUCCCCGUUUUGGUCAAAGACCAGUUUGAAUCUCCCGAAAUCAUCAUGAAGCACUUCCCCCACAACACGGCCUACGUUAGAGCUGGUUCCACUCUCAAGUGUGAGAUCCCACUGACGGGCCGGCCCCUGCCUAAGGUGUCUCUGUGCAAGGAUAAUGUGCUGCUCAAAUCAACAAUGAGGUUCAACUCCGAAGUCACUCCUGACAGCAUCAAGAUCACGCUGCGCGAGAGCAUUGCCGUAGACUCUGGACGCUAUGACAUCACUGCCUCCAACUCCAGUGGAACCACCAAAUCCUUUAUUAAUAUUGUGGUUCUGGAUCGCCCAAGUGCUCCGCUUGGACCCGUGGAGCUGUUUGACGUCACAGAAGACAGUGUGAGCCUGAUGUGGCUUCCACCAUCUUAUGAAGGCGGCAGCCCCAUCACCAACUACAUCAUCCAGAAAAGAGAGACGACUACAGCCCACUGGAUGGAUGUCUCCUCUGCCGUGGCCCGAUGCACCAUUAAGAUUAUGAAGCUGCACACUGGUGUGGAGUACCAGUUCAGAAUCAGAGCAGAAAACAGAUAUGGAAUUAGUGAACACAUUGACUCACCAACUGUUACUGUUAGCCUUCCAUACACUAUUUCGGAUGCUCCAUCAACCCCAGAAAUCACUGCUGUGACCAGGGAGAGCAUUACUGUGGCCUGGAAGGAGCCCAAGUCUGAUGGAGGCAGCCAUGUGUUUGGCUACCAUCUCCAGAUGAAAGACAGAAACAGCAUCCUGUGGCAGACAGUUAACAGAACGGUGAUCCGUGCUACACACUUCAAGGUCACCAGCGUAAACGCUGGACUUAUUUAUGAGUUCAAAGUGGCAGCAGAAAAUGCUGCCGGAGUCAGCGCCUUCAGCAAGACUUCAGAUGCUGUGUUGGCAAUUGAUGCCUGUGAGCCACCGAUCAACCUGCGCAUCUCUGACAUCACCAAGAACUCCAUCAGCCUGGCCUGGCAGAAGCCCAACUUCGAUGGCGGAUCCCCGAUCACUGGUUACAUCGUUGAGAAGAAAGAGGGCAUCAGUCAUAAAUGGUCCAAAGUAAACCUCACCAACAUCUCAGAUACCCGCUUCACUGUGACCGGCCUUAUCCAGGAUGAGUCUUACGAGUUCAGAGUCAUGGCCAAAAAUGCUGUUGGCUCAGUGAGCAACCCAUCAGUGACUGCUGGACCAGCCACAUGUGUGGAUACCUAUGGUGCCCCUGAAAUUGAAAUACCUCAGGAGUAUCUGAACGAGGUCAAGUACAUGGCUGGCUCUAAUGUGGAGCUCAAGUUUAAUGUCAUAGCCAAACCUGCCCCCACCAUUGAGUGGUUAAGAGACGGCAGAGAGCUGAAACCUUCUGCUCAGCUCUCUUUCAAACACACGUUUGAGUCCACCAGCAUUUCCCUGAAGGAUACCACUCGCCUGAACUCUGGGACCUAUGAGGUGAGGGUGAAGAACUCUCUGGGAUCUGCCUGUGGCAUUGUCAGGCUCGUCAUACAAGACAAGCCAGGCCCCCCUGGUGGAGAAAUUCAAUUUAAGAAGAUCACGGCCGACAACAUCACCAUCAUGUGGUCUCCUCCUGAUGAUGAGGGUGGUGCCAUGGUAACCCAUUAUAUUGUAGAGAAGAGGGAGACCAGCAGGAUAAUGUGGUCCAUUGUCUCUGAGAAACUGGUCGACUGCAUUGUGAACGUGCCCAGACUAAUCCAGGGUAACGAGUACAUCUUCAGAAUCCGUGGAAUUAACAAAUACGGCAUCGGAGACCCACUGGAAUCUGUGCCCGUCAUCGCCAAGAAUGCAUUUGUCCCUCCCAGUGAGCCAUCCAGGCCUAAUGUUACCAUGAUCACCAAGUCAACCAUGACGGUAAUCUGGGAAAGACCAGCACUAGAUGGAGGAAGUGACAUUGACGGUUAUUACCUUGAAAAAAGGGAGAAGAAGAGUCUGCAGUGGUUUAAGGUGGUGAAGGGAACCAUCCGAGACACCAGACAGAAAGUCAGCAACCUUGUGGAGAACAAUGACUACCAGUAUAGAGUUUGUGCUGUCAACAAGGCUGGAGCGGGAAAUUACUCUGAGGCCUCUGACCUUUACCGGGCCUACGAUCCUAUUGACCUGCCUGGCGAACCGUCCAAGCUGCGCGUGGUCGAUUCCACAAAGACCUCCAUCACGCUUGGCUGGGAAAAGCCAGUCUACGAUGGUGGCAGUGUGGUCACCCACUACUUACUUGAGCAGCUGAAUACAGAGGAAAAAGAAUGGGUGGCUACCAACCCGCAGGUAGAGGCAUGCGAGUAUGUGGUGUCCUACCUUAAACCUGGCACCUACUACUACUUCAGAGUCUCUGCUGUUAACAGCAAGGGAAAAGGAGAAUACAUCAAGAUGUACCAACCCAUUCAAGCCAAAGAUAUUUUAGAGGAAGCUGAUUUGGACUUAGAUGUUCCCAUGACAACUCAAUACACAGCCAAAGCCGGCCGGGAUGUCGAAGUGUUUAUCCCACUGAAGGGACGUCCUGCUCCCAACGUCACCUGGCGCCGUGGCGACCGCAAUAUGGCUGGAGACAACCGCUUUACCAUCAACAGCACUGAGAGAUCCACUACACUGUUCAUUCCCAAGGUCACUCGUGAUGACUGCGGAAAGUACCUGCUGGAGAUAGAGAAUGGUGUCGGAGAACCCAAGAUAAUUACAGUUUCGCUCAAGGUUCUGGACAGUCCAUCCAGUUGCCAGAGACUGAUGGUCAAGAACGUGACAAGAGGAAAGCUGACACUCAGCUGGGAGGCUCCUAUCAUCGAUGGUGGUUCUCACGUCACUAAUUACAUCGUUGAAAAGAAGGCUUCCACCAUGAAGGCUUACCAGGUCAUCACUGCAGAAUGUCCCAACACGUCUUACAAGGUGUCAGACCUGGAAGAAGGUUUAGCGUACUUCUUCCGUGUAUCAGCUGAAAACGAGCAUGGUGUCGGCGAUUUUUGUGAGACUACUGAGCCUGUCAGACCGACAGAAACUCCAGGAGCUGUUAAAAACCUAGUGAUGAACGACUCCACAAAUAAUUCUGUUACCCUCCAGUGGACCAGACCCGACCAUGACGGCGGAAGCUACAUCACAGAGUACAUUAUUGAGAAGAGAAGCCAGGAAGAAGUCAACUGGUCUUUAGGUGCUACGUGCAAACGCUGCAGCUGUGAGGUGACGGGACUCAAGGAGAACACAAUCCUGGAUUUCAGAGUGUUCGCCAAGAAUGAGAAAGGCAGAAGUGACUUCUCCCAAAUUGGUCCAAUAACUGUGAUGGACUUCAUCAUUCCACCUGAAGCCAGCCUCAUUGAUUACCCAAAUGGAGAGCUUGCUGUUCGCGUUGGUCAAAACAUCCACAUUGAGCUACCGUUCAAGGGUAAACCAAGACCUACAAUUAGCUGGCUUAAGGACAACUUGCCACUGAAGGAGAGUGAAAAGGUUCGCUUUAGAACCACAGACAACAAGACCGCGGUCACAGUCAGAGGAGCCAAGAAAGAGAAUUCUGGCCAGUACACUUUAGUUCUGGACAACAGAAUUGUCAAGAAUUUCUUUGAUAUCAAGGUGAGCACCCUUGGGCCUCCAUCAGCACCUGUUGGCCCCAUCCGAUUCGAUGAGAUCAAGGCUCAAAGUAUUAUAAUAUCCUGGGAUGAGCCAAAGGAAGAUGGAGGUGGUGAGAUCAGCUGCUACAGCGUGGAGAAACGUGAAACAUCUCAUGCAAACUGGAAGAUGGUGUGCUCAAGUGUCGUAAGGACCUCAUUUAAGAUCCCCAACCUGGUCAAGGGAACCGAGUACCAGUUCAAGGUCCGUGCAGAGAACAAGUAUGGAGUCAGUGAUUCUCUCAAUUCUUCAGAUAUUAUUGCCGAGCACCAGUACAAACCACCAGGUCCACCAGCAAGGCCAGUGACCUACAAUGUUACCAGUGAUGGUAUGACCAUUAAGUGGGAGGCUCCAGGCUUUGAUGGAGGUUCCCCCAUUUUGGGUUAUCAUGUUGAGAAGAAGGACAGGAACAGCCUCCUGUGGGAGAAGGUGAACUCCUCAGUUAUCUCCAACAAAGAGUACAGGAUCAUUGGCCUUUUGGAAGGUCUGGAGUAUUCCUUCAGAGUCUAUGCUGAGAACAAUGCUGGACUCAGCCCUGUUAGUGAACAGAGCAAACAUGCUCGUGCAGUAUCCCCUGUAGAUCCACCUGGCAAACCUGUCUGCAUCGAUGUAACCAGGGAAUCAGUGACCCUGCAAUGGGACAUUCCCAAGCGAGACGGUGGCAGCAAAAUUGUGGCGUACAGUGUGGAGAGGCGCCAGGGCCGAGGAAAAUGGCUGCGUUGCAACUUUAUUGACGUGAGUGGCACGCAGUUCACGGUGACCGGCCUGUCCCCUGGAGACAGAUUUGAUUUCAGAGUGACUGCCAGGAACGCUGUCGGUACGGUCAGCCCACCAUCUAACUCCUCUGGACAGAUUAUGACCAGAGAUGAGAGCAUCACUCCUGAGAUUGAGUGGUCUCCAGAUCAGGUACUUAACCUGAGGGCUGGCGAGAAUGUGAAGCUCAACUGCAAAAUCACUGGACGCCCAGUUCCACAAGUUAUCUGGUACAAGGACGGCAAAGAAAUUGACAAGAGGACAAUGGUCGAUAUAGAGAUUACCACUGGCAUUGGCACCAGCAGUGUGUUCAUCCGCGAUGCUGACAGGAACCACCGUGGAAUCUACACUGUGGAGGCCAAAAAUAGUUCUGGUACCAGAAAAGCGGAAGUCAACGUCAGAGUUCAAGAUACACCCGGACCUGUUGAAGGUCCUAUCCGAUUCACCGGCAUCACCGCUGAGAAGUGCACCGUGUGGUGGAACCCACCAGAGAAUGACGGCUGUGCUGCCAUCACUCACUAUGUUGUGGAGAAGAGGGAGACCUCCAGGAUCUCCUGGGCCUUAGUUUCAUCCAAGUGUGAAGCUUGUUCUUACAAUGUCACCAACUUCAUCAAGGGCAACGAGUACCAGUUCAGAGUUUCUGCUGUCAACAAGUUUGGAGUUGGCAAACCUCUGGACUCUGACCCAGUUAUAGCACAGAUGCAGUACACUGUGCCUGAUGCCCCUGGUACCCCAGAUGCCACCCACGUGACUGGAGACAGUAUCACCACGUGCUGGACCAGGCCAAGAUCAGAUGGUGGCAAUGAGAUCAAACGCUACAUCCUGGAAAGGAGAGAGAAAAAGAGCUUGCGCUGGGUAAAGGUUUCUUCCAAGAGACCUAUCACAGAGCUAAGGCACCGCGUCACCAACCUCACAGAGGGCAACGAGUACGAGUUCCGUGUCAUGGCUGAAAAUGGCGCCGGCAUCGGACCAGCAAGCAGCACCUCCAGGCUCUUCAAGUGCAGAGAGCCAACCAGCACUCCCAGUGCUCCCUCUGUGAUCAAGGUCAUCGACUCCACAAAGUCUUCAGUUACGCUUGAAUGGUCAAAGCCUGUGUUCGACGGUGGCCUGGAAGUCAUUGGCUACAAUAUUGACAUGUGUAAGGCCAGCCUGGAAGAGUGGCAUAGAAUCAACAGUCAGCUCUGUAUCCACACUUGCUACACUGCUAGUGGCCUGGUAGCCGGGGAGCUCUACAAGUUCAGGGUCAGUGCUGUGAAUGGAUCGGGACAAGGCGAGGCGUCAGUGAUCCCCAACCCUGUUCAGGCCCUGGAUAGACUUAGGUCUCCAGAAAUUGACCUUGAUGCCAAUUUCAAGCAAACUCACAUCGUGAAGAACGGUGGCACCGUCCACCUCCACAUUGCUUUCCGAGGAAAGCCGGCUCCACUUGCCACGUGGUCUAAGGUGGACGGCGAGCUUCCUGUCAUGGCCGAUGUUAACACCACAGAUUCAUUCUCUACUCUGACAAUUGAAGGAUGCACCAGGUACGAGGCAGGUAAAUACACCCUGUCCCUGGAGAACAACAGCGGGCGCAAGUCCAUCACAUUCACUGUCAAAGUUCUGGACACCCCUGGACCUCCAGGAGCAAUCACCUUCAAAGAUGUAACCUGUGGGGCCUUGACAGUGAUGUGGGAUGCACCUUCCAAUGAUGGUGGGGCCCGGAUCCACCACUAUAUGGUUGACAAGCGCGAAGCAAGCCGCCUGGCCUGGCAGGAAGUCACUAGCAAAUGCUCCCGUCAGAUAAUCAGGGUAACCGGUUUGGAUAUUGGCGUACCAUACUUGUUUAGAGUGAUUGCUGUCAACCAGUACGGCCAGGGAGAACCCCAUGAGAUGAGUGAACCCAUCGUCGCCACAGAAGAACCUGCACCUCCAAAGAGACUAGAUGUUGUUGACACUACCAACUCCACAGCCUCCCUGGUGUGGUUGAAACCGGAGCAUGACGGAGGUAGCCGCGUCAGAGGCUACAUUGUUGAAUCCAGAGCUAAGGGCACUGACCGCUGGGUUGUUUGCGGAGAGUCGAAGUUGCAGAAACUACUGGUAGAGGGUCUAAUUGAGAACACAGAAUAUGACUUCAGAGUCAAGGCCAUGAAUGAGGCUGGAAUCAGCGAGCCUCAGGGCACCUUCAGCUCUGUUGUCAUUAAGGAGCCUCGUAUCGAACCAACUGCUGACCUCAGCAGCAUCACAAACCAGCUCAUCACCUGUAAGAUGUCCCACACCUUCACAAUCGAUAUCCCCAUCAGUGGCAGGCCUACACCCAAAGUCGCAUGGAAGCUUGAGGAAAUGAAGCUGAAGGAGACCGACAGAGUCGUCAUUAGGACCACAAAGGAACGAACCACCCUAGUGGUGAGAGACAGCAAGAGAAGCGACAGUGGCAAGUACUACCUGACGCUGGAGAACAGUGCUGGAGUGAAGACCUUCACAGUGACCGUAGUCAUUGUUGGCAGACCAAGUCCACCCACAGGCCCCGUGGAGAUCUCUGGAGUCUCAUCCGAGUCUUGCUCUCUGUCCUGGUCCGAACCAGCUGAUGAUGGCGGUAGUGAGAUCACCAACUACAUUGUUGAAAAGCGGGAGUCAGGUUCUGCUUCCUGGCAGGUUGUGAACUCCAGUGUGAGGAGAACCACAAUCAAAGUGACCCAUCUCACCAAAUACAUGGAGUACACGUUCAGAGUCUGUGCAGAGAACAAGUUCGGAGUCAGCAAGUCCAUCGAGUGUGCUCCUGUUGUUAUUGAGCAUCCAUUUAUUCCUCCAAGUCCUCCGACUCGUCCAGAUGUUUUGUCAGUGUCAGCCAAUGCCAUUAACAUCAAGUGGGAUGUUCCAUAUGCUGAUGGUGGUAGCAAGGUGACAGGAUACUGGAUUGAGAAGAAGGAGAGGAAUACCAUCCUGUGGGUGCGCGAGAACAAGCUGCCUUGUCUGGAGCCCCAUUACAAGGUGUCCAACCUGAUCGAGGGCUUGGAAUAUCAGUUCAGGGUUUAUGCCAUGAACAUCGCUGGACUCAGCAAGGCCAGUGAGGCCUCCAGGCCGGUGGUUGCACUCAAUCCCGUUGACCCUCCUGGUAAACUCGAGGUGACGGACAUCAGCCGGUCGUCUGUGUCGCUGUGCUGGACUGUUCCCUUCAACGAUGGCGGCAGCAAGAUCGUCGGUUACAUAGUGGAGAGGAAAGUCUACAGCACCGAAGAGUGGGAUGACAACCGCUGGCUCAAAUGCAACUACACCACAAUCACAGAGAACUACUACACAGUCACAAACCUGACAGAAGGGGAGACCUUAGAGUACCGCGUCAUUGCCAAGAACGCCGCCGGGGUUCACAGUAUCCCCUCUGAGUCCACGGGACCAAUCACAUGCAAGGAUGAAUACUCUCCUCCCAAAGCAGAGCUGGAUGGCAAGCUGAUAGGUGAGAUCGUCACGGUUACCGCUGGCUCGGACAUUGUCCUGGACGGCAUCGUGGGUGGUAAACCAGAACCUACAGUGUACUGGUCGAAGGGCGACAAGAUUUUGGAUCUUGGAGAAAAAUACUCACUGACCUACACAUCCACCAAAGCUAUGGUUGUUAUCAAGAAUUGCGACAGAUACGACACCGGCAGGUACAUCCUCACCGUCAAGAACGCCAGCGGAACCAAGACUGCAGCCGUCACCGUCAAAGUUCUGGAUACUCCUGGAGCACCAGCCGAUAAGAUUGUGAUCACCAGAGUAACUGAGGAAAAGUGUACUGUAUCCUGGAAGAUCCCUCUGGAGGAUGGUGGAGAUAUCGUCAGCCACUACAUUGUGGAGCGCCGCGAGACCAGCCGUCUUAACUGGGUCCUCAUGGAAGCAGAGUGCAAGACGUUAUCCUGUGUGAGCAGCAGACUGAUCAAGAACAAUGAGUACGUCUUCAGAGUAAGAGGAGUCAACAAGUUCGGACCUGGAGUUCCUCUGGAGUCUGAUCCUGUCAUCGCCAGAAAUGCCUACACCAUUCCAUCCCAGCCAGGCACGCCGGAGGCCACAGCGGUUGGUAAGGAGCACGUCGUCAUCGAGUGGCUGAAGCCUGAGAGCGAUGGAGGCAGUGAGCUCAGAAACUACAUUGUGGAUAAACGAGAAAAGAGCAGCACCAGGUGGACUCGGGUGAAUAGGACCUACACCAUCUAUGACACCCGUCUGAAAAUCACUGGCCUGAUAGAGGGAAGCGAGUACCAGUUCAGAGUGACAGCCGUCAACGCUGCUGGAGAGGGCCAGCCAAGCGACACAUCACCAUACAUUUUGUGUCAAGACCCAACAUAUACCCCAGCUCCUCCAUCAAUGCCUCGCAUAACUGACACAACCAAGCACAGCAUCAGCAUGACCUGGACCAGGCCCAUGUACGACGGCGGCUCGGAUGUCACCGGUUACGUCAUGGAGAUCCUAGAGGAAGACUCCCAGCAGUGGUACCGGGCCACCGCCAAGGCAAUCAAGACCAACGAGUAUGUGGCUGCCGGCCUUACAGCCAAUAAGAAGUAUAGGUUCAGGGUGGCUGCCAUCAAUUCCAACGGCACCGGGGAGUUCAGCGAACCGAGCGCUGAAACCGAGCCUUUGGAGAGAAUCGAAAUACCUGACCUGGAGGUCGCCGAUGACUUAAAGAAAACAGUGUGUCUGCGCGCCGGCGGUUCUCUGCGUCUGUUUGUGAACGUUGGUGGCCGGCCAACACCAGUGGUAGCCUGGAGGAAGAAGGGCGUGGAACUGCAGAGCAGAGGAUACAUUGAGACCACUGACAGCUACACUUUACUGAUAGUGGAGAAAGUUACCCGCUACGACUCAGGAAAAUACGUUGUGGAAGCGGAAAACCCAUCCGGCAAGAAGACUGCCACCAUCCUGGUUAAAGUCUAUGACACUCCCGGUCCUCCUAGCUCAGUCAACGUAAAAGACUACACCAAAGAAUCUGUGGUCAUCACCUGGGAUGUCCCAAGCAUCGAUGGCGGUGCACAUGUCAGCAACUACAUUGUAGAGAAGCGUGAAGCCAGCAUGAAAUCUUACAAGACUGUCACCACUGAGUGCAGGAAGACCCUGUACAGAAUCCCAGGCUUGGAGGAGGGUGUGCACUACUUCUUCAGAGUCCUGCCCGAGAACAUCUACGGUAUUGGCGAGCCCUGCGAGACGGCAGAAGCGGUGCUGGUGUGUGAAGUGCCAUCAGUUCCACUGAACCUCCACAUUACGGAUGUCACUAAGUCCACAGCGACUCUGAAGUGGGAGAAACCACUGCACGAUGGCGGCAGCCAUUUGACAGGCUACACCAUCGAGGCCUGCAAUGUGGGCUCGGACAGGUGGAAUGUCGUGGCCACAGUCAAGUCCUCAGUGUCCCACUACACCAUCCAGUCCCUGACUGAGAACGACCAGUACUUGUUCAGGAUCCGCGCCACAAACAGCAGGGGAACCAGCGAACCCAUGGACACCGUCACGCCUCUCACCAUCCAGGACAUCAAGGUGAUGCCCAAGAUUGACGUAGCUGGCAUCCCUCAGAAGACUGUCCACAUACACCGUGGCAAACCUAUUGAUCUUAACAUCCCCAUUAAAGCCAAACCUCAGCCGGUCUGCACCUGGUCCUUUGGUGGUGUUAAACUGAAGGACACGCUGGACCGCAUCAAGAUUGACAGCAACGGGAAAACCACUCACCUGGUGAUCCGAGAGACCACCAUAAAUGACACAGGAGACUACACGCUGGAGGUGAAGAAUGCUAUCGGCGUGGCAACUGAGGUCAUCAAAGUCAUCAUCCUUGACAAACCUGCCCACCCGGUUGGUCCUGUGAAGAUUGAAGAGGUCGAUGGCGUGUCAGUGACAGUCAGCUGGGAACCUCCAGAAAAGGAUGGCGGGGCAAACGUCAGCGGCUACGUGGUGGAGCAGCGCGAUGCCCACCGGCCGGGCUGGGUCACCAUCUCAGAGUCGGUGACCAGACCUUGUUUCAAGUUCACCAGACUCUCAGAGGGAACAGAGUAUGUUUUCCGCGUUGCUGCCAUGAAUCGCUUCGGAAUCAGCUCCUUCCUGCAGUCAGAGGUGGUGGAGUGCAAGAGUGCCAAGACCAUUCCUGGACCUCCCAGCAGGCCAGAAGUGAUUGAUGUAACCCAUGAAGGCAUGACUCUGACCUGGCUCCCACCUGAGGACAACGGUGGAUCCACCAUUGCUGGCUACAUCAUAGAGCGUAAAGAAGCCCGCUCUGACAGAUGGAUGAGGAUCAACAAGAACCCUGUGACCAUGACCAGAUACCGUGCCUCUGGACUGAUCGAAGGCCAGGAGUACGAGUUCCGUAUUACUGCUAUCAACUCCAGAGGAGAUGGCAAACCCAGUGAAAACUCUGACAUCAAUGUGGCCAUGGAUCCCAUUGAACCUCCAGGACCUCCAGUUGAGCCUAGGGUCACAGACACCACCAGGACAUCAGUCUCUUUGGCCUGGCUGCCACCUGAAGAGGAGGGUGGUUCUGUCAUUACUGGCUACUUGAUAGAGAUGCAGAAGGUGGACCAGGUGGAAUGGACACUGUGCAACACCACACCCACCAAGAUGUGCGAGUACACCCUUACCCACAUGCCCCAGGGUGCAGAGUACAACUUUAGGGUCAUCGCCUGCAAUGCCGGUGGUGCGGGAGAACCUGCCGAGAUCCCCGGGGUGGUUAAAGUCCAGGAGAUGCUCAUUUAUCCCGACUACGAACUUGAUCGUAAAUACGAAGAAGGCUACGUAGUGCGGCAAGGUGGAGUUGUCCAUCUGUCCAUACCCAUUAAAGGUAAACCCUUCCCAACAGUCAAAUGGACAAAGGAAGGUCGCGACAUCUCACAUCGGGCCAUGAUCGCCACUUAUGAUGACGUCACUGAGCUAGUCAUCAAAGAAGCGCACAAAGAUGACACCGGUACCUAUGACUUGGUGCUGGAGAACAAAUGUGGUAGAAAGGCCGUGUACAUCAAGGUGAAGGUGAUCGGUCGCCCAGAUGCCCCAGAAGGCCCUCUAGAAUUUGAUGACAUUCAGGCCAGAUCAGUGCGGGUCAGCUGGAGACCGCCUUCAGACGAUGGUGGCUCUGACAUCCUGGGUUAUUUGGUGGAAAGACGGGAGGUACCGAAGGCUGCCUGGUGUACUGUGGAUUCUCGAGUAACCGAGAACUCUCUGGUGGUGAAGGGCCUGAAGGAGAACGUGCAGUACCACUUCAGAGUUUCUGCUGAGAACCAGUUUGGUGUCAGCAGAUCUCUAAAGUCAGAUGAGUCUGUCAAACCAAAGACACCACUUUGUCCACCGGAACCUCCCAGCAACCCACCAGAGAUCAUGGAUGUCACCAAGACUGCUGUGUCUCUGUCCUGGGCCCGGCCCCGCGACGACGGUGGUUCACGCAUUACAGGAUACUACGUGGAACGUAGGGAGGUGUCAACGGAGAAGUGGGUCCGCCACAACAAGACCCAUAUCACUACAACCAUGUUCAACAUCACCGGUCUCAUCCCGGAUGCAGAGUAUGUCUUCAGAGUUGUGGCUCAGAAUGACAUUGGCAAAAGUGAACCUGGUCCUGCUUCAGAGCCCGUGAUCUGCAAGGAUCCAUUCGACAAACCAAGCCAACCAGGAGAGAUCGACAUUGUUUCUAUUACCAAAGAUUCCAUCACCAUCCACUGGCUCAGGCCUGAACUUGAUGGUGGCAAGGAGAUCCUGGGUUACUGGAUUGAGUUCAGGCAAGCAGGCGAAAGCGCCUGGAAGAAAUGCAACAAGGAGCGCUCCAAGGAUCGUCAGUUCACAAUGGGCGGUUUGAUGGAGGCUUCUGAAUACGAGUUUAGAAUCUUUGCUGAGAACGAGGCUGGAUUCAGCCGUCCUCGUCGCAUUCCCAUGGGCAUCAAGACCAAACUUAGUGUUGGAGAGGCUCCAGUUCUGAAGGAAGAGAUCCAAGAUGUAACCACCAAGCUCGGCGAAUCCGGCACUCUCACCUGUGGCAUCAUUGGCAGACCUUUGCCUGAGAUCAAGUGGUACCGCUACGGCAAGGAACUGAUCCAGAGCCGCAAGUACAAGAUGAGCUCAGAUGGCCGCAACCACUCCCUCAGCAUCUUGACAGAUGAGCAGGAAGACGAGGGCCUUUACACUUGCAGAGCCAUCAACGAAGCUGGAGAGAUCGAGACCAGCGGUAAACUGAGAUUGCAGGCAGCGCCUCAGUUCCAUCCCGGAUUCCCCCUGAAGGAUAUGUACUACGCCGGAGCCGGCACCAGCCUCCGUCUUCAUGUGGUUUACAUCGGGCGCCCCAUCCCCCAGAUCAUGUGGUUCUAUGACAAGAAGCCUAUGAAGUCAGCUGAGAAUGUGAUCAUUGAAAACACGGAGAGUUACACCCAUCUGGUGGUGAGGAACGUCCAACGAAAGACCAACGCCGGGCGCUACAAGGUGCAGCUAAGCAAUGUGUACGGAACGGUCGACACUGUGCUGCGAGUUGAAAUUCAAGACAAACCCUGCAUCCCUGAGGGUCCCGUCAUUGUUGAAUCCCUGCUCAAGGGCUCGAUUAUCAUCAGCUGGAAGGGUCCUAAGGAUGACGGCGGGUCUGUUGUAACCAACUACAUUGUGGAGAAACGUGAGGCCAAAGAAGGUGAACAGUGGCAUCUGGUAUCGUCCUCCAUCUCUGGCACCACCUGCCGUGUCCCCAACCUCAUAGAUGGUGCUGGCUACUACUUCAGAGUCUCUGCCCAAAACCAGUAUGGUGUCAGCGAAUCUCUGGAGAUCCCAUCAGUGGUCAUCAUCAAGGCUCCAUUCGAAAAACCUGGCAUCCCGCAGCAGCCCUUCAUCAUCAGUGCCACCAAGGACAGCUGUGUUGUUUGCUGGAAGCCUCCAACCAGCGACGGUGGAGCUAAAAUCACCAAGUACUUCCUUGAGAAACGCGAGAAGAAGCAGAACAAGUGGAUGUCAGUAACAUCUAAGCACAUUGUUGAGACCCACUAUGAAGUCACAGGCUUGAUUGAGCGCUUCGAGUACGAGUUCCGUGUCAGAUGUGCGAACAUGGGCGGUGAAAGCGACUGGAGCGAGAUCUCUGCACCCAUCAUCCCCAAGUCUGAACAGGCCCCUCGCGCUCCUGCAUUCAGGGAGGAGAUCAGAGACAUGACCGUCAAAUACCAUUCAAAUGCCACUUUUGUCACGAAGGUGGUGGGCCAUCCAAAGCCUGUGGUGAAAUGGUACCGCAGUGGAAAGGAGGUCCAGGCAGAUGGAACCAAGAUCAAAGCCCAGGAGUUCAAGGGCGGCUACUACCAACUGGUCAUCACUUCUGCCGAUGAGAAGGACGCCAACGUUUACCAAGUCAGAGCAACGAACUCUUCAGGAUCCAUCUCCACAAUAGCCAACCUGGAGGUGGAAGUUCCUGCAAAGAUACACCUGCCUGAAGAGCUCAAAGGAAUGGGAGCAGUUCAGGCUGUACGUGGUGAAUACGUCACCAUCAAGAUUCCCAUCUCUGGAAAGCCUGAGCCAGUGGUCACCUGGCAGAAGGGUCAGGAGAUCCUCUCCAACUCUCCUCACCACCAGGUCAUCACCACCAGAUCUUUCACUUCCUUGGUGUUCCUGAAAGGAGUACAGAGGAAAGACACCGGAUACUAUAUCAUUACUGCAAAGAACAGGUUUGGAAUGGACAAGCAAACCAUUGAAGUGAAUGCAGCUGACAUUCCUGAUGCUCCAAUUGGACUCGUGGUGAAAGACAUUGCAAGGGAUUCCAUCACCCUGACCUGGGAGCCCCCUAAGAGUGAUGGUGGAAGCAACAUCAUCGGUUAUGUUGUUGAGAAGUGUCCCACCUCCGCCGACAGGUGGAUCCGUGCCGGCCAGACUACAGAGUGCAGCUUCACUGUCAUGAACGUAUUUGGAAAGACCAAGUUCCAGUUCCGGGUUAUUGCAGAGAACCAGUAUGGCCUGGGCCUUCCAUCUGCACCAACUGAGCCAAUCACCACAAAGGAAGACAAGUCUGUGUUCAGGAACUAUGACGAAGAGGUCGAUGAAACCAGAGAGAUCACAAAGGAGGAAGCUCUCUUCUACAAGGUGAAGGAGCUGUCUUCUAAGUACAGCAUCUCAGAGGAGCUUGCUCGCUGCCAGUUUGGAGUGGUCCACCGCUGUGUGGAGAUUGCCACAAAGAAGACCUUCAUGGCCAAGUUCAUCAAAGUCAGAGGAAUUGACCGGGAGUUAGUUCUCAGGGAAAUAGAGGCCCUAAACGUCGCAAGGCACCGAAAUAUCAUCUACCUUCAUGAAUACUUUGAAAGCAUGGAGGAAAUCAUCUUGAUCUUUGAAUUUAUUUCGGGAGUUGACAUCUUUGAACGCCUUGGCACCAGCAACUUUGAGCUUUCAGAGCAAGAGAUUGUCCGUUACCUGAGACAGGUCUGCUCCGCUCUCAAGUUCCUACACAGCCACAACUUUGGGCACUUUGAUAUCCGCCCAGAUAACAUCGUCUACACCACAAGGAAAAGUUCCAACAUAAAGUUUAUUGAGAUGGGCCAGUCUAGACUGCUGGUGCCAGGAGACAAUAUCAGAAUUUUGUUCUCAGCCCCAGAGUACUACGCUCCUGAGGUCCACCGCAGCGACCUUGUUACAACAGCCACAGAUAUGUGGUCCGUUGGUGUUUUGGCGUACGUUCUACUCGGUGGCAUUAAUCCAUUUGCUGCAGAGUCCGUAACAAAGAUGAUUGAAAACAUCUCCAACUGUGAGUACAUCUUUGACAGUGAAGCAUUUAAGGAUAUCAGCCUGGAGGCUAUGGACUUCAUCGACAGACUCCUAGUCAAGGACAAGAGGCUCCGUAUGACAGCUCAUGAGGCUCUAGAGCACCCCUGGCUGAAGAUGAAGAUUGAGCACAUCAGCAACAAGGUCAUCAGGACACUGCGGCAUAGAAGGUACUAUCAUUCUCUAGUGAAGAAGACCGAUACCAUCGUCUCCGCAGCCCGCGUGGCCUUUGGAGGUGGCUUCAAGAACCAGAGAGGACUGGCUGUGGGUAAAGUCAAAAUUGGAACUGAAUACACCGGUCUCCGUGCUGGCCCAGUCAUGCAUGCCUCCGCUGAGGAAGGAGGUCACGUCAGAUUCACGUGUAGCAUUUUCAACUUUGACAAAAGCACUCAGGUGUCGUGGUACUUUGGCAACCGUCAGCUACACCCAAGCCCCAAGUAUGAAAUUACUUACAGCAAUGGUUUUGCCAGUAUUUAUGUGAAGGACAUUGAAGAGAGCGACGAUGGCGUCUACCGAUGCAAGGUAGUGAGUGAUGAAGGAGAGCAGAGUGCCUACGGAGAGCUCUUUGUUGAGACCGUGAGGAGCAUCCGAGAGUACUACGUAAGCCGCACCAUCAAGAAACUAAGGAGAAGAGUUGACAAGACUAAACUUCUGCAGAGACCGCCAGAGUUUACUUUGCCCCUCUACAAUCGCACGGCGUACAUUGGCGAAGACGUGCGCUUCGGUGUGACUAUAACUGUGCACCCAGAGCCUCACGUAACAUGGCUGAAGAAUGGAGAAAGAAUCAAGAGUGACGAUGACAGCAAGUACACAUUCACCACCGAUAAAGGCCUGUACCAGCUCAUGAUCCACAACGUGGACAAGAGUGACAGUGCUGAGUAUACAGUCAUGGCCAAUAACAAGUUUGGAGAAGACAGCUGCACAGCUUGUCUCACCGUGAUACCUCAUCCUGUGACGGAGGAAACAAUGAGGCCCAUGUUCAAACGUCUCCUGGCUAAUGUGGACUGCACGGAAGGAGAAAGCGUCCGCUUUGAGCUCAGAGUCUCAGGUGUGCCUAAUCCUACUCUGAAGUGGGAAAAGGAUGGUCGUCCCUUACCGUUUGGUCCCAAAGUCGUUGUGAUACAGGAAGAAAUGGACCAUCACGUCCUUCACAUAAGAGAAACACUACUUGAGGACUCUGGCAUUUACAAAGUUACCGCAACCAACUCUUCUGGCUCCAUAAGCUGCCAGGCCGUGCUGAAGAUUAAUCGCCUCACCUACACAAAGAGAGAAUAUAAGAGCGAGGAAGAGAAAUACAGACACGUACAGAAACAAAUAGAGAAGACAAACAAGAUGGCUUUGCAUAUUGCUGCAACCGAAGAGUCGGUACCACUCAACCCCACAGCACAGGAAGCACUCAAAUUUGCUGCGGAAAUAUACAAACCCGCAGUCAGCACCAAGCACAUUGAGGGCGAGUUUGAUAUCACGGAGGAGAAGUCAGAGACCAAGAGGCUGGAGGAGGAGAGGAGGAUCUUCAUGCCCUAUGAGAUCCCUGAACCUGUCAUUCAUGACCCCAGAGCCCUGGGCGAGGACAAAGGAAUAAAACAGUUUGUCCCUCUUUCGGAAAUGAAGUGGUACCGCAAACUUCGUGAUCAGUAUGAGGUUUCAGAGAGGACAGAGAGGAUUGUGCAGAAGCGCCAGAGACGUAUUCGUCUGUCCAGGUGGGAACAGUUCUACGUCAUGCCGCUCCCCAGAAUCACCGACCAGUACAGGCCAAGGUGGCGUAUUCCCAAGAUUACACUGGAUGAUCUGGAAACUGUAAGACCUGGGCGCCGCUCACCCUCUCUUGAGUCUGAAGUGUCCUGCCGAUCCAGGAGGAGAUCUCUGGGAGACCUGAGCGAUGAGGAGCUGCUGAUGCCCGCGGAUGAUUACAUCUCCAUGAGGAGAGAAGAAGAGAAAAUGAUGCUGGAGGAUGAACUGGAGCUGGGCUUCUCGGCUUCUCCUGCCGGCAGUCCUGUCCGUGUCAGCCAACGUACCGUCAAACAUGAGGAGAGGAGGCAGGAAGUUAGGCAUGAGGCUGCUGAGGUCUCUGAGACGAAGAAGAAACGCACCGUUUCUCAGUACAUGAGGAGAAGAAGGUCACUUUCUCCCACUUACAUUGAGCUGAUGCGCCCAGUGUCAGAGCUGAUCAGACCGGCACGUGCAAGGACUCAUGUGGAAGCAGAGGGAGUGAUUGUGGAGAGGAGAUCCCCAACUCCAGAGAGGACCCGUCCUCGUUCACCCAGCCCCAUCAGGUCAGUGGAGAGAGCAUCUCGCUCUUCCUCCAGGUUUGAGCGCACCGCUCGCUUUGACAUCAUGUCCCGCUACGAAGCCAGAAAGGCUGCUCUGAAGUCUGAGAGGAAGUACACAGUGGUCAGUCAGACACCAUUCAGCCUGGAUCAUGCUCCUCGUGUAACCGUCAGGAUGCGCUCUCAUCGCAUCCCUGUCGGACACGACACCAGAUUCACCCUCAACAUUCAAUCCAAGCCAGACGCUGCCGUCCAGUGGUUCCACAACGGAGAUGCAAUCUCUGAGAGCAGUGAGAGAUACAUCUUCUCAAACAUGAGCGGCGUUUUGUCCAUCACUAUUCUGGAGUGUCAGGAAGAAGACAGUGGCACAUACCGCUGUGUGUGCUCCAACUCUAAAGGAGAGGCAUCGGACUAUGCUACUCUGGAGGUGUCUGGUGGCGGCUACAUCACCUUUUCUUCCCGCCGCAAGGAUGAGGAAGCUCCUAAAACAUACGUACCUGAAAUAACUCGAAUCGAUCACUAUCACCACAGCCACUUCAAAGCUGGCUACACCUCCCACACCCAACUAGAAGUAGAAGAGAGCAAGUCGAAGCUAACAGAGACACAUGAGGUUGUCACACGUGAAAGACUUGGCAUCUCUGCUGAGCGAUACUCCUCUGCCGAGAGGUACGAUUCAUCUAUCAAGUAUGCUUCCACUGAAUAUCUGUCAUCUAGCUCCUCCUACUCAUCAGAAAGGCUUUCUGCGACGAUCAAAUCAGAAGCCAAAGUGAAGUCAUCUGCUGCUGCUAUUGCUUCAUCUGUUUCUGUCCAUGAGGAGAAACGUCUUCUUUCCGCCAAAAUCCUAACCAAGCCCCGAUCUGUGACUGUGGCCGAGGGAGAGACAGCCAGAUUCUUCUGUGACAUCGAUGGAGAUCCUGCACCCACAGUAACUUGGAUGCACCAGAGCAGAACUAUCGUCUCAUCUCAUCGCAUCCAAGUCACCACAAGCCAGUACAAAUCCUCCCUGGAGAUCUCCUCCGUAACGGCCUCUGAUGAGGGCAGUUACAUAGUCGUGGUGGAGAACUCUGCUGGUCGACAGGAGGCUCACUUCACUCUGACCAUCCACCGGCCAGCUCCCAUAGAGGAAGUCGUGGUUGUCAAAUCCCCUGAGCCAGCCGCAAAGUCUCCGGAGCCUUCAGUGACGUCACCUACUCCAUCUGUGGCUUCUACGGUUCCCAGUGUGAGGUCACCAGAACCCAGCAUCAAAUCCCCCGAACCAUCAGUGAAGUCUCCUACACCGAGUAUAAAGUCCCCUGAACCUCGUGUAACAUCUCCUGCUCCAGGGGUGAAGUCUCCAACACCAAGUGUAAAGUCCCCUGAACCUCGUGUAACAUCUCCAGCUGCAAAGUCUCCUGAACCUGAACGGAUCAAAUCUCCAUUUGCACGCGGGAUAAAAUCACCAACUCCAGGUGUUAAAUCUCCUGAACCAGAGGGAAUUAAGUCACCACGUGGUUUAAAAUCUCCUGAGCCCAAGCUGAAGUCACCUACACCAAUUAAGACUCCAGGUGGUGUGAAGUCACCUGAACCCAGAUCCCCAGAACCUGCAGGAAUUAAAUCACCCAGGGGCUUUAAGUCACCAGAACCCGCAGGAUUUAAAUCACCGAGAGGCAUUAAGUCACCAGAACCAUCAGGUAUCAAAUCACCGAGAGCUCUAAAGUCCCCUGAGCCCGAGGGACUCAAAUCACCUCCAAGGAUGAAAUCCCCUCCUCCCAUCACGUCUCCCAAGAGGGUUGUGUCUCCUCCCACCGUAAAAUCCCCGAUCCCAAAACCUCCCAAGGUCCUAAGUCAGCUUUCAGCAGAGGCCUGCGAGGGCUCAGUCAGGAUGUCCUGCGUCUGUGAAAGCAGCGUCAGGGAGGUCGUGUGGUACGUCCGUGGGAGGAGGAUUUCACAAAGCAGCCGCUUCGAGAUGCACUACUCUGAGGGAUCCUGCAGCCUUCUGAUCCACGACCUGGAGGACGGUGAUCAGGGAGAGUACGUCUGUGAGAUGACUUCAGAUGGAGGAAUCUCCAAAUCCUCCUUCUCCUUCACUGGACAAGUGUUUCAGUCCAUCCACAAAAAGAUCACAGCCUACCGUGAGCAGCAAGUUGCACUUCGAGGAUCAAUGAUGAUGAGUCAGAAAGAGACGUCAUCGUCAAUGAGCUCAUCUCUAAUGACGAAACACGCUAUGGAGGAGUCCUCCUCCUUUUCUUCCUCCGCCCACCAGGCAAUGAUGUCAUCAUCCAUGAUGGAGUCCAGCUCCUUCAGCAGCAUGGCAGCUGAGAUGAAGUUUGAGACCAUGUCCAUGUCCAGCAUGUCCUCCAUGACGUCCGAGACCUACGCAAUGAGUUCCAGCAGCCUCACGGAGAUGUCGUCCCACAUGGAGGGAUCCUCGCUGAGAGCCAUCGGUUCUGCUCCAAGGAUCGAAGCUCUCCCAGAGGACAUCAGCAUCGAGCCGGGCAAAGUCCUGACAGUCGCCUGUGCCUUCUCUGGUGACGCCAAGCACAUCGAGUGGUCCCGCGGUGGCAAAACCAUCGAGGUGACCAGCGGUGGACGCUUCCACAUCGAGACCACUGAGGACCUGACCACCCUCAUCAUCACCGGAGUGAAGGAGGACGACGCUGGAGCCUACACCCUCAAACUGUCCAACGAGCUCGGAACGGACGCAGCGACUGUUCACAUCAGCAUUCGAUCAGUGUAAAGAAAAAAAAGAAGAAAAAUAUGUAAUCUUCCCCUUUUCCCUUCUUCCAUGCCUUUUUAUUUAUUAAUUGAACAAAGUAAUCUACUUGAUAAAGAUCUGGAUUGUUCUUGUAAAUAUGAACUAUUUUUGUACCAAACUUGACAUUAAUUUAUGCCAAACUAGACUAAAGUCUAAAGUUGUAAAAUGUGCCAUAUUGGAUAACUAUGACUUAGGAUGUUUGAACCUCUUUUCUGUGACAUGUACAUAAUGUAUAUAGCCGAAUUUACCGGUUAUGAGAAAUGUAUGCAUUGUUAUUUAUGACAUUUAACUGAAACAAAGUGAAACUUAAAUGUAGUUUGACAGGAGAAAGUUUCGUCCAGGAACGAAUACCCUGUUAAACUAAGAAACUAAACUCUGUGCCUCAACGAAUAAGUUGAAGUCUUAAGAUUGCCUCAACAGGUAGAGAGGCUCCCUGUUGAUGUUUCCUCAACCAGAGACGAAACUAUGAACGCGCUGCUGCAAGAAUAGGAGCAAAAUCCAGAGCAGCGCUUUAGUGGUAACAGGAGCGAGACCCUGAGUGCUGUUUACACCUACCCUCGUGUAAGCAGGACGACUGGGCCUCGCGUCCUGACUGAUUAUGUCAUAUCGCCAUUUCAAUGACGAGCUCAGGGUGCGAGCGGCCUGCACCGCCUGAGCACGAGUGUUUGUUGUUUUUUUUGUGUUUUUGUGCUGCGCCUCUGGCGAGCGACCGCCGGCGUGGGCCCCUGCGGCGUCCCAUCAACCUGGCCCCCCCCCGGCGCCCGCUCGCAGAGGCGGAGCUUCCUCCUGGAGGUGUGCCGUGUGUUCUCGCGUGUUAGUGUAGACGUUCACCUGUCGGUCCGGCGGGGCGGCGCCGAGCACGCGCACGGCAGUUAAAACCGACGCCUGCAGCGACGUCGAGAUGACGCAGACGCUCGCGCGUCGCCGCCACCUCCGACAGGAUUGAAGUUCAGAGUUGUAGCGUUGAUAUUUUUUUUUUUUUUUUGCAGCCUCCUUGAGUUUUUCUCCAAUUAUUGAUUUAUUAAAGCAUGAUUCAGCACUUCA